AUGGCCGGCGCCAUGUGCGCAAGAGACGAAGGGAGGACCAGCACCCAACACCUGAGCCCACGGCUAACAACGCGGCUCCUGCCUCCAGAACCGGCUAAGCCAAGAAGCGGGAUCAUUAUUACUCACCCCCGCAGCCAAUUGAACCAGCAACGACAACGGCGGCGCAGGGGGGAUAGAGGUAACCCACGCACCGACUAUUACCGCCUGAACGGACUGAGCCUGUCAUCGACACAAAGACAGACCACCCACUCACCCCACACCCAGCCUGCAACACCACCCAGGCAUAGACAACCACAUGCAGAUGACACCAAGCUCCCCUCCACGGCUAAUUCCGGCCCCUCGAAAAACAAGAGGGACAAUCAUAACGAAGCACAGCUACAGCCCCAGAGGAUCCAGCGGGAAGCCCAGAGGGAAGCCUGCUCUACUAGACACUCAAUACAUGCUACACGGAUCAGACAGAGCAGAGGUGUCAAAUGAUAGUGGGACUCUCCCCGAAUAUGUGGUCUCAGGACCACCAAGAAGACAGCUCCCCGCGGAGGCAGCAUGGGCGAUCCUGGUCGGCCGGGGUGACAUUAGCAAUAUAGCGAUGUAACUGACUUUAGCCUGUUGCUAACAAACGCAUGCUUAUUGCCUACUCACAAGGCUUUGGAUCAUUUUCAUGAUAUAUCUUAUGUGCCAGCAUUGUUUAGUAAUUUAAAGCAUAGCCGACGCAUUACUAGCACUAAAGCAAUGUAACUAACUUUAACCUACUGCUAAUCAAUGCAUGCUUAUUGCCUACUCAUAAUGCGUUAGAUUACUCUCACGAUAUACGUUGUGUACCAGAAUUGCUCAGAUAUUUAAAGCAAAGCCAACGCACUAAUAGCACUAAAGCGAUGUAACUAACUUUAACCGGUUGCUAAUCAAAGCAUGCUUAUUGCCUCAUCAUAAUGCUUUAGAUUUUCACGAUAUACAUUGUAAGCCAACACUGUUUUGAUAUCAAAAGCAUAGCCAACGCGUAGAUCUAGCCUAAUUUAACCAUAUAGCUACCUACACAAGCGACUGUUUCUACUUGUUGUUAUUAUUAUAAAAUGUGCUUGUUCAUCUUGUGCCCCGCAUGUUGAGCGUGGGAAAAGUUGGAGGACUGCUUUUGGGGCACCUCUUACCUGCCUGUGAUAUGUUAAUGCACAACAAAAAUAAAGAAUACAAAAAAAAAAGCUCUUCUUAAUCCAGUUCCAAGAGGAACGUUAGGAUAAAAAAAGGAAAAGGAGCUGAUACAAAGACAACGUUAGAAUAUAUUGAUAUAUAUAUCUGAAUUAGAGAAUUGUUCUGGCUCGACCUGUUUUGACCUUAAAUUUGGAAUUUACUCUGAUAGAGUAUUUUCAUUGGAAGAGAGCUGUUCACAAUUUUUGCCAAACUACUAGCUAAAAUGGAUGAUUUAACCCCUUAAGGACACAUGAUGGAAAUAUUCCGUCAUGAUUGCCUUUUAUUCCAGAAGUUGUGUCAUUAAGGGGUUAAAACAGCUUUUUUAUUAUUAUUAUAUAGAAACUUACAUUUUUCCCUUGAUUUUCCUGUACAUCCAGUUAUAUAGAUAGCUGACAGGAGAAAGUGAACCACUCAAUGUAACUUAUGUAACAGGAAUUUAUUUUCACUCGAUGUACAAUGACGCACAAUGUUUUAAAUCUCACAAUUAUGGAUUUUACUCCUUCUGUUCCCUUGGUCACAGCAUAUAUUCCAGAACUGGCUUUGUGUUGGCUUUGUGUUUGGUUUUUGAACCAGAGCUUAAUCUCCAGUAAGGUAAAGGAACCAUAGGCGUGCGCACGGGGUGUGCCGGGUGUGCCUGGGCACACCCUAAUCCCCGCGGCACACCUAUGGAGUGAGACCGGCAGUGGAGAUCUCAGGAUCCCCCCUGUUGGCUCAUGCAGAGCCGGCGCUAUCCGAGCGCCAGCUCUGCUCUCAGCCUCCCUCCCCACGACCCACAGGCAGUGAGAGAGGCAGGAGAGGACCCUGGGAGCUAUUGCCAGCAGCUCCGCCGGGUUCCUCUCGCAAGAUCUGAGCAUUGCCGCGACAACGCUCAGAUCUCGCGGGAGUGAACUCUAGCCCCGCAGGCUAGAGUUCACUCACCACUGGACCCCCAGGGAAGGCAGCAAGGAAGGAUCCCCCAUCCCUACGUAAGGUGAGAAGGGAGGGGGGAUAUUAAGUAAUCUGCCCCCACCUCCACUGGACCACCAGGGAAGGCAGCAAGGAACAAGAAUCCCCCCUCCCUACAUAAAGUUAGGUACCCCCACCUCCAACCCCCCACAAUCACCCACACACAUACAGCACCCACACACCUACAGCACCCACAGACAUACACAGCACCUACACACAUACAGCACCCACAGACAUACACAGCACCUACACACAUACACAGCACCCACACACAUACAGCACCCACAGACAUAAACAGCACCUACACACAUACAGCAACCACACACGUACAGCACCCACACACACAACCAGCACCCACACACACAGCGCCCUCAAAAACACACAAACAGCACCCUCACACACAGCACACAAACAGCAUCCUCACACACACACAGCACACUAACAGUACCCUCACAAACACAAACAGGACCCUAUCAAACACACACACAGCACACUACCAGUACCCUGACACACAAACAGCACCCUCACACACAGUACAUUAACAGCACCCUCACAAGCGCACACACACACACAAAUAGCACCCUCACACACAGUACAUUAACAGCACCCUCACAAGCAUGCACACACAAACACCCUCACCCACAUAGCACACUACCAGCACUCUCACACACACAUCACACUAACAGCACCCUCACACAGCACGCACACACACACAGCAGUGUAUGUGUGUGUGUGUGUAUAUAUGUUUGUAUAUAUAUAUAUAUAUAUAUAUACGCGGCGUGUGCUUGUGCUUUAGGGUGCACACCCUAAUGCAAUAGGCUGCACACGCCUAUGAAAGGAACACAACAAACACACUUUGUAUUGCUAAAGUGCUUUAUGUGUGAAGAGUGUGUUUUAUUUUUAGCAAACUGAGAGGGAGAGAGAGAGCGUGGGUGUGUGAGUGUGUGAGUGCGUGUGUGUGUGGGGGCGCUUUUGAGUGUUUGUCUAUUUGAAUAUGUAUGCGAAGUAGCUUUUGGAGCGGCUAAUUAUGUAUAUGUUACUGUAAUUGUGACUUGUUUGGGUUUCUGUUUGUGUGUAGGUGGCUGAUCUUGUAUAUCUAAGCAUGAUAUAAAGUGCAGUGGUGUGGCUAGUUGACACAGCUGGACCUAGGGCAGCAUGAAAUGUAAAUACACAGCAUGGCUAAUCUUCUAAUUCUAAAUGCUCUUUAAUCCUAACCACAAUUACUCCUUAACCUGUGUUCUCCUUUUGAGGCAACACUUUUAUUAAAUACGAACAUGUAUUAAUUGCUAUGAAGCUCUGUUGCAAACUCUACCCAGCAGAAGCUUGGACCUCCAUAAAAAAGAAAAAGACACAUGAUCAUUAUUUCCAGGACACUUGGGGUGAAAGCUACACUCGUAUACCAAUAGGCGUUAGGUAAAGAGUACAGGGAACCCACGCAGAUGCUGUUAUGGUUAUACAACAAAUAUAUUUUACUCCUAUCACCAACUCAUGUUCUUUGUCUUCUCCUGCUCUACAACGAAGUAUCUUCCAAUGCGUCUUUUCUUCCCAGGCCCCACAAUGUUGUAUUUCACAUCUUCUCAGCUUCUCAUGUUCCUCAGACACAUUAUAAGCGCUAAUAAUAAUAGAAGGCAGUCUUACUGUGAUACUGUCCUUGUUUUUUUUACUGGCAUGGAGAGUUUGGUGACUGGUUAUAAUGUAGAGAGACCUGGUCUUAAGCCUCUUUGAGUGUAGGACAAACUUCUGUGGCUGAUAUCCAUUCCAAACCCUUUAGAAAAGUCUCUCUGAAUGUGUCACCUGAUAUUUCAACAUUGGGCUCGGCUCAUAUCAGAAGGGAUUACCUGAGUGGUUGGUAUGGCUGACUUUGAUGCAAGUACUGUCCAUGAUAGUAUUGGUAGAUGCUUAUGGCUCUCAUGAUGGCCAUUAUACUGUUGGGUUGGGCUAGCACUAUCACUGAUAUCGAUUGUGGUGGAAUCUUGUUUCACCUUUUAGGGGAUCACUGCCCAGCCAGUUUGGAAGACCUUUCUUUAAAGUGGGAACAAUAAUGGCUGAAUUCUUGAAAAUUGUUGCAAACAUACCAUGAAUAAUAAGCAACACUUGUUACAUAGUUACAUAGCUGAAAAGAAACUUGCUUGCAUUAAGUUCAGCCUUUCUCAUAUAUGUUUUUGCUGUUGACGUUAACGCUUUGAUUAAGGUGAUAACCUUUUACAGACUCUCAGCAAAUACAACUCACAAUGGAGGGAAACUUCUAUUGGGGAACCAUAGUUUAUUAUAGCGAACACAGGGUAUAUUUAAGCAUUUGAAACUGGGAAUAACCCAGGGGAAAGGGGGAUGAAGAAGAAAAGAGAAGCGUAUAACAAUGGCAUCAAUUCAAAGUUUGAUUGUACAGGGAACCUGGAAACGAGACAGGAAGAAGGAAAAGUAAAGCCACCAGGUGGGAAAUAGGAUAGUAAUGCUAAGACACAAUUGGAGGGGGUAGGCACCCUCUGUGCACCUCGAAUUAAGACCUGAUGGGCUUAGCAAUUAUUGUCUAGUCCUCCAUUAGGAUUCCUUGAGAUGGGGCCACACUCCUUAAUAUAAAAUGUGGCACAUUCUGUACUGUUAAAGAACCUAUAAAUCAGGAGCUAAAGUCACUGAUGUAACAGGAGGAUUGCAAAGUGUUUCGAUUUUAGCAUUUAGAAGUUACAGUUUUGAAAUGAUAACAGACAAACCAGGAGGAAUAAAUAUGAAAUUGUUGUUAACAAGUAUUGAUCAUUAGAAUGGAAUUCUCUCAAUCAAACCAUCCUAAUGAGUCGUGGGUUAUGAGGAUAAGAGGAAGAAGAAGAGGUCAGGUCAUAACUUGAUAUCAGUGGGAGCUACAUUCGUGAAUAGGGACAAUAGUAGGGGACGUACAACAUAACCUUAUAAUAUGUUACAUGCAAUUCAAAUGGGUUUGAAAUACUGUUGGCAAUGGGAAGACUACCAGUUAUUAUGUCUUAAUAAGUGCAAAUUACUUAUUUAGUUCUUUAUUUUCAUAAUGGCAAUGCUAGCAAGAAUUGGUUUUGUGUUUUUUUUAUUAUUAUUAUUUUUUUAAAUUAUUUUCCUGUUGUUUUAAACAAUGCUAUAGAUCACAUCUUUGGAUGCUAUAUUCUAUUAUGACCACUAGGUGGCAGCACAAAGCAAUUGAUCUUUUUAACAUCUGAUAAUUUCCCCUUUUUUUCCACUAAUUUGUUUGCUAUCAAUCUACAGCUUCAAACAAAGGCCAUUUUUGUUUUAUAGAUUCCGACAAGAAAAUACUUAAUUUAGCUCAAUUUCCCCUGCUGGUUAGCAACAGAGAAUUGCCUUUCCUUAUACUUAAUCCAAAAAAGAGAUGUUGGAAUAUUUUGUAUAUUUUAUGUCUCGGUCUAGACUGCAAUUAUUUAUGAGAUUGACUUGGUCUGUCAACAAGGAGGAGAGCUGAAGUAUCGGUGCAGAGGAAGAGCAAUGAAUAUCUGCUCAAUUACACUCAACAGUGAAUUAUCUGGAUGUCACCAGGGCUUACUCCACUCCACAACCAAAAUACUAAAAGAUGUUUUUUUAAAAAGCACAGUUUAAAUGAAAACAUGCAUGCAUUUAAUUAUGCAUAAUUUCAUUGGGGUUGUAUCUAAAAACAGCUUGCAAAACCCGCAGAUCUCUUGUCUACAGCCUGUGCAAGCCCUCCCCUUGCAAGUCAGGUGCUCUGGGCAAUUGCUACCUCUUGUGUUUAGCUUCACUGAGCAAACCAAACAGGAAGUAACAGGACCAGUUGUCUGAUUGACAGCCAGGGGGGUGUGACCAGGUUAAUUUAUAAAAGUGCCAAUUUCUGUUCAAAUCUGUACUUUUUGCAAAAUUAAACAAAGAGGACAAACUCUUCACACAGAAAGCUUUUUGGCAAGCUAAAGUGCUUUAGGUGUCUAGACUGACCCUUUAAACUAAGUCCUGAAUUACAGCAAACUGAAAAGCGAGUUGCAAAACUUGGCCCAAAACAGCCAAUCUGGAACAUUUACAAAACCGCUACCUUCGCCUACAUUUUGCAAUUCGGUUUUCGAUUCACCAUAGUAUGUGUUUUUUUGUUUUUUUCCACUAAACCAGAAAUGCUGAAGAAUUGACCCCAAAAAACUGCCCCCUUUUUUUUUUAAAUUAACUAAACUGAUUUAGUUUUUUAAAAUGCAUUUAUUAAUACCCUUGUCAUAAAGUUUUGAAACCUGCUAUUUAGGAAUGACGUUAUAGCCCUUGUGGUACUGGGCCAAAUAUGUCCAACAUUUCAAACUCUAAAUGGGAGGCAACUUCCCGAUAUGGAUAGAGCUCCGGACUGAUGUUGUUAUGUGUGUGAAUUUGGUCAAAAGAUCAGUUUUUAAAAGUGAAUAUCUUUUAUCUUAUAUAACAAAUUGGUUGGAUUAUAUAUAUAUAUGUUUAUUUGUUGAAUAUGUAGUGAGGGGUUCAAAUAUCUAACUUUUUUUAAAGAUAUUUAAAGUCAGUUGUUAUCAGGAGCUGUCAUUUUGUUCACACGAGAACUUAUAACUGUGACAUCCUUUUUAUCUGAUCUCUUGUCUGGGACUUUUGUGUCCUUGGGUGUAUUCGUUCAUCGUGAAAGUAAAAAAUAAAUUAAUCAUUGUUUUCGCCCUAUCCUGUGUAAGUCACGGUUAUGCUUAUCGAAUGCUUAUCAUAUCGAUACAAUCCGGCACCUGUAGACUAAUGGAGUGAUCACAAUUUAUUUUUAAUGUACUCAAAAAAAAAAAAAAACAUGACACCCAAGAAGGAUAUAUUAAAAGGUACCUGUCACACCAGGUAUAACUUUUGCGCUUCUUUUAAGUGUACAUUGCUGCAAGAUUAGUAUAUCGCAAUAUUUUCCAUUGAAUGCAUUAUGUAUCUUUAUGAUAUAUGAUGUAUUCAAUAUAUUUGGGGGGUAAUUAGCAUAAGUUCUAAAAUCCACAACAGGUUCUCUUUGAAAUGACACAACAGGCUGGAUUUUAUCCAUUUUGUAAUGCAUUAUAUAAAUAAUGCAACAAAACUAAAUUGGAGAACUCAGAUGCUUGCAGAAAUGCAGUAGCUUGCCCUUCGAAUAGUCCCUGCUCGGGUCUCAAAAUAGUUUUUGUUCGGGCCUCACCAGUGUGGUGUAGAUGGUAUCCCUCUAUUAUAUAAAUAGUGCAUUGAAAAAAAAAUAUAGAUUUAAAAAGUACAUUUAACAUAAUAAAAUAGACCCUGUCAUUGACGUCUUGCAUUUCCUGCGAAAACUGCAUUAUUUGCUAAGUGCUCUCGUCAAACCAAGAAAUGACUGAUUCUUAUUGUACUUUGUAUAGCAGUUCUUUAUGGGUAUGGCUACGGGGUUUUUAGAGUUGCAGUUUCUCUAUUAGAUUUUUUCUGCGGAAAAGUUAAAGCUGAAUUAAACUCCAAGAGGCGUAAAGCAUGCCCUCAUAUAUAGCAGUAAUAAAAAAGCAGAUAAAAUGUAACUCGGGAGGUUGGGUAGGAGAGGCAAAAAUGGUGGGUUCAUGCAGUAAAACUAACUAAUUAGUACUCCCUAGUAAUAAAAACCAAACUAACUAAAGAAGAUUAAGAAUACAUCCAGAAGAACUAACUGUCCUCUGUCCUACAUAACUUACUUAAAAGCGACCCUGUCUCUUUUUCUCUUUUUAUAUGAAUUAUGUCCCCACCCCCCUUGUACGCCCAAUUUCUCAUUUUUUUUUUCCAAAGUUAUAUACAAGGAAAAGUAAUCCCUUUAAUCAGCAGGUUGACAAAAGUUUAGUAAAGUUCCACAGCCUUUGUCAACUUUGUCAUUGGCCCCGGAUCAGUGCCUUCCUCCAGUGCCGCGGCAAGUCCUGUAGCAUUGCAUCAGAGAUCCUCUCCAUUGACUCUUGCAUAAUUGCGAGAGUAAACUGAGGUCAGCUUAAGCUAUGGUGCACGCCAAGCUAUGGGCAGAGGAUACUAUUUCUGGACUCCAAAAACAUAGAAACAUAAAAAUGGCGGCACCUAGAAAGAGAGCCCUGUAACGCUGCAGAUUUGACCAAGUUCUGCAGCAUUGGUAACAUUUUCAAAUCUAGCCAUUUGAGCCUAAAAUUUGCAACCCAAUAAUCAGUCCCUCACAAUUGUUUAUGUAAGUAUCCAAGUGUGUCAAGAUGCAAAUAUUGCAGGUGUAAACAGGUGGAAUUUGCAAGGGACCAGUUGUGGGACUUUGAUGAGAUAUGUUUGUCUUGGGCUUAAGUCCCAGGUAUUUUUUGACCAUAGCUAGGCUCUCGGUCACACAGAUGUUGAAUUCCAACUGCCAUCACUCUUGCACAGUCAUUCAGUGAGGAUAAUGAGAAUUGUAGUCAAUAAAUGCAAGCAAAGAUGCCUUGGUUUCCUCGAACACAAUCUGCUAAAUUUAUUCUUACAAAACAGAUCAUCUUUUCCUCAAAUGAAGAGUCAUUCAAAUAUAGUCAUUCUCCCAGGUUAGAACUAAAUUGAUACCUAUUACAUAAAAUUGCCUUGGAGCUAUCAAAUGCAGGAAGAGAACACUACCUUCCUAAAUGGCUAAAGACCCAAUUUCAAUGAGUAUAAUGUUGCCUUGAAAGCAUUUGGGAAUGUGUUAAUUUGCACAGGAGUCCAUUAUAGUCCUAAAACCAUCCCAAUCAGUUUUAUUUAUUUAUUUUUAUUAAACUUUAAAUGGUUAUUGCAUUGAACAGUCCAAAAUAGAGCAAGACAUGACACCCAUUUACAAAGAUGGAGGAAAAAGCAUAAAGCAGGCUGUAAUCACACAAUAUUAGAUGCGUGUCUGCAAAUAAAGUGAUUUAUUUUCUGUAUUUCAGCCAAAAAUAUGUUCACUAUUACGACACUUUGCCAUUGCUUUUCACUGCUGAUUCUGCAGAUGAUACAAAUUAGAAAAAGGAAAAUCUGUCAAACUGAGCUCUCUUGGAUUUUGCGGACUGCGAUUCUUAUAAUUCUCUGCAAGACUACGGGGGAGAAAAUAUUAUCGAGUUGUCAUACAACUACAGUUCGGGCAAGGUAGGUAGACUUCCUAGUAUUAGAAGAUCAACGGAUAAAUCAAACAUUUUUGCUAUAUAUUGUCAAACUUUACAAUCCAGCAUCAGUAAUUAAUAGCGUUUUCUGAAUUUUGGCUGGAGUCACAAAAUAGUUAUCAAAGAGAUUACAAAUUUUGCAAACCUUGUUUCUAUCUAUAAUGUAACAGAAGUAUAUUCUAUUCAUAAACAGGGCUAUACAUAGGAUAUGAGGUAACACAUUUAGACUGGAAGAAAGGAGAUUUAGUCUAAGGCAAAUGAAAGGGUUUUUUACAGUAAGAACAACAAGGAUGUGGAAUUCUCUGCCUGAAGAGGUGGUUUUAUUAGAGUCUGUACAAAUGUUUGAACUGCAAUUGGAUAAAUACUUGCCAAAGCAGAAUAUUCAGGGAUAUAAUUUUUAAAUAGUGGGGUAAUAUCUUCUAGAUCCAAGGAGAGAUCUGACUGCCAAUCUGGGGUCAAGAACGAUUUUAUUCCUAGAUUUUUUUGCUAAAUUGGAAACGCUUCAGAUGGGGUUUUUUGGUACAGCAAAAACAAAUGUGAGAAGGCUGAACUUGCUGGAUGCAUGUCUCUUUUCAACUAUGUAACUAUGUAAGAGGUCAAAAAACUUGCAUUAACCAUGUGAUGUUGAGGCUGACAGACUGAUAUCACAAGGUUAGUGACAUAAAAAAUUGGCGACUUUGCAGGGAUUUCAGUUACCUCACAGGUUAAAGGUUAUGGACCUCAGUAUACAUGCUGCACUCGGAACUCGGAUGUUCCAAUUAUGUUCUAUGUAGAUUUUGCACUGUGCAUUUCUUUGAGUUACCACUAACUGAUAUUUCAGGUGUUCUGAACAUGUGUAAAAGUUAUGUUAUAGAUUUUUAUAGUUAUAUGUUAGUUACAGUAUUUAUUUGCCCUGUAUAUAGAGUAAUUGAAUAAUGGUGUAAACGUGGGUAGUUGUUGUUUUCAAUCUGCUCUUGUGCUGCUAUUUCAAAUUAUUUUGGGGAAUUGGUUAUUUGUUAACAAAAAUUUUCAGUCUUUUGAGGUUUUUAAUUCUUUCGUUUUUUUUUAUUGUCCUCCCCUCCCACCGUUAAGGUGUUGCUAACUUCCACUUUGAUUACAGAAACUUAAAGGAUCACUAAAGGGUGAGGAACACAAACAUGUAUUCCUGACCCUGACCCUAUAGUGAAAAUACAAACAUGUAUUCCUGACCCUAUAGUGAAAACCCACCAUUUAGGUGGCUUGCCCCCCCCCCCCUUCGCCCCCUCAGAAUGGGUUAAAACUAACCUUAUUUUCAGCUCUCCAUGGGUCUGCCGGUGCUGGUCCCGCCCCAUUGGUGACAUCAUCAAAAUUGCAAAUUUUUAGACAAUCCAAUGCUUUCCCAUGGAAAAGUUCCUCUUUGGUCCAAAAACCAUACGCCAAACACAUCAUCAAUGAAUCUCCACCACACACACGCAUGCCCAACAAAUAAAUUGUGCGCAUACACGUGUGCGGUUUCGAAUCCAUCCAUGACAGGCUGGCGUAUGAUGGGGCCAUAUUAGAUCCCAUCGUGGUACCUUUUAGUUGUCUAUAAUGACUGUCUUUAAAUAAAAAAUAGUUGUUAUGCAAUAAAAUAUCCAAAAUGCUCAUGAAACAUUCUAUUUGCUUAUGGGUAUAGUCACUCUGAUUGAGAGUGUUCCGAAUAGCACGCAAACCUCCUCCAUUUGGAAUGGAAGCAUAUAAACUUUCAAUGUCACAUGUAAACAAAAUACAUGGUACAUCAAUAGUUAAUGUGGCUAGUUUUUGUAAUACUUCGCUACUAUCUAAUGUAUAGGAUUUAGAUUUGUCACCAAAAGGUUGUAAAACUUUAUCUAAAAAAAUAGAAAGAGGUUGCAUGACUGAUUAGGUACUUGCCAUGAUGGGUCUACCUGGGGGAUUUAUCAAUCGUUUAUGUAUUUUAGGUAAUGUUUCCAGUUCCUCUCUGCUCCCUCAUGUGGCCCCUGUAGUUAUGCCGGGAGCUGGAAUAUGACGUCCCUCCAGCCCCGGCAUAACUACAGAGGGAGGGAGCAGAAAAGAAAAUUAAAGAUCCAUUCCAUACUGGUCCACGGGGAGAAUAUCCAUUUCUCACUGGACCCCAGGUAGAAGAUCCCCACUGGUCCCCAGGGAAAGAAUUUCCACUGGAUCCCAGGAAAAGGACCCACACCAGCUCUCCUAAAGGUACAAAGGUUGGAUGGGCAUAAAAAAAUAAAAUAAAACAUGAAGUACAAUUAAUUUGUAAUUUGAGUAUGUAUGCAAGAAUGUGUAAAUGUGUGAAGUUGUCUGCAGACACACAUACCCACAUGCUCACUGAUUUGACAAUCUGACAGACACACACAAUCACUCAUUUGACACAAUCUGACAGACACACACAAUCACUCAGACACGCACUGACACACACACACACUGACAGACACACAUUCACUGACAAACACACAUUGACAGACAUACACACACACUGACACACAGUGACAGACAUACACACUCACAGGCACACACUGAUAGACAUAUACACACAUUCACUAACAGACACACACAUUGACAGACGUACAUGCACAUUCACUGACAGACACACACAAACUCACUGACAGAAACACACAUUCACUGACAAACAAAUUCACUGACAGACACGCUCACUUACUCAGACACAAUGACAUAUAUAAACACACAUUCAGUGACAGACAGACACACACACACAUGCAUUGACAGACAAACAAACUCACUGACAGACACACUUACUCAGAAUAACACACACUCACUCAGACACACUGAAAGAUAUAACAACACAUUCACUGACAGACAAAUACACACACACAUUGACAGUCUGACACACACUGACACACACACACAUGCACGGACAUACACAUUGACAGUCUGACACACAUUUCCCUCCAACAUCUACAAAUAAUUAUUGACUUUUAUUUUAGUUUAAAUCCACCCAGCCUCUCUACCUUUGGGAGAGCAGAGUGGAUUUUUACCUGGGGUCCAGAGGGGCUGCUGGACUGGUCGCUGGGUAGGCAGGCGUGCAGGAUGGAAGGCGGGCAGGCAAGGGGACGGUUGGGUACGCAAAAUAGACGGCGAGGGAGCUGUAAUAUUCCUGCUCAGGUCCCUCGCGUGCCGCUUAAUGAUGCCGGGUUCUGGAGUGACGUCAUAUUAUGGCUCCCAGCAUCAAUCCGUGUCGUGCAAGCUGAGCAGGAAGAGCUCACAGAUCAGCGCUCCCUCGACGUCCGCCUAUAAUAGAAACUGUCUGGGCCGGGUGGCCAGCCGGCCAGCUCUUGGGCCCCCAUAAGUCAAGGCUGACAAGGGAUUUGCCAGGGCACUUGGGGUGGCAUUUUUUGCCGCCCCCUGGAAAGUGCCACCCAAGGCAAAUGCCGUGUUAGCCAUGCACUAAAUACAGCGCUGAUCUCUCAUCAUCUCUAUAUGAUGUUUGUUAUAAUUAUGUCAGCUGGAUUUGAUUUAUAUGUAAGAAGCAUUUAUGUAUAUAUCACCAUUUGUUGGACUGUAUUCACUGUUUAUGCCCAAGUUGGGAAAUUGACAUGCUUGUCCAAUUACAGUCAACAAGCUACCAAUAUUAUUUUUUGGCUGAAUGAAAAGUCAAUUUGUUUUGUGGAUUAAAUAGCUAUUUACUGUGGUGAAAGUGGGGCUGAAGCUCCGUGGCGAAGUAUAUAGUCAACAAGCUGGGAAAGUUUCAUGAAGAAUUGUAUGAACCCUUGUCUAUGGAGCUGACCCCUAUUACUUUCUAUGGACUGUCUGACAGAUCAAAAUGGGCAUUAGCAGAGAGGCUUGUCUGUCUGAAUGGUUGACAUUACAGUAAUACUGUUGUGUAACUAUUAAUAUUACAUUAUCAUGAAGUAAUACUGAAUUGUAGCUGUAAUGUAGCUCUAAUUCAAUAUUGUUGGAUAAGCUUUCUAAAUUAUUCAAUAUUUCUAUGAUAAACUUUUGAAAUUAUUUUCUUCACCAUUUAAAAAUAUAUAAUACAUAAAAAUAUAUCGACAUAUUUAAAAAUGUGAAAAUAUUGCAAAAUUUUAAAAUUUUUCAGAAUAUUAAAUAAUUUUAAAUGUGCGUCCAAAAUUAUUAAAUCACUUGGUAAGCUUAUCUAAAAUUAAUAAAUUGAGGGAAAAAUUAGAUAAAUGUAAAAAAAAUUUUAUUACACUUGAAUAGCUAACCAAGGAUGUCGGUGGCUACAAGCAGACUCUUGCCUGAAACAGAAGAUCUUUAAUCUAGUCCAUGCGGUCUGAUCUUAUCUCAUAACAGAUACUGUAUAUUAAGUUUAGAUAAAUAAUUUUACCAUGAGCCAGUGAUCCAGGUCCCUUUAACACUGCGCACUCGCCUUGGACCUUCCUUGUGUCUGUUUCUAUAUUUUCAGAUUUAGUUACAUAUGGCUAUUGUGCUCCAUUUAAGAGACUGUAGGAAGCCUUGGGGCUGGGACAGGUGGCUGUUUUGAUAGUAGACACCUGUCACGGUCCUUCUCAUUUAAAUACGGAUAUUGUCCCAAGUCUAUCCAUUAAAGGAACACAACAGGCUGGAGUUAACCUGCCUUCCCUCAAUGCAUUUUGGUGAUAAUGUAUUUUAAAAAUACAACAAAUUAAAUUAAGAAAAUGAAAUAUAUUCAUCUUGGAGAGUCCCCCUGCAGAAAACCCAACAUUGCUGUUGUUUUUUCUCGAUCUAAACCUGUGUCUGUGUGUAUAUACAGUAUCUCACAAAAGUGAGUACACCCCUCACAUUUUUCUAAAUAUUUUAUUAUAUCUUUUCAUGUGACAGCACUGAAGAAAUGACACUCUGCUACAAUGUAAAGUAGUAAGUGUACAGCCUGUAUAAUAGUGUAAAUUUGCUAUUCCCUCAAAAUAACACAACACACAGCCAUUAAUGUCUAAAUCGUUGGCAAUAAAAGUGAGUACUCCCCUAAGUUGUCACACGAAAAUAUAUAAUAAAAUAUAUGUGAGGGGUGUACUCACUUUUGUGAGCUACUGUAUAUCAAUAUUCCUGAUGUGGUGCACUUGACAUCUCCAUGUUGUGGCGCACUUGUUGUCUUGCCACGGUGCGCAAACUCUCAGUCAAAGUAUAAAAUAAACAGAUUGCUCACACUCAGUGGACCUCUUUUGAUCAAAUACCAUUAAUAUUUUUUCAUAUGUAAAGAUGAUCAAUGUUCCAGUCCACUAGUGGACUUUCGUCAGGUCCUGAGAUUCACGCCAUCAAUAAUUACACCCUAUAGUCAUUGGAUACCCAGCUUGGAUAAUAACCUGGCCAGGAGAAGAGCUGGAUUCCAUGGUUAUCAGGACUCAGAAACUACUCAUGAUGAAGGGAGUAUUAAACCCGAAAUCCAGCACCCAAGACUAGAAAACUGGAAGGAAGUCGGUUGGGGCUUGAGGAGCGUCACGGCAACAGUCCUGGAUGAAACAUAGAGGAUCAUGAAAUUGGCUCACAAAGAUGCACAGGGACAGGCACUCAGCACCAGAUCAAUAGAAGCGGGGGUCUACCACACCAGACAGAACCCAGACCCAGAAGGUGCAGACUAUGCAAAUAGUCUUCCGAGACAAUCGAACACGAGUGCAAGAUGUCAGCAGGGACAGCAUACACUGAAAGACAUAACCAAGUUGCUGGGAUUGUGUACUGAAAUAGCUGCACAAAAUAUGGGCUCGGUAUGCCUAGGUAUAUACUACAACACUGCUAUAUACAACAAUAUACAUAUAUAUUAUAUAUAUAUAUAUAUUAGAUGACAGAUUCAGUUUCAUCAUAAAGAUUCUUAAGUGUGUAUUAAUUAUGUUUACUGCUAUUAUUUGUAAGUGACAAGUAUAUUAUACGUAUUAAUAUAUUAGAAACCUGGUGUUGGCACAGACAAUAGGAAAUAGUUUUAGAAGUCGUCAUACUUAAUAGACCUUGAAUGAGAUGCCUUUGUUCUGGCAGCUUGUACAUGGUCACCUCUGGCGACCUUUAAAGGAACACUCUAAUUAAAAAAAAAAAACUAUAUACAUUGUUUAUUAGCUCUUUUAUCUGUUCCUUUUAGGUUUCGAUUACUACCCUCAAUUUUUUUUUUAAUUAUAAAAAUUUCAAUUACUGGCACAGUAUCCUUGCUGCUGCCCAUCAAACUUCUGUCCAAUCAGGUACUUCUAACAUAGAAGCAUUGAGCACAGUUGGUACACGUUUGACAAUUAACGUGUAUUCUCCAUUUGAAGCAUUUUUCACGAGUUGGCAUGCUCUGCCUGAUUAUGACCAAGGCAAAUUCCUUAGAAAAGUGAAGGAUGUAAGUUAAAAGUGGUUUGAUUCUCUGUCUGAUAUCCAUUAGAAGCAUGCUUUUGGACAGAUGUAAACACUAACGUUUCUCAGAAAUAGCAAUGUUUCACACUGCCUGAGAAUAGGGACAGCCUCUAUGUGCCAAAAUCUUAGAAAAUGAAUGCCGCCAACAAGCCUACUACUUUGUAAUUGAUUUAGACAGUACAAGGAUGCCAGCUAUCUGGUGACUACAUUUAAUAGUCAGUACACCCAAUAAGUCCCUCAAUCUCCCAGUAUUCUAAAUUGGAACUCUCUGUGUGUUGUUUCUGUGUUGUUUCUGCCCUUUACAAUGUAUUGUGCAACAUCUACAAGCCUUCUUCUCAGUUCUUCAUUCCCACCAUCACCCCCAAAAAAAAAUAUAUGGUUGUUUGUGCUAGCAGAGCUAUGCAAUAAAACCACAGGUGUUUAUGGGAUAUCGAGGUCAUUCUAAAGACACAUCUGGCCUCCAGGUGACUAUUUUGAGCCUAGUUUAAGCACAUUUUCUUACAGUUAGUAAAAAUGGCAUUACAAUACAUCUGUAUUAGACCACCACCAUGAGCUCAUAUUUAUAAACGAAGAACAUAUUUUGAGCCAAGGUGAUCUCAAGUCUGAUGAAUCGUAUUCUUGUUUCACCAUGUGCCAUGUGUAAAAAAAUUGGCUAUUGAAAAGUCAAAAGCAUCACUGAAUUACUCAAACAGGGCUAUUUACUGAAGAGAGAAUGGUUGGGAAUUCAAAGUGAAUUCAUAGUAAAUUUCCAAUUUAAAGUCAAAGUAGCCAGAGAUGUAUUUACCACAAGGCAAACAAGGCAUUUGCCUAGGGCGGCACUUUCGGGGGGUGGGGGGUGAAAGGAGGUGGGGUGCCAAAAAAUGCCACCCCAAGCUCCCAGACAAAUGCCUUGUUUGCCUCAUGUUCUGGGGCUGUCCACCUUACUGUGAGUGAGUGAGUGUAGCUGUCAGUGUGUGUCUGUGAGUGAGAAUGGGUGUGCCUGUGAGUGUGUGUCAGUGUGUGUAUGUCAUUUUAUGUGUAUCUGAGAGUGUGUGCCUGUCAGUGAGUGGGGGUGUCAGUGUGUGUCUGUCAGUGAAAGUGUGUGUUGGCUAAACAGUGUGUGCGUGCCAAUGACUGUGUAUCUGUCAGUAAGUGUAUAUCAGUGCAUGUAUAAUUGAGGGCAUGUGUCUUUCAGUCAAAAAAAUGGGCUUGACACGAAUUGGGGGGGCAAAUUUAGAUUUUGGGAGUGCCCGAAUUUAGUCGUGCCUAGGGCAGCACAAAUCCAAAAUACACCACUGAAAGUAGCCAAACUGUGAGCAGACCAAGACAUCAAGAAGCAACAUAAUUAUUAUUUUAAAGAAAGCCCUGAGAGUUUGGUGGACCACUAGGAAACCCCAGUGGCUUAUCAUUUACUUUUGUGUUUUUAAAAUGUUAUAGGAAGGGUCAACUGACCUAUAUUAUAUAUUUUGUUAAUUUCACCUGAACAAUUCAGAAAUUAAUGGCGUUGAAAUAUGGAUCAAAUUCCAGCCUGCGGUUAUAUUGGAUACAGUUGGUAUUGUGACUUUGUCAUGCCUUGGAUAAACUGAUUCACCUUGAUCCAUGGACUUUUUAUCUCUCCAGACCUGUCAAAGGCUUUAAGAUGGCCAACAAUAAGCUUAUCUCCACAGUGGCCUUGGCGGUCAAAAGAGCCCUUGCUCAGCAGGUGAACGACCCAAUGUGGCCAUCCCUUAUUGAACCUCAGUAUAUCCUGGCUGAGGUUUAGGACAUGGAACAGCUCAAAGCCCAGCAACAUGACUCUACGCAACGAUACUACAACAUAGGGUCAUUAUAGAUAUAAUAUCCUCCUCCCUCUUAGGGUGUAGGUUGUGGUCCCAUAGGUGGACUUUCUCCUACACACCCUUUUUGUUAUUAUUUUAUUCGAGUAUUUUAGAUGUGUUCAUUGGUAUAACAUCAUUCUCACUUCUAUAUUACUCUGUGCACAAUACUCUUAUUUUUACUUCAUACAUCUCUGACUGUAUUAAAACUAUUUGUUUUACUGUUACAGUUAAUAUUAUUCUAUUUGUUGUAAUGGAUAAAAAAAAAUAAAAAAAUAAAGAAUUUAGAGCAACAAAUGGGUCGCAAGAGUAUUCUGAGAACGGACAGCAGCUAAAAUAGCCUGCCCUUCGGUGGGUCCCCGCUCAGAACUCAAGCUGGUUUUAGCUCAUCUUGUGCCAUUACAGAGAGAACAUAUCUGAAGCAUAUCAGACUGGUCCCACCCAUACGGGCAGUCCAGAUCCGAAAUGCCAGCAAGUUCUCUCUGCACAAGAGAUACAGCAACCCCAGACGAUCGUUUCAACCUUGUUAGGCAUCAUCAGUGAGGCUCUUGCGACCCAUUUUUUUCUCUCCAUUAGUUUAAAGGGUAAUCCAGACGUGGACCCCUUGCUCACGGUGCCUAGAGAGAUAUCAGCUAUGCCUCACUGACGAUGCCUAACAAGGCUGAAACGAUCGUCUGGGGUUGCUGUAUCUCUCGUGCAGAGAGAACUUGCUGGCAUUUCGGAUCUGGACUGCCCGUAUGGGUGGGACCAGUCUGAUAUGCUUCAGAUAUGUUCUCUCUGUAAUGGCACAAGAUGAGCUAAAACCAGCUUGAGUUCUGAGCGGGGACCCACCGAAGGGCAGGCUAUUUUAGCUGCUGUCCGUUCUCAGAAUACUCUUGCGACCCAUUUUUUGCUCUAAAUAAAGAAUUUAGAAAAAAAUAUGGAUAAAAUUUAUAUACAAAUGAAUAGUAGAACUUUUGAAGUAGCAAUCCUGGAAAUUAGGGACCAGGCUCCAAGGUUCCUUUGGUUUAGGUUCAAAAGGUUGAAAAUGGCAGCACAAGGCCCAUGGUACUGCGUUAGCAGUCUAAAUGCACCCUAGACCCUACAUUGGCAUAUAGCGGUUGUGGUGCCUAGAAUAUUCCUUACAUUUAAGUGUAGCAUGAGCACUUCUGGAAUAUAUGCAUAAGUUCAACUGAAUUGUAAAUGAACCUCUGACGUUGGCUCUAAAUUGGUGUCAUGUAUUUUAUAAACAUGUCUUACUACAUCCUGUAAUGGGGUUAAAUCGGGACAUGUUGCUUUCUCCGUGUAACUGGUUAGCUCUGUUUCUGCACAACAGGGCUGUUUUCUAGGUGUGGUUUUACCGUGUCAAAAUACAUACUAUAAGUAGCAAUGGGUUGUCUAAUUGUUCCUGUUUAAUCUUCUUGUAAAUGUUUGUAAAUCCAACAGGCACUUGUGUCCAGAAAGCACAUCUGUGUAUUUGGUAACAUUCCAAUGGCGUAAUGAUCUGAGCCAGCAUCAAUCACUGACAUGGAUUAAAAAUGGGGUGGGCUAGAGCGGACAGCAUCAGCGCAAGAAUCACCACCCUCCUGUGUUUUAUGCAUCAGAUAGCAAGGUGAAGGGGCAACGCCAGUGACACUGGUACUGUGACAGUUUUAAAGGGUCAAAUCAGUCUUGCACUUGAUUGUUAUCUGUUUCGUUCGAACAUCUGACUUACAUUAACUGUUUAAUAAAGAUGACCAUUCAAGUAGGCUCACAUAUAAGAUUAAAAAAAAUCAGAUUUUAUUUUUAUUUUUAAAUAAAAUCUCUUGAUUUAUUAUCAAAACGUCAAUGAAGAUGAUGAAAUGACAUUACUGGUUGCAUUAACACAGAAACUGUCAAUAUGUUUGCCAAAGACUGACAAACUCUCUCACUGCUAUCCAAGCUGAAAGAUGGCCUCAUCACCCGGAGAAAAACAAAUAUGUACCAGCUCAUAGAGCGUAGAUCUUCAAUAAUGGGAUGGAUGGGGGCUGGGGGAUUAGAACCUUUAUCUUAUAGCAACUGGCAUCUUUUACCCUCGCCUUGCGUCCAUGUAUUUAGUGAGACCUGAAAGAAUCGAAAGACAACCUGUCAGCUCGCCAAUCCCUGUAAAUGAAACUGCUGAGGUUUAUAGAAGCAAAGGUGUCAAUCAUCAGUCUGCUUCUUGACUUCAUUCACGAGAACAUCAGUUGGAGAGCAUGCCAUACAGGGAGCUUUGCAUUUACUCCAUCGAUCUGGGGGGGAGACUGAUCUUUCCUUCACCCCAUCAUCAGUCUCACCAGAAGAGCAGCAUAGAGGUGGAUCCUGGGUAUAAAUGUUUUAGAGACUACAGAUUAACACACAACACACACUCUCUUUAAAAUGUAUCAAGGCUUAAAAUCACCAAUCUUAGCAAACAAUUAUGGGGAUUCAGUUCCACCAUAAUGCCAAAUUGUGUUAAGCCCACCACUAUGUCACAGUACCCAAAUAUUGGUGGAUCCAACACUAAUUUUAACAUGGGAGAUUGACAUGCUAACUGCAAUACUUACUGCUUCCGGAGACUCUCCCCAAUUUAUGCUUUCCGGUGUUCAACUCCAAAAGGGGCAUCUAUAGCGGAGGGGUGGUGUGCUUAACCAAACAGGAAUCUGGCCAGGAUUCCAAAUAUUUAGAGAAAAUAAAGGAAUUGGGGUGCACACCCGGAAUAUGCAUUUCUCAACAGUGAUGCUACCCUAAAGACCAAAAUAUAUAUAAAAUACAGUUUAGGAACCAGUGUGCACACAAAGAAAUACAGUAUUACAUUUUACAAGGCUACUUAAUAUCACCCAUCUUUGUAAACAAAUAUGGAGUGAUUUUAAGUAGUUUGGAUUUAGUUUCUCUCUUUUUAAGUUGAAUUAUUUUGGGAAUGUAGCUCUGAGGGUGGUUGUGAGCCACAAAUUAGAAAGGAUAGAGCCUUUCGAGAGGGAGAAAAAGAAAAUGUAGUAUUAGAUAGUAAAGGAAAAUAAAAAAUGAAAAACAAAUAGUGUAUAUAAAGCUUCAUAUCGUACUCGAAGUGACAAUACUUGUUUAACUAGAUCCAGCUAAAGAUACUGCUGUGUAAUUAAUUUCGUAGUACUGUGCUUGUGUGGCAGGAUUUUGUGUUUUUGUGCAUCCUGUUGAAUAGCUUCCUUUGUAUGAGACGUUUUCUUAAAUGUUAAAGUUUGUGUGAAGUACAUUCAACGGUCAGUCAGAUGCACAAGUGGAUAUUAAAUGAACACUAUAAGUACCAUAACCACUGUGGAGGAGUGCCUUGGUUCUAUCCCAAAGCAAGUAGUCUUAUAAUAUUAGUACAGUUUGACAAUUUACCUGCAGUAUACCAUUCAUCGAGUUUUCUGGAAAAUCUGGAUAGCCCUACAGAGCGGUAUCAGACAAUGAGCCCAAUUCUGGAUCGGGCUGGCUCAGCACUGCAGUGACCUACAACUUAUCCUGGGUAGGACAGGAGAAGACAGGAUGAGGAGUGGGUGCCUGAAGCACCAACAUAAUUUUUCAAAUCGUUAUAAAACAAUUUGACUUCUUACCAUGGGAGAGCCCAGUGCACUCCUGACACCACAACCACUACAUAGGACUUCAGGGGGUUAUUAACGCGCACGGAGUGUUCCUUUAAAUAACUGUAAAGAGACAUGUCUUCCCUGCAUAUAGCCAAUCAGUGGUGCCCUCAUGUAUUGUGUAGAAAUAUAAUCUGUAAUGUAUCCUAAAUGGAGCACAAACACUUUUAAACACGCGGCCACGCACCUUUUGACGCAGUUCUCCCAAUAUCACGUGAAAGAGCCACUAUGGUGAAUGAAAGGUCUAUGAGUCGUGUGAUCUGACAUGACUGUGAACAUGUUACAUGUGUGUGAGCAUGAGACACACACAGCAGAGGUUUCUUCAGAGACAAGACCGAAUUCUUUUGACUGUGAUCUCGGGGCAUGCCUCCACUUGCUAAGUUUCUUCUAAAGCGCCAUUCACAUCAAAAACUGACUACAGACAGAUGCAUGCAUACCUCUUUAAAUGACUUCUCAAGUGUUCCGUUUAGGUGACGUGCACAUGUGCAACUUCGCAGCUUUAAUUUGUAGUCAAUUCAAGAGAAAUAUACAUAAAAGAGUUUCAUUCAUCUAUUCAGCGAUCCUAUUAAAGUGGAUCUGUCACUUUGGGGUGUCUCUGCACAUCUCCGGUUGGUCAGGUGGCCGUGUGGUGCAGUGAAAUGUAGGUUUUACUUACCUGAAGCAUCCUUCAUGGCCUCUGCCAUCUUCUUCCUCUUCAGCUCAAUGUGCUUCACUUACUAGGAGCCGUGUUAGUGCUGAGUUUGGGAGGAUGUGAAUGGCUCCCUCAUACAGUAGGUAAAUGGGUAGCUAGGAGUAGGAAGUAAAUCGACACGUUGUAGUGUAUAUACGCGAUUUGACAGAUGAAUGGGAAUCACAAAUUGUGAGUAAAUUACUUAACUAGAGAUAAUAGACUACAUUGUAAUAUGUUGUAAGUUUUUAAUUAAACACGGCUAAUGGCCAGAGUAUCCCUUACUGACCAGGUCUUCCCUCCACCCCAAAAAAUAAUAAAUUGCUAAGACACAGCUGGUUUCAUUACCUGUGCAUAUUUGUCAUUCAGUUUUUAUAUACCUUUUUACAAAGCAUGAACCGUGCUCAGAGAAAUAAUUUUAAUCCAACUACAGAGGAUGCACUGUAGAUGCUGUGAAUUGAAACAGAGGAAAAGCCUAUAAUUCACUUUGAAUCCUCACGUUAGUGAAUAAUGCUGUAAAUUUAUUGCUAAAUCAAUAAUUAUGGUUUACCUCCCCAAAAUCUUACCUAUUUAUUUGAACUUGAUUAGCCAGGCUAUUUCUCCACAUGUCUUUAAAGGCACACUAUGGUCGCCAGAACCCCUACGGCUUAAUGUAGUAGUUGUGGUCUCUGCAGCCUUAGCACUGUAAACAAUGCCUUUUCAGAGAAAUGGCUGCCCAGGAGGUCUCACUCAAAAAGGGUGUGGAUCAGCACAAAUAAGAGGCUGGCUCCCCACCUGACGGGUAGCUGACCAGCCCCCAGCUAUCAGGACUGAUCCAAUUUUUAUUUCAAUCUGUAAUGACUGUUAAUUCUAUUAACCAUGUAAGCUACUUCUUGGCUCCAUAUUACCACUGCAGAUUAAUUAUAUUGCCAACCGCAAAGGUAAUAGGGAGAGAUCACAAUCUGCAUAAGUCUCUACUUUAUGUAUAAAAAAAUGAAAAUAAAAAGAACAUUUUAAAAUAGUCAUAGUGAAGGGAAACAGAGGGGCAAAACAGGAUUAUUUAUGAAAAGAAAACCGGUAAAGUGGCUGUGCUGCUUUAAUUAUUCAUAAUAAAAGUUAUAAAAAAAAGUUCAGAAUAGGUUUGAUAAAAUCCAAAAAUGUUGUUAGAGUGGCUCUGUCACUUAUGGGAUCCGUCAGUGUCCAGCCGAGGGUGUAACUUCCUUUCGCCCCAUCUUCCUCAAAACAUUUUAGACCUUGGGACCAUUACAGCUUACCAUAUUUUGUGAUGUACCAGUACAUUUGAGCAUGUACUGGAACUAUAAUGAUAGAUAUAGUAAGUAAUAUAGUUGAUUAUAAAGAUACAAAGAUAUAUAUAUAUCAAAACCCUUGUCCAGACUUUAAGGUCAUCCCAAUGUGAAGAUAGUGUAACCAGCCAAAUAGGCAGAACCUCCCUAAUACUAGACCGUGACUACGAUACACCUCAGACUACUGACUUUAAUUGGUCAAAGUCUGUGUAUAGUGACAGAUAAAUAUCAAUAGAGACCAAUCAAGACAUAUUAAAGUCAGUAGUCUGAGGUGUAUCGUAGUCACGGUCUAGUAUUAGGGAGGUUCUGCCUAUUUGGCUGUUUACACUAUCUUCACAUUGGGAUGACCUCAUAGUCUGGACAAGGGUUUUGAUAUAUAUAUAUAUAUAUAUAUCUUUGUAUCUUUAUAAUCAACUAUAUUACUUACUAUAUCUAUCAUUAUAGUUCCAGUACAUGCUCAAAUCACUGGAUUCCCAGUGAUCCAAGCUUUCUUUUUGGUUGAUCAUUUAGGGGUUAAGCCCCAGGACACCCCUGGAGUGUCCGUGUAGGUGUCACAGUAGGUUUGCCCUUUUAGGACCAAACCAUUACUAGUAGUUUCCAUUAUUACAUUACUCUGGCCUUAAAUAUGAAAUUUUGAAAUGUUUUUGAAUUUUAUUGCUGUCGAGCUCUGUGAUACACUAAACAAGUCAAGCUCUCUGAACUUCUAGGAAUAAAGUGACACCAGCCUUGGAGAAAAUGUUUUGGGGUUUGGAGGCAUGCAAAAGAUUUGACCCAUUCAGCAAUCAGAAGGCAGCACAACAUACGUGGCUACGUGACACCUUUUAUAUGGUCAAAGAACGUAGCUUGGAGGAGAAGCAAAUCCCACAGCAAGCUAAAUAUUAUCCACUACUUCACACCCAAAUUUAGCACACCCACAUUGCUAGCAUUUCAAUUUCUCUUCAGGGAUUCCUGUUUGUAUUUUCUACAUCUACAUGAAUUUAUCGCCGCUCGUAAAAACCGGGGGAAUCGUAGGAGAGAAGAAAUGACACAUACACUUCCAAUAAUGCCUUUUGGCAGGAAGCAAAAAAAUUAGUAAGAGGGAGAGUGAGUCAGAGGAAAACAUUUUACAUAUGUUACAUCGUAUAUCACAUUAACCCCUUGAGUACUAAAGCGAUGAGAAACACAGGAGUCCAGACAUGUGAUCUAGAGAGAGGGGUUAUGGAAUGUUCACAUAUAUAGGGGGGCUGCAAAAACAAACUUCCUGCCUUAAACAAUGAUUCGAAUUUAUAACAUUGCAUGGGGAUGAGUAACUUCUUGCUUCCUACUGCAAGAUUGGUAAUGUAAGGGGCAGAGGAAGCAAGCCUUUCUCACAUUAGUGCUAUCAUCUUCACUUGCCAUGAUUCUCUCAGAUCUCACACACAUGGAUAUGUUUGUUUAUUUAUAUAUUACUGCUAUGCGUCCCCUGAUAUCGCUAGUUGGAAUCUAAACAAUCCUUCUUGGGCAUAGAAACUCGAGAAAUCAUGUUUGCACACCAAAUCAGCACAGACAGCCAUCAUGCGUCUUUCUCUCCGGCCCCCUCCCCACCCCAAGAUCUCUGUGUGCCUCCACUCCCCAAUGGCAGCUCACCUCUUUCCUUGUAGAUUGGUCGCGGUAGGGGAGUUUAUGUAUCUUCUACCUGGUCUGUCAGGAAGCAGCUCUCAGUGAGCACUACCUGUCAGACAGAGUAGAGGGAAACAGAGGUUCCUCUACCAGGGUUUACCACUCGGCCAUGCUACAUGCUGUGACCAGCAGGAGGUUUGCUGUGUGCUCCCCUCCUACCGGUUACCCGGAGACUGCACCCUCUCGGGCCGGUGUGCCCUAAGCAGCUGCCCAAUUUGUCUAGCGGUGGCGCCAGCCCUGUGUGCCAGCUCAGCAUGUGGAGAGGGUCUGGAGAGCCGGUGGAAGGGAGUCUUGGAGAGACAAGGGGAGUGACUGUAGAAUAGCCAAGAUGACGCCCAGUCUCCUCCUUUCCUGCUUGGUCACUGUGGCUUCACGUGCAGUGCAGUCAUGUGAUCAGCUCUCUCCAUAAAUAGCCAAGCACUGCACUUAGUCCAUGUUUAGUUGUUCUGGUGCUUUCCCGAGUCUUGUAGCAUCCUAGUUCCUUGUUGCUGAUCCUGGUUCUUGAUUCCUGAUUCCUGGUAAAAUUUAUUGGCUUCUGCCCUUUGGCCUUUUGGUCUAACCCUGACAACGCUUCUUGUCUCCGACAUUUAGUCGCUGGCAUCCUACUACCUAUUCAUGGAUUUCCUGACUUCUGACCUUCGAUUUGACUCUUGACCUCGCUUCUUUGCUCGCAGACCUUACCAUCGGACCAAGAAAAUGGAAAUGAGAUAGCGCUAGAUAACUUAUAGGCAGCAACCUUAAAAGGGGAUCCCUCAGACCCUUUAGAACUGGAUGGAUGAAAAUAAUAGGAGAAAGGCUGCGCACACAAGUAGAAAUAAAGUCCAAUGUAAAGGAAAGUCCCAAUGUUUUUAUCCUUACAGAUGGUCUUUGCUAAUGACGUCUUCUCUUAAUGUAGCGGUUCCACUUAUAUGAAAGAAAAAAGAGGAGAGAGAAGGGCGACCAAUAGUGUAGUAUAUAAAAUUCUGGUGUGAACAUAAAAUAAUAAUAAUAUAGAACUCACAUUUACCAGAGCUAUUGUCCUAGCUCUGGGUUAUGGCGCAUACAGCGGUUUAAUCCCCGCUUGUAGGAUUUAAAUGGGUUCCUCUCUGUGGUAGGUGUCCAAUUCUCGGAAUAAAAGAAACAGCCGAUAGUGCUCACUGUAUAGCAAUAUGGAUAAAAUAAUAAAAGAAUGUACUUACAAAGCAGGAGCAGAUUUACUGCUCCGUGAUGACAGCUUGGGUGGAUUGAUCCCCACCUAGGAUUUCUUUAAGUACAGGAAACUUCCAGGGAUUCUUAAGGUUUUUUUAAAACCAGUAAAAAAGGAUAAAAUAAUUAAAAAGGCCAGGAUAAUAAAAAAGAAAAUUACGUGUCUAUAAAAAAGAUUAUUGGUACAAACAGAUAACCAAAAAUACUUUAAUAUAUAAAAGAACACAAUAAUUAAAUUUCCAUAACGCGUUUCGUCAAAGACUUUUUCAAAUGGAAUAACAUGUAAUACCUGGCUUGAUAAUGUUAUAUAGGAGCAUAACUAAUUUACAUUUGGCGCCAAAAUUGGUCCGUCCAAUCAGAAAUAGAAGCAUAUAUAAAAACUUUGAAACAUAAUUAUACCUUUAUCAGUACAUUGUCUGUUGUUUUGUAACACAUUCCUGAUAUUUAUAAUUAAAAACGAGGGUGGGAAAGUGUAGUUUAAUACGUUUUAAAAUAGUCACAUGGCGUGCGGCACUUCCGCUUUUCGGAAGUCUAGCCGCAAUGCCAUAUGGGAAAUGUAGUUUAAAAUGGCCGCGGUCGGCGGGCGCAUAGUAAAAUGAAAAUCUAUAGUGCCAGAUUGGCACAAUGGUUCCCAUGGAACCUAGGGAAACUUAAAACAUAGAAAAAAGAAAAGGCACUAAUUAAAUACUAAAUAUAAUGCCUAAAUCUAUGUACAAAUUAAUCGGCACUUCCGCAAACCGGAAGUUGAAGCCGAAGUGCCUGAUGGGAAAUGUAGUACAGGCUAAUUAUUAAUACAAAUUAGAAUUUCUGGAAGAUAAUAUAGUGGGGCAUAAAGUAAAACAGAAGUGCCUUAAUAUGAAGUAUAAUUAGGACUAAUAAUAAUAAUUUACUAUAAAAAAUAAGAUACUUUAAAGGUACAACAAUAAAAAACCUUAAGUGCAAACAUGAUAUUAAAGAAUAUUGGCAUACUCAGAGAGGGUAUUAAAAGCAACAUUUGAAAUAUAAGAAAUACAGACAUCAUUUUAUUUUCUUAAGAAAUUGUAUAGAUCAAAGUCUGCAUUAAGACCAUGGGGUAUAAGGGUCUUGAGUUUAUACACCCAUUCCAUCUCUGUUUUACCAAGCAGCUUUUUUAUAUCACCUCCACGCCAGGAGGUAGAACAUUUCUUUAUACCUAUACAUUUUAGUAGGCGUGGAUCUUUGUUGUGUAUAAUAAAAUGUUUGGAUACUGUAUGGUUUAAGUACCCAUUUUUGAUAUUUCUGCAGUGUUCACUUAGCCUUAUCUUUAAGCACCUUGUGGUCAUCCCCACAUAUUGGAGGCCACAUGGACACUCAAGCAGAUAGAUAACAUUUUUCGUAUUGCAACAGAUAAAAUCAUAAAUAUUGUACACUCUUUUUGUUUGGUUAGACAUAAAAUUUGUGACUUUAGAUGGAGUAGAAUGAUCUGUGGUUUUACAUACAAUACAUUGUUUACAUUUGUAAAAACCUUUUGUCUGAGGAAAAAAGGAUACAUAUUUUGGGGGAGAUUGUUUAGUAAAAUUAGUAGUUAAAAUGGAUUUAAAAUUUGGUGCUCCUCUAAAAACAAUGUUCGGAUGGAUGGGUAUGAUGGGAUUAAGUAUCUCGUCGUGUUUAAGUAUAUGCCAGUGCUUUCUUAUUAUUUUUUUAACAUCUUUACUUUUAUUGUUGAAAUUAAAAAUCACUGGGAGUACUAUUGAUUCGUCUUUUUCUUUAUUUUUAUACAUCAGAAGUUCUUUUCUUUCUUUUUGUUUUACUGUAUUAAUUGUGGUAAUUAAAUCUGAUUCUAAAUAUUUCUUUUCCAUAAAUUUGUCUUUUAAAAACUCUGCUUGCUCAUUAAAAUCUGAAAGUUCUGAACAAUUUCUACGAAGACGUAAAAAUUGGCUUUUUGGUGCGCUCUCAAGCCAGGGUUUAUAGUGGCAACUAGAUUUUUCUAUGGCUGUAUUUACACAUACUUUUUUAAAAAAAGUUUUAGUUCGGAGUAGUCCUUUAUUAAUAAAAAUACUAAGAUCUAAAAAAUUGAUGGAUUUUUUACUAAAUUCAUACGUAAGAAUAAUACCCCUAUUAUUGGUAUUUAAAUGGUUGAUAAAUUCAGUAAGAUGAUUUUCUGAUCCGUCCCAAAUAAAAAAGAGGUCGUCUAUGUAUCUAAAAUAAGUGACUAGGUUUGCCCGCCAUCGAUGGUUGCCCCAAAUGGCUUCUGAUUGACUGGGAAAUACCAAUAAUAGGGGUAUUAUUCUUACGUAUGAAUUUAGUAAAAAAUCCAUCAAUUUUUUAGAUCUUAGUAUUUUUAUUAAUAAAGGACUACUCCGAACUAAAACUUUUUUUAAAAAAGUAUGUGUAAAUACAGCCAUAGAAAAAUCUAGUUGCCACUAUAAACCCUGGCUUGAGAGCGCACCAAAAAGCCAAUUUUUACGUCUUCGUAGAAAUUGUUCAGAACUUUCAGAUUUUAAUGAGCAAGCAGAGUUUUUAAAAGACAAAUUUAUGGAAAAGAAAUAUUUAGAAUCAGAUUUAAUUACCACAAUUAAUACAGUAAAACAAAAAGAAAGAAAAGAACUUCUGAUGUAUAAAAAUAAAGAAAAAGACGAAUCAAUAGUACUCCCAGUGAUUUUUAAUUUCAACAAUAAAAGUAAUGAUGUUAAAAAAAUAAUAAGAAAGCACUGGCAUAUACUUAAACACGACGAGAUACUUAAUCCCAUCAUACCCAUCCAUCCGAACAUUGUUUUUAGAGGAGCACCAAACUUUAAAUCCAUUUUAACUACUAAUUUUACUAAACAAUCUCCCCCAAAAUAUGUAUCCUUUUUUCCUCAGACAAAAGGUUUCUACAAAUGUAAACAAUGUAUUGUAUGUAAAACCACAGAUCAUUCUACUCCAUCUAAAGUCACAAAUUUUAUGUCUAACCAAACAAAAAGAGUGUACAAUAUUUAUGAUUUUAUCUGUUGCAAUACGAAAAAUGUUAUCUAUCUGCUUGAGUGUCCAUGUGGCCUCCAAUAUGUGGGGAUGACCACAAGGUGCUUAAAGAUAAGGCUAAGUGAACACUGCAGAAAUAUCAAAAAUGGGUACUUAAACCAUACAGUAUCCAAACAUUUUAUUAUACAUAACAAAGAUCCACGCCUACUAAAAUGUAUAGGUAUAAAGAAAUGUUCUACCUCCUGGCGUGGAGGUGAUAUAAAAAAGCUGCUUGGUAAAACAGAGAUGGAAUGGGUGUAUAAACUCAAGACCCUUAUACCCCAUGGUCUUAAUGCAGACUUUGAUCUAUACAAUUUCUUAAGAAAAUAAAAUGAUGUCUGUAUUUCUUAUAUUUCAAAUGUUGCUUUUAAUACCCUCUCUGAGUAUGCCAAUAUUCUUUAAUAUCAUGUUUGCACUUAAGGUUUUUUAUUGUUGUACCUUUAAAGUAUCUUAUUUUUUAUAGUAAAUUAUUAUUAUUAGUCCUAAUUAUACUUCAUAUUAAGGCACUUCUGUUUUACUUUAUGCCCCACUAUAUUAUCUUCCAGAAAUUCUAAUUUGUAUUAAUAAUUAGCCUGUACUACAUUUCCCAUCAGGCACUUCGGCUUCAACUUCCGGUUUGCGGAAGUGCCGAUUAAUUUGUACAUAGAUUUAGGCAUUAUAUUUAGUAUUUAAUUAGUGCCUUUUCUUUUUUCUAUGUUUUAAGUUUCCCUAGGUUCCAUGGGAACCAUUGUGCCAAUCUGGCACUAUAGAUUUUCAUUUUACUAUGCGCCCGCCGACCGCGGCCAUUUUAAACUACAUUUCCCAUAUGGCAUUGCGGCUAGACUUCCGAAAAGCGGAAGUGCCGCACGCCAUGUGACUAUUUUAAAACGUAUUAAACUACACUUUCCCACCCUCGUUUUUAAUUAUAAAUAUCAGGAAUGUGUUACAAAACAACAGACAAUGUACUGAUAAAGGUAUAAUUAUGUUUCAAAGUUUUUAUAUAUGCUUCUAUUUCUGAUUGGACGGACCAAUUUUGGCGCCAAAUGUAAAUUAGUUAUGCUCCUAUAUAACAUUAUCAAGCCAGGUAUUACAUGUUAUUCCAUUUGAAAAAGUCUUUGACGAAACGCGUUAUGGAAAUUUAAUUAUUGUGUUCUUUUAUAUAUUAAAGUAUUUUUGGUUAUCUGUUUGUACCAAUAAUCUUUUUUAUAGACACAUAAUUUUCUUUUUUAUUAUCCUGGCCUUUUUAAUUAUUUUAUCCUUUUUUACUGGUUUUAAAAAAACCUUAAGAAUCCCUGGAAGUUUCCUGUACUUAAAGAAAUCCUAGGUGGGGAUCAAUCCACCCAAGCUGUCAUCACGGAGCAGUAAAUCUGCUCCUGCUUUGUAAGUACAUUCUUUUAUUAUUUUAUCCAUAUUGCUAUACAGUGAGCACUAUCGGCUGUUUCUUUUAUUCCGAGAAUUGGACACCUACCACAGAGAGGAACCCAUUUAAAUCCUACAAGCGGGGAUUAAACCGCUGUAUGCGCCAUAACCCAGAGCUAGGACAAUAGCUCUGGUAAAUGUGAGUUCUAUAUUAUUAUUAUUUUAUGUUCACACCAGAAUUUUAUAUACUACACUAUUGGUCGCCCUUCUCUCUCCUCUUUUUUCUUUCAUAUAAGUGGAACCGCUACAUUAAGAGAAGACGUCAUUAGCAAAGACCAUCUGUAAGGAUAAAAACAUUGGGACUUUCCUUUACAUUGGACUUUAUUUCUACUUGUGUGCGCAGCCUUUCUCCUAUUAUUUUCAUCCUUACCAUCGGACCACCUGACACCGCUUAUUCUCUGCUCCUUUAUGGCAUCAUCGCAUCCUUGCAUCCUCUGUAAAUAAAGUCACCCAAGCUCACAUAGAUCACAAGGUUCCCAUUUCACAGUCACCAGGAAAGGCCGUGUCUGUAUGCAGUUGCCGUUUCACUGCAAGUGAGUUCAUCUCCAAAUAAACUAACGGUAGGUGGUCACAUGCAGAGACUUACACCAUCUGUGUCCAUCAAGGGUAUUGCACUAUGAAAACGUUACACAAACCUUACCUUAAACUGAUACUCCAAUAAAAUUUAAUGACCAUUCUAUAUCAAGCGAUGACUCAAAACAUACACAUUUUUUUUUUUUUUAAUUCGACAGUUUUUAUUCAGACACGUAGUUGCAUUACAAUUGCGCGUGCAUUUUGAAUACCUUAGUCGCGAUUGCACAUAUGAUAAAAAAUUUCUGGUACAAUUAGAUUAGGUAUUUCAGUGCUGCUUAUUGACGUUAGGUACAUAAAUCAUGCAUACUACAUGUCUCAAACAUUUUGUGGGGGGAAUAGAAUCAAAAGGGGGGUAUAGAUAGAGAGUGAGAGGAAGAGAGGGGGUUGGGGAGUGUACCGGGGGGUUGUAGAGGGAUGACCCUGGAUUGUCCAGGCGAUUCGGCAAUAAUUCUUGCGUACUUGAGGACGGAUGACCAGCAAGCAUCUUCUGUCUCUUAGAUCUUGAUUGUUCGUGAACCAGGGCUGGGUCUCCUCAGUGCCACACCACAGAUAACAUCCUCGCCAACUGGAAGCUAUUGUGUUGUGGUGUUGUCAGUGUGGUUUUGGUACGUGUCCCAUAUGUGUUUUGCCUUAGCUGGCAUAGGUCUUGGGCCAAAUUGGUGUUUGUGCAUGGCCUCAUAUGUCAAAUUAAGUGCAAUUUGGGUCAUUAGAUGUGUAUGUGACGGUGUGUCUUUGGACUUCCAGUGUCUCACUAUUAGGAUAUGUACUGAUGCAAGUGUAUGGUAUAUUAGUGCCUGGUGAGCUUUGGGCAUCCUCUCAGGGAAUAUGUACAACAUGCAUUGUACAGGUUUUUUUUCCACCUGGUGGCCUAGCAUGUCCGACAUGAUACGGAGGGCUUGUGUCCAGAGAGCGGCCAGUGCGGGACAUGUCCACCAUAUGUGGAUCAUUAUGCCCACUUCUUUAUCGCAACGCCAACAUAUGUUUGUGGAGGUAGGCCAAAUUUUGUGUAUUUUUUCUGGCACUAAAUACCAAGGGUAUAGUAUUUUCUGUUGGAUUUCUAGGUGUUGGGCGCAUGAUGUCAUGCUUUUGUGAGCCGUGUAAGCUCUUUUCCACUAUUCUGGGCUUAACUCCGUGCCCAGAUCUGUGUGCCAUGCCUUUUGGUGGCGUUCCUGUGUCAGUGGUUGAUUGUGUAGGAUCAAGUGGUAGCACGUGGAGAGAGAUUAGACGUUGGGCUUAUUUGAUAGGCAAAUAGUUUCGAACUUAGAUGUUGGUGCUUGUGACCCUGUCUCAGGGUUUGUGGGUGGGUUGUUUGUUAGUAGGGAUUUGACUUGGAGGUAGGGGAAUAGUAAUUUUGCGGGUAGGUCAAAUUGUUCCUGUAGACUAGUAAAGGAUUUGAGGUGUUCCCCUUUGUAUAGGUGGAGUACGUGGGUGACGCCUUUGUCCGUCCACGGUUUAUGGUUAAAGGUGGGAAUCAUCAGGCUCAUGGAUUGCAGUGGCACUGCCAUCGGUAUCUUUGGGUGGGUAACUAAAGUUUUCCUCACCCCGUCCCAUGUGUCUAACAGCAACCGAGUAGUGGGGAGGCCUUGGAAUGGUUUUGGUCUCCGAGUACUGUCCUUCCAGAAGAUAGGGCGGAUGUGGUCUAUGUUGAGCCAAAAGGCUUCUAUUCCUGCCCAUUGUGGGGUGUAAUGGGAGUCGUGAGCUGCUAACAUAGUGCUUAUAUUGCUGCCUUGUGGUAAUGAUACAGGUUUGGGAUACCUAGACCUCCGUCUGCUACCUGCCUUGGUAGGAUCUUAGCGGCUACCCAGCUUUUUUUGUGUUGCCAUGUAAAUUUCAUGAGUAGUGAGGUGACCAACUUGAGGUAGGUGUUUGGUAUAGGUAUUUGUAGUGUCCAGAAGAGGUAUAAUAGUUUUGGGAGCAACGACAUUUUGAAUGCUGCUAUACGCCCCAACCAUGAGAGGAAUUUCCCCUCCCAUGAUUUCAGGGUGUUGUCGAAGUCUUUUAGGAGUUUUACAUAGUUUGCGUGGAAGAGUUCCGCAGGCUUUUUUGUGAGUUUGAGUCCUAGGUAUGUUAGGUAGUCAGACCUCCAGUCUAAAGGGAAUGCCUCCUUCAAUCUGUUUCUCGCCUCCUUAGUCACUCCUAUCGUUAAUGCCUGUGUUUUGGAGACAUUUAAUUUAUAAUAAGAGUGAUGGCCAAAGAGGUCUAUUUGUUGCAUUAAGUUGGGCAUGGUUAUGAGCGGCUGAGUUAAGGUGAGUAAGAAUGUCAUCUGCAAAUAUGUUUAGUUUGAAUUCUUUGUCACCUAAGGGAAUACCAUGGAUGUUCGGGUCUGAUCUAAUUUUGGAUGCUAAUGGUUCUAGGGCCAGUACGUAGAGCAGAGGGGAGAGGGGGCAUCCCUGUCUGGAGCCGUUAGAGAUGUUUAUGGUCCGUGAUGGGAAUCCUGCGUAUAGGACUUGUGCAGAGGGUUUGUUAUAAAGGGCGUCUACUGCUGCCACGAAUUGCGUGGGGAAGCCGAAUCUGUGGAGUACUCUGUUUAAAAAGGUCAAGUUGAGUCUAUCAAAGGCCUUCUCCGCGUCAAGGGACACGAAGAGACCCUCCAUUCCUAGUUUUCUAGAGCUACGCAUGAGAUUUAGUACUUUGCAGGUAUUAUCUGAGCCCUGUCUACCCCUCACAAAUCCUACUUGGUCGUCAUGUAUGAGGUCCGGUAGGAUAGUUUUUAGUCUAUUGGCUUGUAGUUUUGCGAAGAGCUUGGCAUCCGUAUUGAGUAGGGAGAUCGGUCGGAAAUUUGGGCAUGUGGUAGGGGACUUCCCUGGUUUGGGGAGGGUGCUAAUAUGAGAUCGUAAGAGUUCUGUGGGUAGCGAGUGGUUGUCUAUAGCGCUGUUAAAGAGAGUAGUUAGUGCGGGGGCUAAGACGUCUGCGUAUUUAUGGUAGUACGUGUUUGCGAAUCCGUCAGGGCCCGGUGCCUUACCCGCUGGGAGGGUUUUUAUUGUAUCCUUUACUUUUUGUUGGGUGAUAGGGGCUGAGAGGGCUUCUCUGUGUUGUUGUGAGAGGGUUGGCAAUUGGGCAUCUUGUAAGUAUUCAUCUAUUUGUCUGGGUGGUGUUAGGGGUGUUAGUGGGUCGUUUUUAAGGUUGUAUAAGGUUUCGUAGUACGUGGCAAAUUCGUCGCUGAUAUCUUUUGGGGCAACCAGCCUGUUUCCAUUUGGAGCCUGUAUGUGUGCUAUUUUAGAUGCGGCCUGUCUUUCUCGAAGUCUUUGGGCUAGUAUUUUGCCCGCUCUGUUUCCCUGGGAAUAGUGAGUAGCUUUUAAUUUCCGUAAUGGGUAGCCCACUCUUGUAAGUGCUAAAGCCUGUAUUUUAUCAUGUGUUUCUGAGAUUCUGCUUUUUAGCCCUGGGAAUGGGUUUGUUUGGUUUAAUUUGUUGAGAUCGUGCAGUUGUUUGUACCAGGUGACCCUUUGCGUAUGGGACGUCCGUUUAAGGUAGUGGGCUCUUUUUAUCAGUUCCCCGCGUAUGACGGGAUUGUGGGCUAGCAAGGUAGUCUCCGCAGAGAUCCCUGGUGUGGUGUUUUCUUUAAAAUAGUUUUUAAGUGUGUUUUCUAUGUGUUCGGUGAACGUUUUGUCGUGUAGAAGUGUUUCAUUCAGCCGCCAGGAGCUUCUGUUGUGGCUCUCAAAUUUGUCCUUUAGUUCCAUAGUGAUAGGUGCGUGGUCUGACCACGUGAUAGUUUCUAUUGAGCAUUUGAGUACCUGCGUUAGGUGUUUCCCUUUAGUGAGGAACCUGUCAAUUCGCGUGUAGGAGUUGUGAACCGAGGAGAAGAACGUGAAAUCUCUCUCCUCGGGGCGUCAUAGAGGUUGUGUUCGUCUAGCAGUCUCUGGUAUUUUGUGCAUUGUCUCCUGGCUGGGUUGUUUCCCUGUGUUUUAGAACCUUUGGAUGAGUCUAAACUGGGGUCUAGAGUGUGGUUAAAAUCUCCACAGAUUAUCAGCAUUCCCUUCUGAAUAGGCGCUAUUUUAGAUAAUGUUCUACGUAAUAAGUUGCGUUGUUCUGAGUUAGGUGCGUAUACAUUUACUAUGGUGUAGGUAAUAUCGUUGAUGGUACAUAUCAGUAUGAUAUAUCGGCCUUCUUCGUCUAUGACUAGGUCAUGUUCUCUGAAUGCUACUCGGUUGUUGACUAACACAGAGACCCCUUUCGUUUUGGAUUUUGCUGUGGCGUGUUGUUGGUAUGGAUAUGCGAGGGGUUUAAGGAUGUAUGGUUUGGUGAAGUGCGUCUCCUGGAGACAUACUAUGUCUGGUUGGGAUUUUUGAAGGUCUUGUAGUAGAAGGUGGCGUUUAACAGGGGUGUUCAGUCCCCGUACGUUGUGACUAUAUAUUUUCAUAAAGGGAAGGUCUAUAAGGAUUGCUACCUGUGCCGCUAUCAGCGUUAGGUUUGUGUUCCCCCUGAGUGCCCUCGUAUGUCUCGGAGUUUGAGUCUAGUGUGAUGUGUGUCCAGUUGAGUCUAUCAAAGGCCUUCUCCGCGUCAAGGGACACGAAGAGACCCUCCAUUCCUAGUUUUCUAGAGCUACGCAUGAGAUUUAGUACUUUGCAGGUAUUAUCUGAGCCCUGUCUACCCCUCACAAAUCCUACUUGGUCGUCAUGUAUGAGGUCCGGUAGGAUAGUUUUUAGUCUAUUGGCUUGUAGUUUUGCGAAGAGCUUGGCAUCCGUAUUGAGUAGGGAGAUCGGUCGGAAAUUUGGGCAUGUGGUAGGGGACUUCCCUGGUUUGGGGAGGGUGCUAAUAUGAGAUCGUAAGAGUUCUGUGGGUAGCGAGUGGUUGUCUAUAGCGCUGUUAAAGAGAGUAGUUAGUGCGGGGGCUAAGACGUCUGCGUAUUUAUGGUAGUACGUGUUUGCGAAUCCGUCAGGGCCCGGUGCCUUACCCGCUGGGAGGGUUUUUAUUGUAUCCUUUACUUUUUGUUGGGUGAUAGGGGCUGAGAGGGCUUCUCUGUGUUGUUGUGAGAGGGUUGGCAAUUGGGCAUCUUGUAAGUAUUCAUCUAUUUGUCUGGGUGGUGUUAGGGGUGUUAGUGGGUCGUUUUUAAGGUUGUAUAAGGUUUCGUAGUACGUGGCAAAUUCGUCGCUGAUAUCUUUUGGGGCAACCAGCCUGUUUCCAUUUGGAGCCUGUAUGUGUGCUAUUUUAGAUGCGGCCUGUCUUUCUCGAAGUCUUUGGGCUAGUAUUUUGCCCGCUCUGUUUCCCUGGGAAUAGUGAGUAGCUUUUAAUUUCCGUAAUGGGUAGCCCACUCUUGUAAGUGCUAAAGCCUGUAUUUUAUCAUGUGUUUCUGAGAUUCUGCUUUUUAGCCCUGGGAAUGGGUUUGUUUGGUUUAAUUUGUUGAGAUCGUGCAGUUGUUUGUACCAGGUGACCCUUUGCGUAUGGGACGUCCGUUUAAGGUAGUGGGCUCUUUUUAUCAGUUCCCCGCGUAUGACGGGAUUGUGGGCUAGCAAGGUAGUCUCCGCAGAGAUCCCUGGUGUGGUGUUUUCUUUAAAAUAGUUUUUAAGUGUGUUUUCUAUGUGUUCGGUGAACGUUUUGUCGUGUAGAAGUGUUUCAUUCAGCCGCCAGGAGCUUCUGUUGUGGCUCUCAAAUUUGUCCUUUAGUUCCAUAGUGAUAGGUGCGUGGUCUGACCACGUGAUAGUUUCUAUUGAGCAUUUGAGUACCUGCGUUAGGUGUUUCCCUUUAGUGAGGAACCUGUCAAUUCGCGUGUAGGAGUUGUGAACCGAGGAGAAGAACGUGAAAUCUCUCUCCUCGGGGCGUCAUAGAGGUUGUGUUCGUCUAGCAGUCUCUGGUAUUUUGUGCAUUGUCUCCUGGCUGGGUUGUUUCCCUGUGUUUUAGAACCUUUGGAUGAGUCUAAACUGGGGUCUAGAGUGUGGUUAAAAUCUCCACAGAUUAUCAGCAUUCCCUUCUGAAUAGGCGCUAUUUUAGAUAAUGUUCUACGUAAUAAGUUGCGUUGUUCUGAGUUAGGUGCGUAUACAUUUACUAUGGUGUAGGUAAUAUCGUUGAUGGUACAUAUCAGUAUGAUAUAUCGGCCUUCUUCGUCUAUGACUAGGUCAUGUUCUCUGAAUGCUACUCGGUUGUUGACUAACACAGAGACCCCUUUCGUUUUGGAUUUUGCUGUGGCGUGUUGUUGGUAUGGAUAUGCGAGGGGUUUAAGGAUGUAUGGUUUGGUGAAGUGCGUCUCCUGGAGACAUACUAUGUCUGGUUGGGAUUUUUGAAGGUCUUGUAGUAGAAGGUGGCGUUUAACAGGGGUGUUCAGUCCCCGUACGUUGUGACUAUAUAUUUUCAUAAAGGGAAGGUCUAUAAGGAUUGCUACCUGUGCCGCUAUCAGCGUUAGGUUUGUGUUCCCCCUGAGUGCCCUCGUAUGUCUCGGAGUUUGAGUCUAGUGUGAUGUGUGUAAAUAAUGGUGCAGUGGAGUAUAUACUUGCUGUAUUGUUGAGUAGCUGCCGUGACGGUUCCGCGUGGCAUGUAUCCGUGGCUGGUCGAGUUGUUCCUCGAGACUUCUGUGCCAGCGCCUGAUCUUGAAGUUUACACAGGGUCAUCUCCUCGGAGGGUCUAGGUUGGUCUGGGUAGGGGAGGGAGGGUAGGAAGUUAAUACAGGAAAAAAGAAGAAGAAACAGUGCGGUUAGGACCGCAGAGCCCAAAUUGGGCUGGGUACCCUGAGUGGGCACCAUGGAGGUAGGCAACAUCAAAAACAUAAACAAAUAUUCGUAGACGAUUAGCCCUAAAACAUGUCUAAACAGUUCUGUAUAUGAUAUAUAUAUAUAUUGUUUUUUUUGUUGUUGUUUUUUUCAUAAAUUUUGUCCCACAAGCUUGUGUCCCGGCCACAUAAUGAUGUUGGAUUUGAGAGACCAUUCAAUCUGUGUAUCCCUAAUCCUCCCUUGGCUAACUGGGGGAUGGGUGGCCUCCUGUGACACUGUCCUUAUUACAGUUCGACUGGCAUGAAAGGGAGCGUCUGGUGGGUGUCGUGCCUGUGAGCAACUGUCCAUUUGCUGUGCUUGUCUAAGUGUAACUAUAUGUGAUUUUUUUUUUUUUUAUCUGUGGGUGCAAUUAUGAGUGUGAGUUGUGUAGGAGAUGUGUUGUAGGGUGUGGGGGGUUGUGUAAUUAUACCAGAUAGGUAAGUCUUCAAUCAGGAGGCAUCGCCAUUCAGUCCUGAAUCUGUAACACCCGUAUCUGUACAUAGGCUGGUGGAACUUGGGUUAUUUUUCGCCUUCUUCCAGUCUUGUCUUAGUCGCUCCGGCGAAGUUGUACGUCCAUGUUGUUUGCGGACCGGUAGGUCCCAUUGCUUCAGGAUCUUCAAUCCUUCCUCUGGUGUUGUCACAUGGGUGAAGGUACCAUUGCGAUGGAUAAUCAGGCGCACCGGGUGCCCCCAUCUAUAUGGGAUCUUGUGUUCCCGCAGAGUUUCUGUUGUCUCCUUGAACUCUCUUCGCCGUAGUAAGGUAGCCGCUGAUAAGUCAGCAUAUAUCUGUAGCUGGCCAUAUUUUGCUGGAAGGUUUGUAUGGUUCCUGGCAGCUUUAAGUAUGGCCUCUUUGACAUGGUAAUAGUGUAGGUGGGUCAGCGUGUCUCUUGCUGCUUCUGCGGGUAGAAACUUUGGUUUGGCUACUCGGUGAGCCCGGUCCAGCAGGAUCAUUUCCGUCGGCAUGUCUUGUAUGAGACAUUUGAAGAACCCCACCAGGAAUUCGGGUAUGUCAGCUUGCAUUACCAAUUCCGGUAUUCCCCGUAUUCUCAGUUUGCCUCCGUGACGUGUCUUCCAGAUCAGAGAGCUUGAGCUGGGCUGAGGUAAGUUGCUUUUCCAGGGCUUGAACGUGGUCUGCUAGGUCAUUGUGGGCUUCUUCAUAUUCGCCCAUACAGUUCUCCACGUGUGCUGUUCUUUCGCCCAACUCUUGGAUGUCAUUGCCAAGUGCAGUGACUGAUGCUUAGAUCUUGUUGAGCAGUUUGUCGGACAUUUCGUCCAGGCAUGCUCUCAGGAUCUCUUGUGUGAUGGGAAGAUUUCCAGGGUCUGGUGAGUACUGGAGAGGGAGGGUGUCGUCUCCGCCACCAUCUUGGUCCGCUUCAUGCUGGCCCUGGGCUCUGUUUGGUGCGGAUUGCGCUGUGAAGAAGCCUGUGCCAUGCUUGUGGGGCGGGUGAUGGCGGGUUUUAUCUUGAGGGUUGCUCUGUUUAGUCGCUUCGUGGGCUAAUCUUGGAGCGGAGCGCUAGUGCCGUGCGGCCAUCCGCUUCAGCGUGCAGGCCACACCCCUAAAACAUAGUUACAUAGUUACAUAGUUACAUAGCUGAAAAGAGACUUGCGUCCAUCAAGUUCAGCCUACCUCACAUUUGUUUUUUGCUGUUGAUCACAUUUUAAGAACUGAUCUUAAUUUCUAUACGUAUUAAAAUCCUGUUGUUGGUUGAUCUGGAACCCAAAUGUACGGAUGUGUACAUCCUUGUUUACAACAUGAUUAGAAAUGUCCUUGAGUGAGACAUAGUGCUUGGGACUAAGUAAAAGCAUGUUGGAAAACACAACUGUGGACAAGAAAACACAAUGUGAGGUCUAGGACAGCAAUUAGAAAUCAUCACGGUAUUGGUAAGUGUCGAUGGCUACAGGAGGAGGUAGGACAUAGAGCAUAGUGAGUCCUGCGCCAUAGGUCAGGGCAGUUGUCAACCGUGCAUAUUCCAUACAACUGGCUCACGGAUGGUUUCUGGUGCUAACAGGGUUGUAAGGUAACUACCUCAAUCCAUUAGAGUGACAUCACAAAUUGCUAAAAAAAAAAAAAAAGAUAAUGUUAUCACACUUUCAUCUUGUAUCACAUGAGUAUUUUUAACAAGAUUACAAUCUGAACAUGUUUAAUUUUGUUUGCCUGUAACAGCACCAAAGUUAGAAAUUGUUAUCAACUUAAAACUGGACUUAAAGGACCACUAUAGUGCCAGGAAAACAUACUCGUUUUCCUGGCACUAUAGUGCCCUGAGGGUGCCCGCACCCUCAGGGUCCCCCUCCCGCCCGGUUUUGGAAAGGGGUUUAAACUUACCUUUUUCCAGCGCUGGGCGGGGAGCUCUCCUCCUCCGAUCCUCCUCUUCUCCUCCCCGUCAGCUGCACGCGCAUUCAGCCGGUCGCAUAGGAAAGCAUUUACAAUGCUUUCCUAUGGACGCUGGCGUGCUCUCACUGUGAUUUUCACAGUGAGAAUCACGCAAGCGCCUUUAGCGGCUGUCAAUGAGACAGCCACUAGAGGCUUUGGAGGAAGGCUUAACCCAUUAAUAAACAUAGCAGUUUCUCUGAAACUGCUAUGUUUAUUAAAAAAUGGGUUAACCCUAGCUGGACCUGGCACCCAGACCACUUCAUUAAGCUGAAGUGGUCUGGGUGCCUAGAGUGGUCCUUUAACUUAGUCGUUACCGUUAAUCACAAUAUCAAGAGAUCAAUAUCCUGAGAUCUCCUUAAAGUUAGCAGCAAAAUGAGUCUGUACCUCAUGUUAAUAACACAUGGUGAUGUUAACGGUUGGCAAGUGUCUCAGCUUGUUGUGUUCAAAACUGACAUUGAUAAUGUAAUAAAGUGUUUUUGUAUAUAUAUAUACAUAUACUUGUGAUUGUUUUAAGGGUUACUCCAAACGUCAUAACCACUACAGAUCGCUGUGGUUAUGAUGUCAAGAGUACCCUGGUUCGGUUCCCAGACAAUGGAGCAAACUGUUUAGAAAUCGUUUGCUGGCUUACCUGGGUCCCCACCGGGUUCCAAGGUUCCUUGAAUUGCCAGGUGUUGUGCGUCUGACUUCUGCAGAGCUGCAGAAGCCGAUCCACUUGCCAUUUAUUGUCUGAGAGUGUCAGCUCUCAACCAAUCAAUGGCGAACUGUGCAAAAAAAAAUAAAAAAAAAAUUGCCCUGGAGGGGGCGUGGCUAGCUGAGCAGCUAACAAGACGUGCAAGUGUGGAGCUCCGGCUAAACACAACGUUUAAUAAGACGAACUGCCACAAAAUCCUAACAAACAGAACAGAUAUCCAGUCUAAUAGUGUUCUAGAGGCCCCCCAACCUCGAGAUGGGGUGAAAAAACAAGAAACAAACCUGCCUGGAGGGCUCAAACACGCCGGACAUCAGGCGGUCCUUCAAUAGGCCGCAAAGACUAACACAGACCAAGAUGGCGCAGGAAAGCGACCAAAGCUCUAGUGAAUCGGAGGCAUCGGCCCACGAACGGGGCCCCCCGACCACACAGAAAGCCAAUGCAGGUUAUCGGACAGGAGACUCCGACUCCGACGACUCGCCCUCUACCAAGGGGGAUAUCAAAAAGCUGUUACUCGACCUACGGAAGGUAUGGAAGUCGGAUCUGGAUGAGAUACGGUCUGACAUAACCGGAGUCACAGCACGACUGGGUGCAGUGGAGAAUAGGGAAGGGGAUAGAGACAUUCUCAUUGCCGAGACCCAAACCCAAAUGACCUCCCUGACCCAACAAAUCCUAAGACUUACCCACACAGUGACCGCGAUAGAGGCCAGACAUCGCAAGAGAAAUGUCCGCAUUCGCGGAGCACCUGAAACUAUAGGCCCAGAAGCCUUACUGGAGUUUACUAAUAAACUAGCGACCAUGAUGGGAGCAAAGAAAAAUGGUGAAAUGCGGCCCAUCACAGCGGCAUUCAGGAUUCGGAAGGCUGCGGCCGCCCCUGCGGACGCACCCAGGGACAUUAUUGCAAUCACACGAGACAUUACGGUAAAAGCGGCGAUUAAGGCUGCCUCCAGAAAGACACCCACCGCCAUAGUGGAUAACCUCCACAUCAAGGUAUUCGACGACUUACCAUUUGCGACUCUGCUAGAGAGGAGAAGGUUCAUGCCAAUCACCCGACAGCUGAGAGAACAUGGCAUCAGAUACAGAUGGGGUGCAUCUGGCACGCUGGUGGUGCCCUACAAAGACAGAGUACUUUCAUUAUCAGCAGAGGAAGACCCUACAAACUUCCUACAGGAACUCCAACUCCCCCAGCCAGAACCCCCGGAACAGGGGAGAAGCAAGACCCCUAGCGCCGCAGGCGACAACGCUACCCGGGAGAAAGGCCCUGAGAGGUCAGAGACACAAAGAAGACCAGGCCUGCAGAACACCCCCAUAGAACUUCCACACUACAAGAGGACUGAUCACAGGCCUGCCUGCCUACCUGGCUGGUUGCACUAAACCCCUUACAGCCCCUCAGGCAUCUAGCAUUUAAUUUAAAGUUGUUUUACUUACUGUUGUUUUUAGCAUGUUUCCCCUAUGGUUGAACUCUUCCCUCUUAGUUUAAAAUCCUUUACUCAGAGACGCACCAACUGAUAUUAUAUAGAUGGCCCCAUGGUGCCUGGCACCUUGGGUUCAAAACGCCUUAACCACACAACCCCCAACAGAGACAUGAGUGACGAUGGGGAAAUACAGGCACUUAGAGAGAGGGGAUAGGGGACGGACACUAUACACACACGGGGGGUGGAAGGAGAGGGCAAACAUCAUGCCACCACAGUGCACCACACAGCAAGUCUGGUCACACGACACCUAAGCAGGGAAAAGUGCACCCCAGACGAAUAUAUAGCUGAAGUGGAACGUAACCCAAGGGAAGCAAAGAAAGACGUAUAACAUGGACAGACGCGAUAUACUUAUAGAUUAUCAGGCGCACACCAACAAUAAUCAUCUAUGUGACAAAUCUCUAACCAACCCCUAGCAACGACGAAAUACAAGAUACCAAACACUGCAAGUUUCUGGCAGCCAAAACAUGCCUAGGGGGAAGCCGGACAGGUCUCCUGCUCUCAGUCAGACAUAGGCCGACCCCCACACCGACCAUAUCACACUCGCACCCAAGACACUAUUAUCACUAAUUUCAUAUUUUCAUAAUUUCAUAUGUUUAACCUAUCACAUUAACGUCUGGACUUACCAUUUUUGAAAAAUGUUACAAACUUUCUGCCAAAGACAAAUGUUAAUGAUAACUAGCUACUUACUUACUACUAAUCGCUACCGAUAACAUAGUACGAUUUAUAUCGACCAGUUAACCUGUAAAAUUGUGCAACUUACGAAUAUGUCAUGCCAUUGUAUACCAUGAAUAGCCAGCAGUUGCUGUUGUGGCACUGUGGGCACGACUGUUGACCUCAUUGCACUAUCAAAAUAAAGAAUUAAAAAAAAUAAUAAUAAAUUGCACUGAAUUGGCAGUAGCCAGCCCAGAACUCUAGAUCCGGACUGGCUGUUUUCACCCCAUGAUUCUGCCAGAGGUGGAGGUACACUACCGGCAGCCAAGGGAUUAUACUUGGUAUGUGCGACGUUUCACAGCGAAAUGCUGCACAUUCAGACUCCAGGCACCAUGACCACUUCAAAUCACUGACGUGGUCAUGAUGCUUGGAGUAGCGCUUUAAGUCUGACUGUCAAUGGGACACCAACCCUUCAGGUUUUAGGGUCAACUGAAUUUGUUUGCGAUGGUGUUACUGGUAAAACCUAGGCUGAGACAGGAGGAAAUACUAAUAACAAAUUACAAAAUUGAACUGUAACUUGGCCACAUGCACUUCCUGUAACUACCUUGGCAUGUGGUUAGAUCCCAAUCUCUCAUUUGGAUUACAAAACUAUAUUCCAAAAUUGGUACAAAAAUAAAGCCUGCUGAGAUCUUCCCAUAACAAAAUAGAUAGUGCAGCAAAUGUUAACAGGGCACUGUAGGCACAUACAGUAUACACAUAAAACAAUGUUCAUUUUUAAAUUAAGAGAAAUUAAGUAAUUGAGAGGAGUUACUUUGUGAUUGAAGGACGUUUAAUACAGAUGUUUUGAGGCACAUAAGGCUGGUGGCAGAUUUAAUAGUGUCCUGCAGUUUAUUCCACGUAUCUCGCUCUCUGUAGGAGAAUCUUCUUUACUGACCUCUUUUUUUUUGAGAUGAGGAAUGAAAACUAUGAAACAAGAGUGGAAUAGAAGACAUGGGGGGUGGAUGCCACUGUAGUUAGCAUUGAAGGGAUACUGUAGGCAACAUAACCGCUUCAACAAUUGGUUAUAUUAUCUGGACUUCCCUGGCACUGCCCAUCUAUUCAUUUUUGAACAGAGUAAUACUGAAUAAGGGUCCAUGGACUCAUAUAGGCCCAUCCCAACUGGUACGACUAAUCAUAGACUAUGGCAGAGUAAUAUUCAAAACGUUGGUCAGCCAUGCAGAUUGUCUCUAUUGAGUCAAAAACCAUGGGAUAAUCUGCAUAAAAAAUAUAAAAUCUCCCACCAGCAUGAUGGCCCUAAAAACUUUAGCAUUCAUCUAACUUCAAGCACAAAGCAACUCAUCUCAAUGUUAAAUUAUAAAUGAAUGAUAUUGUGUGUGUGCCUAUUGCGUGUGUAAAAAUGUAUGUAUAAUUUCACUGAAUAUGUCUCCUAUUAUAAGUGUAACAAUGCAUUUCUAUGUGCUGUGCUCCCCAGGAUAUACAGGAAAAUUAGAGCAAUCUCAAUGGAUCCUUACUAGUAAAAUAUUUUAUAAAUAAAUCAUUGACAGAGAUAAUUAAAGAGAACCUAUGUUACACGAAAUGUAUGGCAGACAAGUUAUCUUCAAUAGCUAUUUAUCAAUAUUAAAUUUCUAGCUAGUAAAAAAUUAAACAAAGGUAUAGUUUAAAUAAUAUUCUAACCGGAAUAUAUAUUUUUACAGUGGAAGAUAGGUGUCAAGCGAAACCAGUGUGUGUUCAGAUACACAAUUACACUAUCAUGUAAACUUUUUUACAGCGGAACAAAAAUGAAAGAGUUAUUCUAUAAUUUACCAGCUGUACAAAUGCAACAUUUAUUUCUCUUAUCUAGCGUACUGGGAGUUGCAGUUUUUCCUACCAUCUUUCCAACGUAAUUGAUAUUGAGUGCAAAGAAUCAAUGUGCAGCCUUCUAAUUGACCUUCAACCCUUCAUUUACCCUGAAUCUCACUCCACAAACUGCCUAGACAAACACAGCCACUCAUGUCUCAUCAGAUGUCAAUGGAUCACUUGUGGAGGAGAGAGGCAGCUGAAUAGGUAACAGAUUGGCUUUGCUUCUACAUAAUGAUGUGGAACUGAAGAGUGGGUCUGAGAGAUCAUCGCAAAUACUCUUACAGCAGAGGCACCACUCUUUGCUUGACUGAUGGGAGCUCCGUAGCGAAGAGGAGACCAACUUCAUGCAACAGGAAGCAGUGUCCCCAUCACGAACACUGAUGGAUGUGGACGUGCCUGUGGCACACCUCCCAUUAAAAAGCCUGGCAGAUGAUAAACACUGGCACAAUGAUUUGGAGAAUCUGAUAAAUCAAUAUCCAUUGCUUCGCUAUACAGGAGAUCCAUCGAAAAAGGAGACUUAUAGCUGUGAUUACAGAGACACAAUUCAAAGGAUCCAGGAUCGGUUCUAGCUGGUAGUGAGCUUGUUAACCCCUUAAUGACACAUGACAUGUGUGACAUGUCAUGAUUCCCUUUUAUUCCAGAAGUUUGGUCCUUUAGGGGUUAAAGGAACACUAUAAGCACCAAAACAACUUUAGCUUAAUGGAAUGGGUUUGGUGUAUAGAUCAUGUCCCUGCAGUCUUACAGUUUAAUUCUCUGCCAUUUAGGAGUGAAUUCACGUUAUUAAUGCUGUCCUACUCACAGCUCUCCUGUGUGGCCUACACAUUUCCUGUAAAGAGAGAGCUAAUCUUUAAACUUCCAUUAAUGCACAAUAUGUUUAAUUUAGAAUUUCUUAACUCUUGUUCUGUUACUAGCGUGCUAGAGCCUACAGGAGCAUCCUGUGUGUGAUUUAAGUUCAAUUAACAAUGCAGGAGAUAACAACUUCUAAAAUAAACACAGUGUGCUAAACACAGAUAUAACUGAAAAUAAAAUAACUUUUUUAACACAGGCUGUGUGAUUCACAGCCAGACAGGUGUGGCUAUGGCUACAUAAACAGAAACAAAAUCUAGAAAAUAUAUAUUUAUAUACACUGCUCAAAAUAAUAAAGGGAACACAAAAAUAACACAUCCUAGAUCUGUAUGAAUUAAAUAUUCUUCUGAAAUACUUUGUUCUUUACAUAGUUAAAUGUGCUGACAACAAAAUCACACACAAAAAAAAAUAAUGGAAAUGGAGGUCUGUAUUUGGAGUCACACUCAAAAUUAAAGUGGAAAAACACACUACAGACUGAUCCAACUUUGAUGUAAUGUCCUUAAAACAAGUCAAAAUGAGGCUCAGUAGCGUGUGUGGCCUCCACGUGCAUGUAUGUUCCUGAUGAGGUGGUAGAUGGUCUCCUCAGGGAUCUCCUCCCAGACCUGGACUAAAGCAUUUUCCAACUCCUAGACAGUCUGUGGUGCAACGUGACGGUGGAUGGAGCGAGAUAUAAUGUCUCAGAUGUGCUCAGUUGGAUUCAGGUCUGGGGAACGGGCGGGCCAGUCCAUAGCAUCAAUGCCUUCGUCUUGCAGGAACUGCUGACACACUCCAACCACAUGAGGUCUAGCAUUGUCUUGCAUUAGGAGGAACCCAGGGCCAACCGCACCAGCAUAUGGUCUCACAAGGGGUCUGAGGAUGUCAUCUCGGUACCUAAUGGCAGUCAGGCUACCUCUGGCGAGCACAUGGAGGGCUGUGCGGCCAACCCAAAGAAAUGCCACCCCACACCAUUACUGACCCACUGCCAAACCGGUCAUGCUGGAGGGAGCAGAACGUUCUCCACGGCGUCUCAAGACUCCGUCACGUCUGUUACAUGUGCUCAGUGUGAAUCUGCUUUCAUCUGUGAAGAGCACAGGGCGUUAGUGGCGAAUUUGCCAAUCUUGGUGUUCUAUGGCAAAUGCCAAACUUCCUGCACGGUGUUGGGCUGCAAGCACAACCCCCACCUGUGGACGUCGGGCCCUCAUACCACCCUCAUGAAGUCUGCUUCUGACCGUUUGAGCAGACACAUGCACAUUUGUGGCCUGCUGGAGGUCAUUUUGCAGGGCUCUGGCAGUGCUCUUCCUGUUCCUCCUUGCACAAAGGUGGAGGUAGCGGUCCUGCUGCUGGGUUGCUGCCCUCCUACGGCCUCCUCCAAGUCUCCUGAUGUACUGGCUUGUCUCCUGGUAGCGCCUCCAUGCUCUGGACACUACGCUAACAGACAGAGCAAACAUUCUUUCCACAGCUCGCAUUGAUGUGCCAUCCCAGAUGAGCUUCACUACAUAUGCCACUUGUGUGGGUUGUAGACUCCGUCUCAUGCUACCACUAGAGUGAAAGCACCGCCAGCAUUCAAAAGUGACCAAAACAUCAGCCAGGAAGCAUAGGAACUGAGAAGUGGUCUGUGGUCACCACCUGCAGAACCACUCCUUUAUUGGGGUGUCUUGCUAAUUGCCUAUAAUUUCCACCUGUUGUCUAUCCCAUUUGCACAACAGCAUGUGAAAUUGAUUGUCACUCAGUGUUGCUUCCUAAGUGGACAGUUUGAUUUCACAGAAGUGUGAUGGACUUGGAGUUACAUUGUGUUGUUUAAGUGUUCCCUUUAUUUUUUUGAGCAGUGUAUUAUACUAUAACAAUGUGAGCCUAUAUGCAUUGCCAAGAUACAGGAAAAUAAAACACAUUAGGCUAUUAGAGCUCAUGAACCCUUUCAGUUUAAUGUAUUCAGCAGGGCUGUAUUAAAUGCAGAUAUAUAUUUUAAGGUGUGCACAUUUAUAAACCUACCCUCACAAGAGUUUCUGCCUAGCUUAGCUUACCUUAACCCAUUCCUCAUAAAAUUAUAUGCUUAUCUCUCAAUAUUUCAGAAAUUUUAACACAGGUCCAGGAAAACUAUGUAUUUUUAGGAAUAAGAUAAUUCCAAAUUAUGGGAUGACAUAACUGAUCUGGAAGCAUAGUUGACUUGGAGGAGUAUUGCAAUUCAGCUGUUUUGACCUAAAAUACACCUUUUCCCUAGUGAAUGCCUGACAGUACAUGAUUUAGUAAAUGAUCUUCAAAGUGUGACACAAACAGAUAAAUAAAAAUGGACUAAUAUCCUUCUUCUAUAGCCAUUUCAUCUCAUUGAAUUGGUUAUAUAGUUCUUGGAGUCCUCUUGCGCUGUCCCUCUGUUCAUAGUUAAACCAUUUUCUAGAAGUUAAACAUUGAAUGAUGGUCCUUGGUCGCUUACAGCUGAGCCCCCACUGGAGGUAUGGCUAAGGUUCCCCAGACCCAUACCAAUUUAUACCAGCAAUGGGUGCCUGUGAUUGGCUGAGAACGGUCGUCUGACACUCACAAUCAAUCACUGUCGCCCAUUGCUGCUCAGGCCAACGCUUCCUCAUUAGAUUGAGUAGCACAGAGAUGCCGGGUUACUAGUAAUUUUCAUUUGGCGUUAAACUAUUAAAAAAUGGCUUAAACCUGAAUGGAGGCACAGUGGCAGUUGACUGCAGACACUAGACCAGUGAAGUGAUUACAGUGCCUAUAGCAGGGAUAGGCAACCUUUGGCACCCCAGAUGUUGUGGACUACAUCCCCCAUAAUGCUCUUACACACAUAAUGCUGGCAAAGCAUCAUGGGAGGUGUAGUCCAAAACAUCUGCAGUGCUGAAGGUUGCCUAUGCCUGGCCUAUAGCAUCCCUCUAAAGUAACACUGGCAGCCCCUUCUUCUGUCCAUUUCUCCCCACCACCCCCUAUCUCUAUGCAAAUCUAAAAAUGGAAGUGCUGCAUUAACUGGCAACUAUUGACUCUAUCCUUUUCAUACAGACUCAGACAGUUUUUAUGUGACCCAAACUGUAAGCUCUAGUAUUUGAAAGUUUAGAGGAACGCCAAAGUGAUAUCAAUGAGGUGGUCUGGGUGCAAUGGUCUUUUAGUUAUAACCCUGCAAUGUAAAGCAUUGCUGUUUAGUAGAUACACCUCUAAUGGCUUUCUACUAGACAGGGUCAAACAGAAAACAGACAGAAGAAUGCGCCCAAAACACUGCAUUGAGAUGUAGUGUUUUUUGUGCUUGGGGUGUCCGUUUAACUAAACACAUAAAUGCAGUUAAUUCAAAGAAAUUUUAAUUUUUAAUGUGCCUCUGUCACAUAUAAUCUUAUGAAAUACGAAUGUUGACCGUGUUAGAAUUUCAUUGAAAUCCCAAUGCAAUCCAAAGAUGCCAAUAGAAAAAGUAAGGACUACUUUGUAUCAUGGACAAUCAAGUGGUUGACAAAAAGUUUUGGGGUGAACUUUUGUCCAAGCAUCCUCUCUUAUAUCGAGAUGUGAUUUAUGGAGGCAACCACGGUCUUGCAGGAUUCUUCAUAGACCUCAGUGUUGAACUCUUAAGCUGCAUGAGAGUACAGCACUGGAUCAGUUCCUAGCAGAUGAAGCAACCAGGAGCUGAAAAGGGUCCACCAGGAAAAUGGUUGUGGCCGCAAGAGACAGCUUCAGGGAAUAAAACCUACUUUUAACUGCACCCCACAUCCACCAGACCCUAACUGGAGAUUCCACCUUCAGAGGUCUUUCCAAAAUAAUACAGAUCCGCUUUACAUUUAGGCUAAAAUACAGUAACUUAAAUGGGGAACCCUUAAAUCUCCAAUUUUAGCAAAUCGCAUACUUUAGCUUAACAAGUUUAACGCCCGCAGGUUUUUCUGGACACACACGACGUCUUUGCGCUGAGAGACAGCGCAUGAAAAGUGCUCCCCUGCCGCAUAAUGCCUUCAUACACGAUUGCUUACAUCAGCAAGCUACGCAGUUCCUUCUGGGUUCCUCCAUGACGUACGAACUUGUUUAAAUUCCCACAGCACAUGAAUGCCGCGUACCGAGUUGCAGAACUUUUCAUGCACUGCUCACCGGCACGAUACGUACGUGUCUGGGAAUAAAAAGGGGUGGAUCUGACAAAACGUAUCGCCGUCAGCGCUGCAUCUGCCAGUCUAGCCAUGAAUACCCUCUAGCCCCCCCUCCCCUCCAGCUACAGAGGCACAGCAUUACCAGAUCUAAUACCAGCCCUGUGUCCCUUGUGACCUGCAGUCAGCUGGUAAUAACCCUCCCCCCCACCACCUCCCUCCCUCCCCUACUCAUUACUAGACCAUGACUGCUGCUUUUGCAAAUCAUGCAGCCAUGAGCAUGGCACACACAGUCUUCCCUCACUGCCCCCCUCCUUGCAAAAACCAGCCUCAGCCCUCCCUGUGCUCCAUAAAGCAUAGAGGUUCACCUGAGGGUAACACCAUGCAGUAUUACACCCCCCCAGAUCCCCCUCCUCCUUCCUCUAUAGCUAGCAAGCUACUAAAAAUAACCCCCCUGUGCAAAUCACUUAGAGGCUUCAUUGUCCCCCUGUUGUGUGCAGGCGGCGCCGCGGGGCACGCCGGGAAUUGCAGUUCCUGCCGCCGCCUCACCUGCCUGGCGUCUUAUGGGCGGCGGACUACAAGUCCCGCGAGCCCUCGCGGGUUGGGGAGGGGGAGGACGCCUCUAUCCUCCUCUCUGCCCGGGGAGUGUUUGCCAUUUAAAUAAACAGCGAGGAAAAUGGCGGAGUGUUCAGUGUGUGGGGAAUAAAGAAGCUUUAACAGAGAGAGACACAGAGAGGAGGCAGCUGGGGUGAGUACUGCUGUGUGUGGCCUCCCAGGGGCUCUCCUUCAUACUGCCUGUGAUAUUGGGCAGCAGUUCCCCAUGGUCCUUUAACAGACCCUCUAAGGGUCACACCAGCUGGAAUCUAAACUUUAUGGCAUUUUAAUAUAUUUUUUAUUUUAUUUAUUUUUUUGGGGGGGUGGAAGCUGUCACCCAUAUCUGCUUUAACAAUCUGCCCUGCAACUUCCAGCUCAUUGCUUAUAAUCUGCAAUCACAUGAUACUGUAUACAGGAAGGGUAGACUGGAGCCCUGUAAAAUAUCUAUUUAUUUUUAUAUUUUAUUUUUUGUUAUUUUUUUUUUUUACUGAAAUAUUAAAUAUUUUGGAACAUUUCUUGAAGUUGGUUGGCAAUGGGCAACUUGUAUCUAGCUCCUUCAUGUAUGAUUGUCACUGUUUUUAUAGACACAAAGUUUCUUCAAAUAAUUCUUUUUUUUUAUUUUUUUUUAUUCUCCCAUUUUUAUUUAUUUUUAAUUUAACUAAAAAAAGGGAAAAUAAAUCAAAAUAUUUGUAUACUUCUCAUUUUUGUUGUGGACUUGAUUAAAAAAAAAAAUAUAUAUAUUUAUAGUUUUCAUUUUACCACAUUGAUGGUGUGGGUGAGCUGAUUUUUAUUUUUUAUUUUUAAUCAAACUAUGGUCUGCUGGGUUUUGUAUUUUUUAACUUAUGUAAACUCCCUUUCAUGUUGUAUUUAACACAGCUGACAUUUCGCUAUAUGUUAAGUGUAUAUCAUGUUGAGUGACCUGACUCAUAAUAAUUCACCUUCCUCUUGCUGUAUUAAAUGUAUUUAUAGUGUCUGGUUAACCUAUUGAUAAUUUGACAAGUACCCUUUUUAUUUAUUUUACAUUGUUUACUAUUACAAUUUGAUCUAUCUUUUUAUUUAUUUAUUUUCUCUUGAUUAUUCUGGGUUAAAUCAGGUGUUCCAUAGGCAGUCUGUUAGUGUAAAUGAUACAAUCUAAUUAACCAUAUCUCUCUGCUAGAGUGGUUACUAUGUGACACCCCUGUAGUCUGUGGAUAACCUAUCUUGUGUGCUGGGAUAAUUGUUCGCAUUAACCCCAUCUCUGCUGUAAUCAGACACUGCCUCUCCACAUCAGACAAAUACACUUGGCACAAACAAUAGGAGAUAGACUCUGUCAUUAUCCACAGUGUAUAAUAAGAUGAGCGCUAUGUACAAUACAAGUCUGGUUUAACAUUCUACUCUGCUGUAUUAAGGAGCAAUCGGAUAAAUUGAUCUAUAUUUCAGGGACCCAUUCGUUGCCGAAUGGUUCUGGGAGGCAUUGUUUAGAAACUAGUAGGGGGUUUUAAUGGGGAGGGGAGCAUUUUUUUUUUUUUUCUUUUCUUUUUACUGCAGUGGCUUGACAUUGGUGGUAGAUCCUAAACCAACAGCAGUUGAUGAUUUGCCUUGCUUUGUCAAUUAGCAGGGUGUUGGGAGUGGUAACCCUUACGUUGCCGAUGGGUGCGUUGCAUACACCUCCCUGCUUCCACUGGCUUUUAAAAUCGUGAAAUGUCAUACGCUGUUAAGUGGCUCUUAUGUAGAAAGGUCUGAUUUUAUUUAUUUAUAUAUAUUUUUUUUAAGGUUAAAAAUAUGAAUAAAGUGUUAAAGUGCUUCCAACGUAAACACAUUUCCUCAAGAUUCUGCUACAACUCCCACUUUAACUUUUUUCUUUUAAUUCAAAAGACUGUACAAUUUAUUUUAUUUUUACGUAUUUUCACUUUUAAAUAUUUUUUUUUUUCCCUCGUCCUCUCAUGUCUUGCUAUUCCCAAGUUGCAUGUUUACCAGAAUUUUGUAUUCUUUUCUCCCCGUGCAAUCCUUAAGCGAAAUGCAAAGAAGCAUCUGUCUUCCUUAAUGCUUGCCUUUUAUUUCUCCUCCUCAUGAAGAUCUUGGGUCUUGUGCAAGGCAAGAGCACUCUUUGAUUCACAAGAGAGCUUUGCUAAUAAGGGAUCUAAGCACGGGUUUUAUUUGGCUUUCUCAUUAAAUGAACAAUAUCCUCUAGUCGUCUUACUGGUGGAGAGAGAGGACACUGGGAUUGUGUCCAUUGUUUGAGUAAGUUGAACCUUUUUAGCACGUUAAAUGUUCUUGGACCUUGCAGCUUCAAGGCUGUGGAGGGUGUCUCAGGUCCUGCAUUUAAAUGAGCAGUAAUCCAGGUUGCCAUGGACUCGAAUAAUUGGGAAGAGAGGGUAUAGUCUCUGUAUCAUGUUAAUAGCUAACAAGUGCCUUACAGUCUUGAGUUACAGAUAGCAUCUUAAGGAAUGUCAACAAGGCUGAAGAGACUAAGCUAACACAUAUGUAAUGCUUACAGAAGCCUUGACUUUAUCAGCUUUAAAAAAACAGAUUAAAUUACGGCCUAUGCUGAAUUAUUAUUUAGCCAUCCAAAAAAAUCUCUUCCCUGCCGUACAAUUUAAGACCUUCCAACUCCCAAUAAUUAAAUAACACCAUAGUUACUUUUUGAAGAAUGGGGGGAAAAAAACAAAAUACUGGAAUGCAAGGUUUUAUUCCAGUCUUGGGUUGUUUAGGGCCACCCAGAGUUAACCCGACUGCUCUGGGUUACUUGAGCCUGUUUAAUCUUGCUAGUUUGUCUUGUUGAGAUGCCUGCAUGGGUACAGGUGACUCCGUGUGGGCAAUGAGAUUUUAAAAUAAUUUUCAUUCUUAGCAAGUGCUUUUAAUUUAUUUUAUUUUUGCAUGGUCUGUAUCAUAACCAAUUCAAUCAGCCCAAGUGGCAGGUUGCUGCAUCUCAAGGUUUGUGAUGGCCUUGUUGACCAGUGACAUGCCACGCUUGUCAUGGUUUUAAAAUAAUUUGCAUGACCCUUGGUCUUCAGUCACGCUCUUCUCAUAUCCAUAAGUUUGCCAAUGUCUACUGAGUCCAUCGACUAGUUUACCUAUUGUUCAUUCUGUUUGGCUCAUAGCCAUCCAAGCCAAUUUAAGUGUUUGAAAUUUAGUAUUUUAUAGAAUUUAUUAAUGCUUUCAAUUCAUUAAUUCUAUUUCUUACAUCUUACAAUGUGUAGUAUAUUUUAUUUUCAUGAAACAAUUUUAACUUUUUUUUUUUUUAAUUGAUGUUUGAUUUUUUUUUUUUUGUAUAAAGCUGCAGUUAAACAUUUUGAUGCUGAGUUCGGAGUUUAUUCUCUAAAUGACAUUGUAUUGGAUGGCAACAUAUUUUCAAAAAUCAUUGGUUUGGAAAACCUCCCCCUUCUCGGCUAUAUUCACAGCAUGGAUAUUCGUGGCUAAAAUUUCCAAAAAGGUUUUAAAUUCAUUCUUUAGUGUUUAGUGAAUAGGCACCUCAGUAGUUUAAAAGGCUUGUGUGUUUUGUUUUUGUUUUUAGAUUUCAUUUUGGUUUUUACUGUCUGUAUAUUUGAAUGGGUGUGUUUUAUUAUUGCUAUUUGUGUGGGUGUGAAUACUACUUGGAAAAUUGUAAUCACUCCCACUUAAUGUUUUGACUAACAUCCGUCACACUCGACAAGCUACAAAUAUAAUUAAAUUUUUUAUUUUAUUUUUCAAAUUUUAUUUAUUUUUGCCUAUGAUCAUUCUUCUGGUAUGUCUCGAGUUGGUGGACUCCCGCUGCCUUGAUACUGGUUAGUUGAAAUUGCCCACUGAGAAUUUAGUGUUUUAUAUAAGCAGAGCCUUUUCAUGCUUUCUUGUGGCUUAUUGGUCCCUGCCAGGGAGCACACUUGUAGCCAUGAGGUUUAAACAGAUAAUGUUCGUUAUUAGUAGGUCAAUUGAUGCAGUGAAAAUUGCAUAUUACUGUGGUCAUCAUUCCUUUGUGUGUUUUUUAUAUAUAGGAAUGCGGAGCCUGGAAUUGUGGGAGGUGUUACCUGGCCUAUGAACACACAGGCCACCACUCUCACUGGGUCGAUACCACCUGGUUCCGCCCACCCACCUCUCGAUUUAUUAAGAUGUCCCUCUUAGAUUACAGGCCUACCCGGAAGUCAGUUUCGGCACACCAGAACCGACUUAUACCACUUACUCUGCUUAUUGUCCCUGACCACAAAUAUAAUUCUCACUUCUAUAGUUUUUAUCUCUUGAUCAUUGCUUUAAUACUAUGAAUGACAAAAAUUGUCUGCUCUGUUUUGUGUAUUUAAAAUCCAAAGAUAAAUAUGCCUUACUUAUGGUGCAUUUAUCACAUAUGUCCCGUUACAAUAGAACUCCCAACUGUCCCGAAUUGGGUGGGUAAGUGUUCUUGUGUGUGUGUGGAUCCUCUUGUUGUAGAGCUUCUGGUAUGUUUUGCAUAAUUGAAUUUCUGGGUAUUUUCCAAAGUGGGCUGUGACUUUGUAGUCAAAUUUGAAAUUUUCAUGCUAAUAUAAACGAAUGACUCAUGCAAAAAUAGUCGUGUUUGAAUUUAUUUUAAAAAUGGUUAUUCUCUUUUUGUCACUUCACUAUUUACUGUAUACACCCUGUACUGGCUAUUCUUAGAUCUCGUAAUCUAUAGAGUGUUAUAUGUGAGUGUACAAUGCUAACCAUCAGAAUUAUGUCCGAUUUGUGUAUUCACACUACGCAGGAAGCAUAUACCACUUCUGUGAUUUUACAAAAACCAUAACUUGUUCCUCUUUGCUAGAAUUGGUAACAUUGUAGAUCCUUUUUUAGCGUUUGAUCUCAGAUUUUUGUUUAGAUUGCUUGUGUGCCAUGCUGACUGGCCUCCAUUGACUAAAGUUUGUACUAUAGAUGUGACACCCCAUGUACGUCUCUGACACUCGCAUGAAAUUAAUCUGUAUGUGGUCGUCAGUUAUGUUAACCAGGUUUACAGUUUUGCUCUUCGAGCUGUUGUCACUUGGAGUAUGGGAAAUAUUUAAGCACUCUACUCCUUUAAAUACAAAUCCACUGUUUUGUAGAUAUUUAUCCACAAUGAAAACAUGCAUGCUUUUAAUUCAACUUUUUUUUUUUUUGUUGUGCUACAUCUAAAAACAGCCGGCAAACCUUGCAGAUCUAUUGUCUGCAGCCUUUACAAGCCCUCCCCUUUUAACCCCGCCCACACUUUCUGUUGCUGUCCAAUCACAGACUUCCCAAUGAAGCUCAAUGAGAAGUCUUUGCAAGGCAGGUGCUCUGGGCAGUUGCUGCAUCUUGAGUUCAGUUCUACUGAACUAAACAACCAGGAAAUAAUUGGAUCAAUUGACUGGGUGUAGCAAGGUUAGUUUAUAAAAGUGCUUGUUUCUAUGGUUUGCAAACCCAGCCUUAACGGUAUGCCAUCAUUGAGAUGAAGUGAUCUGUGUGACUAAAGUGUUAAGUAACCAAGCUGUGAUUAUUGGUGAAUAGCUAUUUUGUAGACCUACUAGUUUCUCCCCAAUAUGCUACAUUUUGUAGUGUCGUGAAUAAUCCUGACUGUUUUUCUUCUAAUGACCAAUGGCGACCAGGGACAAUUCUGCUUCCUGUUCUCUUUUGACAGUCCGUAAAAGAAAUGAAACUUUGGAAAGGAACGUGGCAGUUCUGUGGUUUGGUGAUUAUUCUUUGUAUGUACAGCGAAACGGAUGCAGAACAUUCCACUGUGCAGCAUUUUAUGACAUGGAGUGAGGAUUUGGAAUUAAAUUGCUACUUCCAAGAAAAAAAAAAGAAAUUGGAUUAUUAAAAAUAUUAACAAGUUUAUUUUUUUAAGUUUAUUUUUAAACUUGUUACAGAGAUGGUGGCAUGUAAAUUUAUUUUUAUUUUUUAUUUUUUGUCUCUAGCUUGAACUGAAUCUGUGCUACAUGUGUGUUUAAAGCCAUGCAUGUUAACUGCUUAGUGAAACGGACUUGGCCUUUCACUUAUGCUGACAGCAGCAAUAUUUAGUUAAUAAGCCUCACUGAUUUCUUGGUCGCUCACCCCCACCAUUUGUUAUCCCUAUGUUGAUAGUAUGUUGUACAUAUACCAGUGACACCAUCUGGUAUGAUGUUUGCUCUAUGCAACUCCAGUCUACUUCACAUUUGACCAAGACUAAUACUUUUUCAAAAAUAUGGGUUAUUGUUACGCACUUGAGCAUUAUUUUUGAUUCCGUGUGUGCGCAGUAAUGAUAUAAUCACGCAGUGCAUCUGUUCUGGAGUGUAUGUGCGACAUUGAUUACUUGCCAGUCCUAUAGUACGCUCUGCCUAACGUUAUCUUUCUUGAACCGACUUCCUGUUUCUCGUCCAUGUAACUUAAUUUUGAUUAUUGAACUGUUGACAUCAUGACUAAUCUCCAUAUUACCGGUACUUUAUUUUUCUCCUAAUUUUCCUUUUUAUCAUGAUCUUGUCAUUUUGGGAUCUUGAACGCUUACCCAUGCAAGGUUGAGGUUUUUAAUUUUACCUUUUGGACACAUUUUUCAGCUAUUCUCUUUAUGAAGUUCCUGGAAGUUGGUAAAACUUCUCAAAAUUAACCUUACAAGUCUUUUCUUCUGUCAGGGGCUAUCCAUAAAUUCUGGGAUACUUGCGUUUUUCACCUCCCUUGAUCUCAGUCCUGUUUAUCCAGCCUGACAUGUCACAUUGCUAAAAUCUACGCUGGACACUGUUCCUUUGGUAUAUGUUACUGUGGUGACUGGAAGGAGUGUAGAAACUGUAGUUUUACUGUUGGACAUCCCAUACUUCUGUGACAUUUCACUAAUGUUAAAGUAAUGACUGGUCACCCCUAAGGGGCUAUCUCCUCUGUGAUUGUUCAGAUUAGUCUGGGUCAGUUAUAUAUUAAAACACAUAUCCUUUGCUGGUAAACCAGUGUGUGUUCUUGACAACCUUUUAUGCUACAGUAUUUUAGUUAAAACUAAUAUGGGGGACAGUAUAGGCACAAAAACCACCUCAUAUCUUUGAAUAGGUCUGGGUGCAUUGUCCGUUAGCCCUGCAAUGUAAAACAUUGCAUAUUUUUUUUUUGAGAUACAGUCUAUUGUCUAUUAGCCACUAGAGGCUCUUCCUGGAGUUUGACUCCGUGAAAUGAUGCUGGGGAAAUAUUUUGACUGUUCCCGUCCCUACCACACCCUUUGCAUUUCCAACAGUCCUACUGCUUUGUAGACGUCAUUCUGCUAAUGACUUUUUUUGUUUCAUAAUACAGUCUCUGCCUAUAAAGCAUACAGCCUCAAUCAAAACACUUACCUGGAGUGGUUUAGUUUAAAAAGAGAGGGGGGGGGAGGAAACAAACAAAAAAAAAAAAAUUUAUUGUGUGUUGUACCAUACAUCUUCACGCUUUCAGGUCUGGUGGCCACAGAUGACAAAGGAAGAUUUUACUUGCUGCUGCCAUCUUUGUUUUGCAGUUCCUCUUCGGCUCCUGGUGCGUCAGUUUUGGUUACCUUCAUAGAUCAGUGUCUGAGUGCUCAAGGUGACAGGUACUGGAAUAGGACAAAAGUUGAGAGUUCUGUCUGUUCUCCACUUUUGUCACCCCUGGCUUGUCCGAAGUAGUCUGUACUUUCUCAUGGUAUCUCUGGAUCUUCUUGAUUGGUAUUUUAAUGUUCAAUCCAUUUUAAGCAACAUGUGAUUAACUAAUAAUUGCACAACACCCUUAUUUAUUUGGCUGGUUCUGUUGGACUGAAGUUGGUAGUAAAAAGUACGGACUGCCUUGUUUGAAGGGAGACUCCAUUGCCCCUGGAGAAAAAAACAAAAAACAUUUAAAGUAAUUAAAACCACUUUAUUUUUUUUUUAAUCUACUCUAAUUAAAACAAUCCUGCUUUUAAUUUUUGUAAUUUUAUUUUAUAUAUUUUUUUAAUCCAUUGAGGUUAUCUUACAAAUUGCUUACAAAAGCUGCCAAUCUCUUGUCUGAAGCGUAUGCAAGCUAUUCCCUUCCUACCAGGCAAGUACUUUCUGUGGCUGACUAACCAGGAAGUAAUAGGGAUGGUAAUCUGAUUGACAGCCCCGGGGGGUGUAACAAGCAACAUUUAUAAAAGUACCAAUUUCUAUUGAAAUCAGCACUUGUAAAAUGAAGACGAGAGAAAAACGCACAAACCAGUCCAGCAAGUUAAGCUUGUUAGUGUGAAAGGCUUUAAGAUUUUUCGAGUGUCCCCAAGCUCAAGAUGGUUUACUGGUAUACGACUUUGCAGUGGCGCACUAAGGCGGGGGCGGUCCGCCCCGGGUGCCACUCACUAGGGGUUGCCUGGGGGGCACUCUCACCAGGGGGUUGAGGUGGGUGAUUUCGCCGCCCCUGUGUCUUAUGUAAAGGGACCAGCCACUUACGCUCAUUUCUUAUCCAGCAGCAGCAGGGUCCUCUGUUCUCGUGAUCCGCAGGUUGCUAUGGAAACCCGCGGCUCGCGAGAACAGAGGACCCUGCUGCUGCUGGAUAGGAAAUGAGCGUGGAGAGACGAGUACUGGGCCCCUCUUCACUGCCCAACUAAAGCUGUGCCACCAGACCACCAAUCGAGGAGGACGGGAGGGACAAGUAAGUGUCAGGUAGGGGGCGGGGAGGGGCAAACCAUACGCACUGCUCACCUUCCCAGCACUUAUUCCACACUGCACACACUAUACACACACUGUGUGCACACACGCUGCGUUCACUAUGCCAACACACACUUAUACAUGUGUAUCUGUUUGUGUGUCGGUGUUUCUUUUGGUGUGUCUGUGUGCCUCUGUGUGUGUUUGUAUCUGUAUGUGUGUCAGUAAUUGUCUGUGUAUGACUUUCUAUGUAACUGCAUGUGUGUACCUCUGUGUAUGUGUGCCAGUAUGUGUGUGUGUGCAUACAUCUCAGCAUUUCGCCUAAUCUACACACAAAUACGACCCUGCAUCCAAAUGUCAACACUACAUAUAAACACACCACCAUAUUCAAAAACCACGCUACAGAAAAAUGCAUGCCUGCAUUCAAAUGCCAAUACGUGCAAACACACCUGUACAUUCACUCACACAUACUCCAUACAAAAACAUGCUUACAUUAAAAAAUACAAACACUGCUCAGUGCUAAAUACACUAAAAAAAAAUUGUGGUUGUUUUUUUUUUUUUUUUACAUUUUUAAGUGGAGGGGAUGCCAAAUAAAGGAUCCGCCCCGGGUGCCAAAUGCUCCAGGUACGCCCUUUGCGACUUUGUAUCUAUCAUAGAGUAUGGUGCUAGUGGCAAUGAAACCGUUGUUUGUGUAGUGUUCUAGUGGUCAUUGAGGUGAUACAUGUUAAAUCUUUAUUUUUUUUUUAUUUUUUUUAUAAUUUUCAGCACUUUGUGUGUAUCGGGGGGCAGACAUUAACUGGAUAUGCAGAGUUUGACGUAUAUCUUCGCUGUUAUGUUCUUGUUUUUUGUUUUAAUUUUUGCAAUUUUUGUAGUGGGCCCAAAAAUUCCAUGCUCCUAAGGGAUCCCAGACUGCAAGGAACCCUAGGGAUGCAAUUUGUUGCAAUUUGUUUUUAAAGGACCACUAUAGUCACCCAGACCACUUCAGCUCAAUGCUGGGGUGCCAGGUCCCCCAAGUUUUAACCCUGCAGCUGUAAACAUAGUAGUCUCAGAGAAACUAUGUUUACAUUGCAGGGUUAAUCCAGCCUCUGUCUUCCUGACAGCCGCUUCUGUGACGCUGAAUACAAAAAUCGCAUUGAGCACGCAGAACGUCCAUAGGAAAGCAUUGAGAAAUGCUUCCUAUGGGCAUUUUUUUAAUGCGCGCGUGGCUCUGGUUUGGGAGCGGACGUCUGAGGGGGAGGAGAGGUCACCAGCACAGAGGGAGCCUGGCGCUGGAUUAAGGUAAGUGGCUGAAGGGGAUUUAACCCCUUCAGCCCAGCGGGUGGGGGGUGACCUAAGGGUUAUAUAGUGAGGUGGGGGGUUAGGAGAGAAUGAGUGCUAACCAAAAAAGUUGGGGAAAUAUUUUGACUGUUCCCGUCCCUACCACACCCUUUGUAUUUCCAACAGUCCUACUGCUUUGUAGACAUGAUUCUGCUAAUGACUUUUUUGUAUCAUAAUACAGUCUCUGCCUAUCAAGCAUACAGCCUCAAUCAAAACACUUACCUGGAGUUGUCUAGUUUAAAAAGAGAGGGGGGGCGCCCAACAAAACAAAAAAAAUGCAUUGUGUGUUGUACCAUACAAUUUUUUAAAAAUGAAAAGAAAAAGUCACAUAAGAUAUUGUGAUAUGUUCAUCAUGGCCCAUUUCAGGAAAAACACAUUUAACUUUUUUAUUGUGUUGAGGCUUGACUCUACAUAAGAUCAAUAAUGCUCAAAACCGGUCUUUGUCACUUGUACUUCCGUUGGGCUAGAAACCACAUAAAAGUUGUGUCCCUUUAACAUGUAGUUUUGGAGGCAAAAUGACAUCCCUAUAUUUCAGUGCGUUCCCAAUAGUUGAAAAAGGCACUCCCAUUCAUCAGGAUCUAGGCAACUGCCUAGUGCCCACAAUAAAUGUGUUCUGUAGCAGGACUGCUUUCGUAGAGCAGUGGAUAUCUCAGAUGCUGGGAAAAAUCUAGUUCGGUUGGCUUGCUGAAAUUAUUUUUACAGUUGAAGAAUAGGGUCCAGCUAAUGCCUGUUGGUAACCCUAAAUAGUUCCUUGCUGUGUAGUCUGCCUUACAUACCAGGUUUCCCCAACGUGAAUAAGUAUGGCACUUCGUGGGUUAACUACUGCACUUGGCCGCUGUGGGAAUGCAGUAGUAAAAAGUCUGGAAAAAGAAGCUUUGUCUCUCCAUGGGCGGAAUAGUGAAAGUCUAUUGGAUAUACAAGGCUCUCCCUCCCCUCCUACUUGGGGGUAGGUGGUAGAUAAUGUGUCUUAACAAACAAACCCUCCACAUUAUGCAGUUAGUACAGCGUGUGACUCUGUAAUCUAUGAUCAAAUAUACAAGCAAAAUGAAAACUAUAUGAAAAGAACACUUUAAGCACUAUACUAGUUAUGGUGCCAGUAUUUUCCUAGUGCCCUUCUUAGUGCAAAUACCAUGUAAGAGCGAUUUUAUUUAUUUAUAUUUUUUUCCUCCCCCCCCCCCAAUUUACAUGGGUCAUGCUGGGUGCCAUUUGCAGCCUCCUCUGUAGCUGGAGACUUAUGCAAGGACCUUCCGUUGGCACCCCAGAGCUAAGCUUUGGAAGGCAAUGCUGGCUAAUUCUGGCACCAUAACUACUACAGCUGGAUGUAGUGGUUAUGGUUCUUGGGGGUGUUCCUUUAUUGUAGUUUUCACUCUUUAUUGCUAUGCUGUUAGUGUAGUGACGCUGGUGAUAAAAAUUGCAAAUAUGGUAUCAACGGGCAGGGAUAUUGGCUGGUCAGAAGUGAAAAUUUCCACUUGCAGCAAGCAUCAACCGUUCCAGGCCACCUUAUGCAACUGUGUUUAGAAACAAAAACAAAAUAAAAAUCUACCGCAAUCUUCACCCUGCGAAUUCUAUGUCUGCCUGCCAAGAACAUAUCACAACAGGAAGCUGCGUGUAGCCGUCCAAAAGUAAUAGAAGCCUUAUCGUCCUCUGCAAAGUUUGAAGUUGCAGAUCUACGCUCAGUGCCAGAUCCAGUUAGCGAUCAGCUAUGUACUGAACCAAUGAGUGGAAAAUGUCUACAAGUUUAACAAUUUAAAAAUAACACAUUUUAUUUAUUUAUUCUUCUCGAUAGAAAUAAGCUUAUGUCUUUAGAAUUCUAAAGUGGUUUUUAUUUAUUUUUUCCCUUCUACUCCUUGUCUAAACAUUGUAAUAGAAUGUAUUUCUUUAAUCUGCUAUGUUACAGUUCAUCUAUUUGACCUAAACGUAAGAAACUUUUAAGAAGUUUAUCAAUAAAUAAGGGUUUUUGCUUACCUUCAGCCCAGCCCCACUGAAGGUGUGGCUAAGACAGAGUUUACACACUUCCUAUUUGCUAUACCAAUUCAUACCAGCAAUGAUUGCUGUGAUAGGCCAAAAGCAAUCAGAUGACACUUUCAGCCAAUCACAGCCACCCAUUGCUGUUCAGGCUGAUGCUUCCUAAUAUGUCCAAGCAGCACCAAGGAGUCUGACUGCUGGAGACUCUCGUUUGUCUUUAAAACAUUUAACUGUUCAUCGUGAAUUAAAGGAGAGCACCAGGGGAUUUUAGGCACUAGAACCACUUCAAUGAGAUGAAGCAAUUAAAAUGUCUACAGUGUCCCUUUUAAAGGGAUGCACCCAUGCAUCCCCUUGAUAGUUAUCAUGUCCUGUGGUUCCAUCCCCUUGCCUCGCUAUUUAUUUCAAAAGCUACUGAAAGGUAGUUUACUAAAGAUUUGUCUUUAUUUUAAGCGUUUUCUCCACCAGGCUCUCUUCAGUGGGGCUUUUUAUUUAUUUAUUUUUUAAACGCGUCUUGUAAGGCCCUCAAAGUGCAGCCUGGAUAGCAAUGCAUUUGUGAGCAUCCCACGUGAGUGUACAUGGCAUUGUGGGAAGGUAUUGGACCCUGUGCCAAGACAGUGUUUUAAUUUUAUUAACCAGUCACUGUAGUGCAAUAGGUUUGUACCAGUAAAAUUAUUAGAACUGUAAAAACAUGGUUUAAUUGCGCAAUACACUGUUGGGAAAUUAAAAAUAUUAUUUUUCGUACAUUUCACAUUGGGGCCCAAUGUCUCAAAUAGCUGUAUCUGAGCUGUACGACGUCUCUGCUCUUGUCGGUGGUGCUAGAUUGCUCAACACAGGGAAAAGGGAAGGGGCAAUUUGUCUUUUUGGUUGUUUUUUGGACACUUGAUGAUUUUUUUAGUUUAUUUUUUUCCAACAUUAGUUUAUUUAAAAAAUAAACUAAACAUAUCCUAUGACCUUGUGGGAUUUGGAGAAUUGUAAUACUCCUUGUGUUUUGUAACUUUGUGUCCUGUUUGCAGGGAGCCUUGAUUGGCAGUUUGAUGUAAUUGUGUUCUGAGUUCUAUAUCUUCCCUAAAUGGGCAGGGGGUGGGGAAGGAUGCAGCUUGUCUGGGAGCAGGAAUGCUUGUAUGAAGAUAAAUAGCCUAUUUAACAGGCUGCCUUCCAGAUUGUCUGUCUGUUACCUUCAUACAUGGUUGUCUUUUUUUAGAGUCUCCAGUUUAUUAGAAGAUGAAUGGAAAUUUCCACCCCCAAAAAAAAAAUAUAUAUUUUUACACAUCUUUCACAUGGCAAGUCUUUUAACGACUAAGAUUCUCAUAAACAUCCCCCUACCACACACAUCAUUGCAGUAAAAUCUGAAACUACAACAGUUUUGUCCAUUUUUUUUUUUUUUUAAGGAUUUUUUUUAAAUGUCAUGAUUUUUUUUUUUAAGGAUUUGAGGAAUUUAACAAAAAAUUAUUCCAUUUUAUGCUUUGAGGGAUAUGUUGGCAUGCUUUAGAGGGCCACGAAAAAUGUGAUUUACCUGGGUCUGUCCGGUUUCUGUAGGCUGACACUUUAACGGGCUUGGCAUUCAUGGGGCAAUGCUUUGAGUAAAUAUUUUCUUCUGCCCGUUCAUUUACUGAAGGCAGCGCAGCAACGUCACUUGCAGCCUGCUGCUCUGGAUUUAAAAUGGCAUGCGAAGCACCAUACCCACAGCUCAGUAGCAGAUAUGCUGCAAAGGAGCCUUUGGACACUGACCCUCCUUUUAAAAUAUAGUUUGUCAGAAACUGGGCAUCUUGAAAACUAAAGCCUGGAUUCUCGCCUCCUGCUUGGAUCGUGCGGAGAUUACAUUCUGGGUUACCUGUUCAACCUUGGCUGGCAAUGACUGGCUGUCAGAGCUUUGCCAAGCCUAUCCAUGGCCAUUGAGCAACUCGCUGAUUCCCUAGAGAUCAUGUUUUGGUUGAAUACAUAUUGGUAUUGCUCCUGAAUGCUUUUUAAACAUAUAAAUUCGCUAUAACUUCUAAGUUACAGUGUUCUCCAUGCACCAUUGUAACGGUGCUCCCUGUACCCCGACUGGGUACCUCCGCCAAGGACCGCUUCCUAGCUGGAACAGGGGAAAAACCUCAGCGCUUCAUGGAGCAUCUCUGGAUAGCAAUGCAUUUGUGAGCAUCCCACGUGAGUGUACAUCUAUCCACUGCCAGGGACUGGACGACACACAGUCCUGGGUGCUCUAGUCCUUACAGGACUUUCCCCGCUGAAUCCUGCACACUGGAGCAGGGAUUAGCCCUUUCCACUCCCAGUAACUAGACGACAUAGUUCUGGGAGUACAACUGGAAUAUAUUUUAGUGGGACAUGGUACAGCCAAGUUGUAUGGAAACCCCCUGUGCCUGGGAGAUAAUUGAGUCCGGAACUGUACAAACCCCAUCAUCUCCCAGGUACAGAAAAGCAUACAAUUGUAAAAUGCCUCAAAAGUACAUUUUCAAUUUUAAAAGGGGUUAAUUGAUUUGUAUGGAAGGUCAGAGCUUACAACCCAAGUUCCUCUUUGAAACUGAAACUUGUGUUAAACUUUUUUUUUUUUUUUUUUUUAAGGCUUGGGCCUUGCAAUAAUUGUGACAUGUUGAGCACGCUGUGCCUAUUCCAGAUCCUGUAGUUGAAAUUGGGGAUAAGUAACUGUAGGGCUUCCAGUGGAAGGGCUGGGGAGAUUUGCGUCAUUACUCCCAUUUUCUCUUUCGGUAGUUGUCCCAAAUGAGAGGGGUGAGCGCGGUCAUAUGUUUCGGCCGUCCAAGAGUUUUUUUUUUAAAAGAUAGACCUUGUUUUGAUAAAGCUUUAAUUCUUAAUUUUCAUUUUCUGUUGACUUAUUGCUACAGACCUAUCUGCCUCUUAACUGCAGUUACCAGCCAUCCCUUUGCAGAUCCAUGAAAUUCCUGAAAUCCCUGCCUUUUUGUUAGAUUUUGAGUUUAUUCUUCAUCCCUGCCGCAUUCCGCUUCCUCUUAAUUUACCUUUAUAGUUGAGAGAUUUUUUUUUCUUUUUUCAAGGAUCUAAUAAUAUUCACUUCAAUUGACGUUGGAAAGCGAAUCAAAUUGUCAUUUGCUUCACUUCUUCAAAUGAACUUUAAUUUCUGUCUCACUUUUGGAUCUGUAAGGGGAAAGCCAGUCAGUGGGUGGACUUGAGGGAAUCUGUGUGACAAAUGCUUGCUGUGCAUUCCUCCUGAGUUUAGCUGGAUAUGCUUUUAACUAGUAGUGAGAUCUACUUUUAGGCCUAUUUAAAGUUAUUAAAGAAAUGCUAUCAGUCGUUAGCCGUUUCCAGAAUGUUGCUUCAGGUGAGUUUUCAUCCCCUGGCCUAUAUUCCGGAUCGUGGUCUGGAUCAGCUCCUAGAUUGACUAAUUGUCAUGGCACUCCAGCUGCCUUGUAUUAUAAAAACGGCAAACGGUUUGACUACUUGCGUUUUUAAAUGAGCACCAGGACUCUCCUGUUACCAUAACCACUGCAGCUUGCUGGUUCUUCUAGUGUUCCUUUUUAACCAGUCAUAUUGAGACUCUUUAGCAUUUCCAAGGGAGGGGAAUACUUCCGCUUUCUGACAUCUCUCUGCCUUGUUGCAAAUAAUGUACACAGCGGUGACCUCAUUAGAUUAAGGAGAAAGGGCCGGAACAUUGGCUUGCUGUCCCCUCUGCUUUUUUCCAGCCACGUCACUCCCAACCUACAUUUACUCUAUUUAAGUGCCUUUACUGCCGUUGAUUCAUGCAUUUCUUACUUGCUUUGUCAAAAAUGCAUGCAUCUAGUUGUGUUCACAUUGUACAGCGCUUCUGAAUAUGUUGGAGAUUUUGUAGGGCGAUGGUAAGAGAGCUGAACAGGCAGAAUACUUUGUGAUCUAGAAUUAUUAUUCUUGUUCCUGAAUGCUGUGUUAAAUCAUGUAAAUGUAACAAUGUCUGUUUUAGCUCCAUAUGGAGUGUGGCAUUUUCUAUUUUAUUAUUACCACUGUGUGCUCUGAGAAAAUGUUGUGAACAGAGCAGUGGGAUGUGCUGCUAAUCGGGUCAACUACGUUCAAUGAAAGCCCUAUUCAUGACAGACGCUCCCUCCCUCCACCCUUUCCACCCUCGUGAUUGGCUUCCGCCUCGAAGGGUUAAAGCCUAGCGAGGAGGAGAAAAUUAAUUUGGGGGGUGUGAAAGAUGACUCGGAUUGUUUGUUGCAUCUUUUUGUUAACCCCUCAAAAGAUGGGUAGAUCUGUUCAUGUACUCUUGGGUAUUGAUGUGGUCUAGAGGUAUGUGGGUGAGUGCACUGGCAAAAAAUUUCAGUUUUUAUUUUUUAUUUUUUAUUCACUAGGACAUGAAGAGUGUUGGGUAUCAAAAGAUGUUAUUGGAGAAAACCAAUGCAGACUUCAUUAACUCAAUUAACACACAGCAGUAAUGAAAGGAACCCUCAAAGUACCAUACAGUGUGCUGUAUUAGUUUUUAGUACCGGAUUGCACUCCCAUUACCAGGGAUCUGCUUGGCUUUGCUCCCCCAGUCUCUCCUCUUCCACUCUGGGGAGCUAGAAGCUCUCUCAGCCCCUGAGUAUAGCUGGACGUCGCCUUAAUGCAGAGUCUUUCCAGCUCUCAUGGAGGAGGUGACCAGCAAAUAUUUUGAGUACGUACAUGGAAGCAGGGGGGCACAAGGGCAUGCUGCAGUGGUUAUGGUGUUGAGUGUCCCUUUAAAGUACUAACUGAUGGUUUGGCAUACUACGAAGCUGAUGGCAGCUGUGAUCAAUUUUGGGAGCAGUGCCUUUCAUCUUACCGGAAUUAAAAUUUAUAUGAUUUUUUUUUUUUAAUUUUCUUCAGUGAAAUCGUGUGUGUGUGUGGUGUGUGUGGUGUGUGUGUGUGUGUUUUUAUUUUAUUUAUUUUUUUUUACUUUUAUGAUAUUGUAUUUCAGAAGUAACUUAAAAUCAGAAGAUUUACCCAAUCUCCUGCGAGUUAUUUAUUCUGUAUUUAAGUUUUCAAGUUAUAUUUUAAUUCAUUUUUGGAUUCUAAUCUUAUAUUUGAAUGCUAACAGCCCUCAUCACCUAAAUCUAGGUAGAUCAUGUGCAAGUAAAAAAUAAUUUUUUAUUUUUUUAUUUUUUUUUUUUAUUUUUUUUUUUGUCUCCUUCCUUUUCUCUUUUCACAAAAUCUAAGCGUAGACGGCUGUAGUUAAGGCCUGACCUUGAUGCAGCGCUGGAGAAGUUGUUACCAUGACAACUCUGCCACAAAUAUGGCUCAUCCUAAGAAAAAGUGCAUCCCAUUAGGGGAUGCAGUUGGAACCUGGUUAACCUAUUAGAGCUAAACAAUUGGAAAUAUUCCUCAAAUACCGAAAGUACAUGGUGAUUUUCUUUCUCUUUUUAUUCAGUUUUAUUUUACAGUAAACCUAUAUCAGGGUAAUGCCAUCUGCACAAAAUUGAAUUAUGGAUCAGCUGCUGUUGAACUUGCAACAUCUGUGCUCUGUUUUGCUAUGUAGCAAAAAAAAAACAAAAAAAAAACAUUAUAGCUUGAGCUUGUUGUUGGAUUCGCUUUUUAAUAUCUGUAUAUUUUACUUGAUGGUCAGCUCAAAGGAAAACUAGAGGGUCAGGAACACAAACCUGUAUACCUGACCCUAUACUGUAAAUACCACCAUCUAGCCCCUUCUUUCCUCCCUAAAUAUAGUAAAAUCUUACUUGUAUUCAAGUCUGCAGCUGCUGUCCCUCCAUCUGAUAUGCCUGACAUAAUCAGAAGUGAUUCUGUGAACCAAUCACAAUGCUUUACCAUAGGAUUGGCUUACACUGUCAAGGAGGCAGAUCAGGGUCCGAGCCAGCACAAGCCAAACACAGCCCUGACCAAUCCGCAUCUCCUCAUAGAAAUGCAUUGAAUCAAUGUAUCUCUAUGAGGAAUGUUCAGUGUCUGUAUGCAGAGGGUGGAGACACUGAAUGUCAGUCACAGUAUGCAGCACUGCCCCAUGAAGCACCUCUAACAGCUAUCUGAGAAGUGGCCUGUGGAGGUAUACCUAGGUUGUAAUGUAAACACUGCAUUUGUUCUGCUGACUAUAGUGUACAUUUAAGUAAAAUGUGGAGUGAACAGUCCCAAGCAGCAAUAUACCCCUUCAUUAAGAGUAAUGUCAGGACUACAACUUUGGUGAUGCUUUGAUAUUCUAAAGCCGGGAUAGACCACCUUUGGUGCUUCAGGGGUUGUAGACGACAUUGUUGCUAGCUUUAUGGGAGAUUUAGUCCAUGUUAUCUGGAGUGCUGAAGGUUGUCUACCCCUGUUCUAAAGCCUUGCAUGCGCGCAAGUAAGUGAGGUUUUUGGUGGAUCAUGCAAGACUAGUUAUGUCAAGUGGAGGAAAAAUGCAUAAGGCAAAGUAGUCCAUACUUUGCAUUAUGUAUCUUAGGAGGAAAUAAUGGAUUAGGAGUCCUUUUAACUGUGACUAUAAAUGAUCAGUUCUAAAUUCUAUAUCUAUCACCCAUUGUCUUCCACUAUAUCAACUUCCCACCACACUUGCUAGCAUCCAAUUUUAUUCUGUUUCUUUCUUUCUGGUCAUACAGCUCAGCUCAAAACAUGUUUUCUUGGAAAUCAGACUGCAGUUGGAUAGCAGGCGCAUCUUAAAAUGCUUGUGUGACAGCUGUUCGCUUUUUGCUUGCAAGACACAGUCUGAUUCAACUUAAAGGUGCGACUAGCUGCGAGACUCUCAUUGCCUUUUGUAAUGAGCUGUACUUGCAGGCCCUCUGGUAAGGAGAUGUAGCUUGAUUGAAUGUAAUAUGGUGCUUGCAUUUCUGAUUUUAUUUACCGUAUUUAUCGGCGUAUAACACGUACUUUUUCUCCCUGAAAAUAGGGGGGAAAUUAUGGGUGCGUGUUAUACGCCGGCCCUUUAAAUACUGCAGCCGCCUGAGCGCUCUGUCAAGAGCGCUCAGGCGGCUGCAGUUGGUUCUCACCUCUCCUGUAGCGUGGCCGAGCUGCUCUGCUGUCCGCGGUGGCCGGCCGGAGUGAUAGGAAGGUGCACGCUCAGUGUGCACCUUCCUGGGAGUCCGACCGGGUACAGGAAACAGAAACUCCUGUUCCCCAGCGGUACCUUCCCCCCCAGCGGUACCUUACCCCCCCUGGCGGUACCCCUUCCCCCACAGCGGUACUUCCCCCCCAGCGGUGCCUUCCCCACCUGCCUUCCCCACAGCGGUACCUUCCCCCCCCAGCGGUACCCUUCCCCCAGCGGUACCUUCCCCCCCAGCAGUACCCCUCCCCCCAGCAGUGCCCUCCCCCAGCUACCCCCCCAGCAGUGCCCUUACCCCGCAGUACCCUACCCCAACACCCACACACACAGCACCCCCCACCUCAAUGCAGUAUGUGUGUGUGUGUGCGUGUAUUCAGCAGUCUGUGUGUGUGCGUGUAUUCAGCAGUCUGUGUGUUUGCGUGUACUCAGCAGUCUGUGUGUGUGUGUACUCAGCAGUCUGUGUGUGUGUGUGUGUGUGUAUUCAGCAGUCUCUGUAUUCAGCAGUCUUGUGUGUGUGUAUUCAACAGACUGUGUGUAUGUAUUCAGCAGUCUGUGUGUGUGUGUAUUGCAUUUGUUGGAGAUACUAAUAAAUAUAAGCUUAAUUUUAUCUAUUUAUAUCAUUAUUUAAAAUUUGUAUCAUUGAACUCUGUGUUCUUUUAAAACAAAAGUUAUUAGUUCGGACAACAGUACGAGUUGUUUUUUCUAAACUUAAACCUCAGUAUUUGUGUUUAAUUGCCGUGUUGGCACUUUAAGGAGAAAAAAAGUUGGCAUGUAUUGCGGUUUGGGCACUCGGGCUCAAAAAGGUUCGCCAUCACUUCCCUAUAGUGUUCUCUUACUGACUGGAUCUACAUAAAGUUUUUCUCCAGGUUUCACUCUCAUCACACUCAACCUGUUCCCUGUCUCUCUCAAGCAAUCUCCUUCUAUAAUUGUCUCCUCCUGCCAUUCUGCAUGUGGAAGCCCCAGUCACGACCUGCUCGAAGUGUCCGUUUGACACUGCAUUUGGGCCCUGGCACGCUAAGCUCACUCGCGGUCUCAAACGAUGGGAAGUCUGCUGCAACUCAAGACUUCAAGUUCAUACUUCGUUCUUACAGCUCCGCACUCUCCCUGGCCAAACCAAACUAUGUCCCCUUCCUCGUCGCACAUAUUCUCACACAGGGUUCUUUGCUAAAUUGAGAAUCCAAAGUGUAUUUUAAUUUUAAGGCCAAAGUAGCUGAUUUAGAGAUUUUAUUUUCAAAUUUGUUUAUUUUGACAAAUUUGAAACCUUAUACUCAGGGAGUUCCAAAGUGUUAGAUACAGGAGGUGAAUAAGUUUCUAAUUAGUAGAUGUUGGAAAUGGACAAAUUACUUUAAGUACAAUUUUUUUUUUUUUUUUUGUUGUUGUUUAUCUCAAUCGUUCUUUUGUGAAGGGGUAGCUACUGGUAGGCUGAUACUCUUAGCCUAUCAGCAGUGGUAUCCUUGAGGUAAGUUGGCAUUCAGGUGCCGCCAAAUCGUUAUGGUGCCCAGUGUUCGUUUAAUUCGAUGCAUGUAUCGUUCUAUCAAACGCUGCUCCUUUCUAAUGCAUUUUUUCCCUUUCUUUUAGACGUCUUCCUCCUGAUUUGCAAACGUCUUUUAAUUCGUACUUUCUGCACCUCUUGUAACUGUCAACAUAUAUUUUGUUUGAAGUAUUUGCUGUAAUUGUAAUGUACUGCAUGUGAAGAUGCUUCUCUAUGGUUUGGAUCUUGCCCUUUUAGUACAUGCAUGUCUUCGAAGAUUUUUGCAAUCUACAGCUGUCCAGGAAAUGCUGGAAAAUGUUGCGUUUAAGGGCAUGAAAGUGUUCUCAUUUUCUUGAAAACUGGCGACCGUUUCUACUACCUAAACAUUUGGAUCCAAGUAUACAUUGGAAUACGCUGUUGCAGUGGGGAUACAAGGAAUGCUUGUUUUAGAAUUAUGCUUUUGAUUGUAACUUUGGAGCUACGCUGCUUCUGUUUCAGACGCUUGUUCCCAUUGGUUGAGAUUAGCCCUGUUAUUUCCCUCUGCUAAAGCUAAAACAAACACUUCUUUCCCACUGUCCUAAUGAAUACUCUCUCUAAAUGCCAAGAUUGUUGGUUGAACUUCGUAAUCCCAUGUUAGCACGGCUAUCUAGAAUGCCUUCUAUAUUGACUGGGUAUUGAACAAGUGAUUAGUGAACCAGUUCCAAAAUGGUCUACAGGAGUUAAUGGCCAGUCAAUGCCUUGCAAACAGUGUUGCAUUUGCAGACCGAACAUUUUGGCAUAACAUGCCAACUCCUAGGGUAAGUUUGUCCAUUUGGUAAGGCAGAGAGUGAUCUACUAUGUCAAGAGGAACUCUAUUUCCUGUUGGAGUCCUACUCCAUUAUACAUGUAACCUGCUGUGUUGCUCUGGGUUCAUUGCUCAAUCCCAGUAGUCAUAGAGUUGUCUUUGGGAGGAUGUUCUCUUGGUACAUGGAGGUGCUCGUAAAAAAAUAAAUAAAUAUAUAAAUAUAUAUAUAUAUAUAUAUAUAUAUAUAUAUAUAUAUAUAUAUAUAUAUAUAUUUUUUUUUUUUUUUUUUCUCCUGAAGCUGGACCUGUGAUGUCUUGGGAAGAUAUAGAAUGGAUGCAAACACACCAUUAGUGGUUGGCAAAAUACUUUGGGAUUUGGUAGAGGAAUCUACCUCUGUUGGCCACCAGCAUGCAUCGUCCUACUUCUGUACUUUUCCCAUCUUCUGGAUUUUUACUUUUUGCAAAUACUUUAAUUUUUCAUCCAUCUGCAGUCUGUGGCCACAAACACCCAUUAGAUCAUUUUAACAUUAUCGCUUUAAAUUUGAUUUUAAUUAUUUAGCCUCUGGAUAUCUUGACAUUUGCUUAGUUUUCAGUUGUACAAAAAGUUUAAUUUUGGAUUCUGGUGAAGGUGUAUCCUUUUCCAGGCUUUGUAUUUGAGGACUUGUAAUCUGCGGAGGCACUACAGAGGCUGUCACUUCAUUGAGGCCCAGCUGGUAGUCUGCUGCUGCCAGUGACAGAGGCAGUCUAUCUCUACUGGGCUGAUUGGCAUUGCAGGUACUGAGGCAUUCAAAAUUAACCACAUUUUCCUGUGUGUAGAAGACUUGAUGGGCAAUAUUUGAAAUUUACUCAAGGAGGACUCUUGCUGCAGCUUAUAAUUCUUGCAUGUUACAGGGUGGCAUGUUUUGUGUCCUGCCCAUCAUGAAGUGAUAUGAGUCUAGGCAAACUAGGUGGACCCCAGCUCUGUUUGACGUUUUAUAAAUUGAAAAAAACAAUUUUUUUUGUUGUUGUCUGUCUGUGCUUGGUUUUGUUAUGGCCAUGACUUGGGACAGUGAGUCCUGCAUUCAUACACACUGUGCGCUCCCUGUGCUUCCAAAGGAUAACACUCUCCCCUCUCUGCGCGUCUGUCUCCUAAUGUGAAUAAAACCCUACUUUACUUGCAGCUGCAGUGGGUGGCACCUUUUCAGGAAGUGACCUUGAUUUGUACUCUUCAGAUUGAAAACACGUACAAAAAUCAUCUCCCAUGGCACGAAAAGUGCCUUAAACACAGUGCAUCACUUUUAUGGUUUGCUUCUGCUCUUUGCAAGUCUGUUUCUUGUUUUGUAGUUACACGGUUUUAUUCUAAUUUUCCAGAAAUUACAACGCCAAAUUUUCAGAUUUGUAUUUUAAAUGUUUGAUUUAUUUGGGUGUUUAAAAAACAAAAAAAAACACACAUUAUAAAUAAUUCGGCUUCAUCUUAUCCAUGUGUAAUUCUGCAACACUGCACAUGGAUAUCCUGGCAUCUUGUGCGAUUUCCACCAUAACUCCCCUGGAUACAUUUUUAGUUCUGCUUGCUGUUGGUCAGUACCUGAGAUGGGAUCCCUUGCAGUUUGUAGCAUCUGUGCCUCAAAUUAGGGUUCAAGGAAAUAAUCUAGGUAGUUUAUUUGUGAUGGAAUACCUUUUUGAGUACAGAAUUGGUUUUCUUCUUUACACUAUGCGGCAACAAUGUUGAUGUACCACCUAUCAGCCUGUUGAUGCGAUAUUUGUCCUGGUAAACUGACAUGUGCUUUCAUGGAGUUUAAAGGAACACUAUAGGGUCAGGAUCACAACCAUGUAUUCCUGACCCUAUAGUGCAAGCAAUUAAAACUCGCCUUAUUUCCAGUGCUGUGCUGGCCAUGCCCACUUGGUGACAUCAUCAGAACUGUCGAUUUUUAGCUAAUUAAAUGCUUUCCCAUCUCUGUGAGGAACAUUUAGCAGCCCCAUGCAGAGCUGAACAGCAGUGCUGCCUACUGUGCAGCACUGAGCCAGGAAGCACCUCCAGUGGCCACUUAGAGGUGUCCCUAAGUGCAAUGUAAACACUGCCUUUUCUCUGAAAAGGCAGUGUUUGUAUAAAAAUGCCUGAAGGCAAUGAUUAUGCUCACCAGAACAACUACAUUAAGCUGUAGUUGUUCUUGUGACUAUAGUGCCCCUUUAAAGAAAACUGAAUGAUAACUCUUCUCGUGAGAGCUCUGAUCCUUCUCAGAUGGCACUUUCGUGUGUGUGUGUGUACGUACACACAUACAGGGUUUGGAGCGUGGAUGGUAGGGUGUUUUAAAUGUUUUAUUACUAAAAAAAAAAAAAAAAAUCUCCAUCCUCCAUCCUCGCCCCACAUAACCGGCUGUAUGGGGGACAGCAGUGUCGGAUUCUCAACAGCUGUAACAAAUGUAUUUGAAAAAAUAAAUAAAAAUAAAGUAAAUUAUGAUUCAAGGUUUCCAUUUUAAUGAGAGCUUAAAAACUGUGGUUACAUUAAAGUAUUGAUACAUGCUAUCGUCGACUUUAUAUUUUUAUUGUGGCGAGUGACCCGCACCUGCUACUAUGUUGCAUUAACAGUGCUGGGGUAAAAAAAAAACAAAAAAAACAAACCUGCCUAUAUGGCCCAAGUUCUUCUUUUUAAAGCCCAGAAUCAAUUUUUUUUUUUUUUUUUUUUAAAUAGCCUUCUGAAACCUUGGUGGUUUCUAAUGAAAACACAGCUGUUUCACGUAGCAACAGGCACGCGCCUGCAUUCCCUGGUUAAUACGUGUAAGGAGGCCUAGUGCACGGACUGUAAGGGUUCUGCGUGUUUCAGGAUUGCAUCCCAAUCAGAAGCUGAAUGACUAGUUGGGUUCCGAUCAACUCGUCUAUGAGGCUUGUAGUUCACUAUGUGUAAUACGAUUUAAUAAUUAUGAAUGUGAUUAAUUUGUUCCAGUUAGUCCUUAAAGGUUGAGGUCAGUAAGGAGAUUGGAAGAAAUUGCUGAUGUCUAUUGGGGUAGCAUGAGAUCCGUGUACCAAAGGCAUACCAUCUACUUGUCAGUGUACUCUACUGGGAUCAGUGGGAUAUGACCACAGGUCUUGGCACAUCUAAAGAACUCUGCUCCUUACUAAGCUGCCCUAGCCAGACCCUGCUCCCAUGACGACCGGCCCCUGUGGAGCCAAGCUCCCCACCCAGCCGGCCCCCUCUGAGCCUGGCUCCCCCCGCCCACUCAGCCGGUCCCUGCAGAACCUCUUUUUUUUUUUUAAGCUGACCCGGCCGGCCCCUGCGGAGACCAGCUCCCCCCUCGGUCACUCAGCUGGCCCCUACGGAGUCCAACUCCUCCCUCUGACCACUCAGCCGGCCCCUGCGGAGUCAACUACUCCCCCGACGACUCAGCCGGCCCCUGCGGAGUCCGACUCCUCCCCCCGACGACUCAGCCGGCCCCUGCGGAGUCCGACUCCUCCCCCCGACGACUCAGCCGGCCCCUGCGGAGUCCGACUCCUCCCCGGCGGCUCAGCGGCCCCUGCGAGUCGACUCCUCCCCGACGACUCAGCGGCCCCCUGGCGGUCCCCGACCACUCCGAUCCGACUCCCCGACCACUCCAGCGGCCCGGCGGAGUCCGACUCCUCCCUCCCCGACCACUCCAGCGGCCCGGUCCGGCCCUCCCUCCCCCGACCACUCAGCGGCCCAGUCGCUCCCUCCUCCCCGACCUCCAGCCCGGCCCGAGCUCUCCCUCCCCGACCACUCAGCCCGGCCCGGCGGAGUCCGACUCCUCCUCCCCGACCACUCAGCCGGCCCGGAGUCCGACUCCUCCCUCCCCGACCACUCAGCCGGCCCCGGCGGAGCCCGGCUCCUCCCCUCGACCACUCAGCCGACACACCCCCGCAGCCGUCCCCUGGGGAGCCCUUCUUCCCCCUCUCUCAGCCGGCCCUCGCAGAGUUCGGGGCUCCUGGGUAGCCCGAUUCCCUAAACUCAGCCAUGCCUCGCCAGAGCCCGACUUCCUCCCACUUCUCAGCCGGCCUCCGGGCAGCCCGGCUCCCCACCCAGCCACAGGCAGACUUUAAAAAAAAAAAAAAAACUUUUAUUAUUCAAACACAUGUGUCUUCUUGGUUCAGCAAUUUUGAGUUUUCCUUCCCAAAACGCUAAGGGCAUGGUUCCUUUUACAACUCUUUAAAGAAUUCUCUACCAUUAAUGAAAGCAUAUAGCAAAUUGUUCUUCAGAAAGUGGGUGAGAUAGAGGUAUAAACAGACAUAUUAAUAUAUGUUAUGAUGGCAAGUCCCCGCACCUAAGAUCUUGCAAUCUGAAUGAGCAUGAAAGAGACAGGAGAGCAGUUUAGGACUGUUCCCAAACGUUCAGUAAACAUUACAAGCCAAAUUUAUUUAGGUUCUAGAAAUAGAUCUUGCGUGGACUUCAGCCCUAACAGGUAGAAAUGGCUGUCUGUUAAAUAGUGGGCAUGGCAAAAACAAAACAUUGUCUUUAUACAAAAACGGACAGACGUUACUGUAACCUUUGGACACUCAUGUCAAGGAUCAGCUGUAGAAGAUUGCUGCAAUACCUUUUAUGUAAUAGCCGUCCCCCUCCUCCCCCAAUAACUUUAAGUACAAUACGGUUACAUUUCUGAUCUAAACCUAAUUUCCAGUAAAUGUAUGUAAGUUCUGACUGCUGCUGCAAGAUGUUAAGGUUAAACAUCCUUUGUACUCAUCAAAAUGUCUGGAGCGAUGUCUGAGCACAUCUGCAUGUUUAUUCCAAUACCAGCUGUGACGGCUGCCAACCAGUGAUGCUGCGGUGUUGGGUGAUUAUUGAUCUCACCACAUCUAGGUUUUAACCCUGUCCUUGCAACAAAAGUUAAGAUGGGUCUCUAAGUGAUCUACUUUAUACAGCUGGGGAGGGAAGUCAGGCAGCCAGACUGCCAGUUAGUCUCUUGUCUGCAGAAUUUGUCCAUUUCUGAUGCCUCAGCACAUUUUAUACCAGUUACAGGCUGACGAGAUGGCAUCCAGCCAGAUUCCGUGUGCCAUGAGCAGUGUUAAUCCAGGCAUAGAGAUUAACACUUCUAGAUCCUGGCUGGCUAACCUUUUGGUAUUCCUGCUAUCCCCCCACCCCCACUCCCCACCCACCAUUGGCCAGGCUUCAUGGGAAUUGUAGUCUGUAGUGCAUUUGCCGUCACAGUUCUAAAUGCUGCUAAGCACUAUGUUUCAGUAUUUCAAAAAUUGCUUUGCAUGAAAAGUUAAUAAGUUCUUCGUUGCCUUCUGAUAUGAAAGUAUAGCUUUUAUGGCUUUAUUUAAAAUGUUAUUGUGUUUUGUUCUGACUGGUAUGUUUGACUGUAAAAACAAAUGCCAAGUGUAAAAACCGAACCGAAAGAAAACCCUAAAAUUUGUACGUACCUGCUACAGGUCAUGAAAAUUAAAAAUAAGAUAUUGGCUAAGCUCACUCAUGGCAAUGGAAAAUGAAUCUUUCUGAACAUGGGUUUUAAUUGCUGGCUUCAUGUACAGGAAUCCUACCUGCAUACAUCCCCAACAUUUAAAAUAGUGUCAAAGAGGGAUACUUUUUUUUUAUUUUAGGGGUUGUUUGGGGGUGGCCAGCAGCGGGCUGUUUUUGAGACAUUCUAGGUGACUUACUAAUUUUAUGGAAUCAAAGAUUUUAUUCAACACGUUUAUUGUAGUUUUAAAGGCACAUUACUGGUGUGGAACUUGUUACGAUUGCCCCCAGUCUAGCAGGAGGGUUGAUCGCUUGGAUAUCCUAGAUCCCGCUGCAGAGAGUCAAACGGAGGUCUUUCGGUGGUAAGCUGCAAAUGUAGAAUAUCCCCAAGCACGAUAUAAGCAUCAAUAUCCCGGAUCCCUACAACAUGAGUCGAGGCUGCAAGUUGAGGGUCAAAACGAACUGGCUUUACUGGCACAUAGCAUGGCAAUUUAUGUGAUUCCUCAGGUCCAAGGACAGCCCCCUGUGGACCUGAUGGAAUACAGGUACAGUACAGUGUAUCCUUUGAAUUAGUACCCACCCAGCUUGGAGAUAAUGAGGCCAACGGUUAUACAAUCUAAUUAUCUCCAAGCGCACAAACGACCACGUUUUAUUCUGUCCCCAAAAACUGUAUAAAAAUACAUAACUUUCACAUUAAUAACAGGAAACAGCUCAUUCUACCAUUCAUCUAAAGGCUCGCGUUCUUAUACAUUAAACAUGCGAAUGGCGCUUCAAUCCCACGAACAGAAUGAGCCAUUGCUGCCGUAUAAUGUCCGUUCGGCAUUUUGGGAUUGUAAGUCUCUGUUGGCUGCCAUGUUUUUAGACGGUUCAGCGGGCAGCGGGACCUCGCUUCUAACAUGUGGAACUAAACUCGGUAUCAGUUCAUGCGAAGUCCCGCUGUCUGUCUGGUAGUGGAACUCGUUCGGUACGUGAACGAGGACCACCUGGUAGCAGGGUACUUGACCUGCGGUUAACCGCAGAAACCACAAGUUAAUGAUCGCCACGCGGCCCGCUGUAGGGGGUCUUCAUUCGGUUGGUAGUUCGGUAUAUCCCGUUCGGUAUUUUUGAUGCGAACGUCGAUGCCCCAGGUCUAUCAAUUAAGUUGUGGUUAACCGCAAACCGCAGCCACCUGGGUGGUUAAUGGCUGCCACACGCCGCUGGCUGGGUGGUCGAGCGUUCGGUAGUUUGCGGGGUGACGGGGUUAAGUGGCGGCACACGCCAAGUUCUGGGGGGUCCCCUGUUCGUACCACGAAUGGAGUCUUUAUAAUGGUUCGGGUAAUCCAUUCGUGCGUCUUUCGUUUUAAACUUAUACCGGGACAAACAGUAUCCAUUGAUUAGCAAACAGUAACAUAGUUAUUUCCAGACUUUUGUAACAAUGCUCCCUCUUUGUGGGACACUCUGGCAGACACUGUCUGACCCCUUUUCGGGGCAGACUAAGGCUGUCCAGACUCGUAGAGUUAUGCUGGGCUGAGAUCUGUUUGCCGGGAUAAUCCGUCGGCGUUGCCGUUCUGCUUCCCGGGUCGGUAGGUGAUUGUAAAAUUAAAGGGUUGCAGGGAUAGACUCCAGCGUAACAAUCUGCCAUUGUCCCCAGCGACCCGGUUGAGCCACACCAGCGGGUUAUGGUCUGUAACCAGAGUGAACUCUUGUCCAUACAAAUAGGGGGUUAGCUUCUUUAAUGCCCACACCAGAGCCAAACACUCCUUCUCUACCGCGGCAUAGCUGACUUCGCGUGGUAGGAGUUUUCGACUGAUGUAGGCAAUCGGGUGUUCCUUCCCAUCAUCUCUUACUUGGCUGAGGACAGCUCCCAGCCCGAACAUGGAAGCGUCUGUAUGGACAAUAAAACGUCGAUUAGGGGCUGGGGCAGCCAAGACAGCAUUAAUCAACGCAGUUUUGAGUGCUUGGAAAGCAGUUUCACAGUGGGGAGACCAGAGGACCUGUCGGGGAAGGUUUUUCUUUGUCAGGUCAGUCAGGGGUUUGGCAAUGGCGCUAUACUCAGGUACAAAUCUCCUGUAGUACCCAGCGGUACCCAGGAAGGCUAGCACUUGGCUCUUAGUGUGUGGAGUGGGCCAGUUGGCGACCGCUUCUAUUUUAGCCGGCUCCGGCCGCUGCUUCCCUCAGCCUACCCGGUAACCCAGGUACUGAACCUCAGCCAUCCCAAAGUGACAUUUUUCUGGCUUUAGAGUCAGGCCGGCGGCCCGAAUCUGAUCCAGGACUAUUCCCACAUGAGCUAAGUGUUCCUCCCAGGACUCACUAUGGAUCGCUAUGUCGUCCAGGUAUGCGCAGGCAAACUCCUGGAAGCCAUCAAGCAGUCUGUCCACCAAGCGCUGGAAUGUAGUGGGGGCAUUCUUCAUCCCGAACGGCAUGACCUUAAAGUGGUACAAACCAAACGGGGUGACGAAGGCCGACUUGGGGACAGCCUCCCUGGCCAGGGGGAUUUGCCAGUAACCCUUACAGAGGUCAAUGGUAGUGAGGUAGUUCCCCCUGGCUAUGCGAUCCAGCAACUCAUCCACUCUGGGCAUGGGGUAGGCAUCGGUGACAGUUUUGUCAUUGAGUUUCCGGUAGUCCACACAGAAUCUGGUGGUGCCGUCCUUUUUGGGGACCAGAACCACCGGGGAUGCCCAGGGACUAUCGGAAGCUUCAAUGACCCCUAGUCGUAGCAUCUCAUCUAGUUCCUUUUUCAUGCCUGUCCUUACUGCCUCCGGAAUUCGGUAGGGCGCCUGUCUCAAAGGGUUUUGACCGGGGGUAUCUACUUGGUGGGUGGUCAACUCCGUGUACCCUGGUUCUUGGGAGAACAUGGCUUGUUUCUCUCGGAGCAGUUUGUGUAGCUGCUCCCUCUCAACUGGGCUAAGUCUGUCCCCGAUCUGUACUUGGCUCACUAUUUCAACCGGGCCGUUAGGGGUUAAUAAGUCGGGUAUGGGGAGGCUAUCUGCGUCCUCGUGCGCAGGGCUACAUAUGGCAGACACUUCCUCUGGUCUCUGUAAGUAUUCUUUCAACAUGUUCACAUGAAAUAUCUUUCUUAAGUUUUCAUCGUGACAGCUGGCAAUUACAUAAGUGGUGUCUCCUCUCUUCUCCACUACCUGGUAGGGACCCUGCCAGGCUGCUUGUAGCUUGUCUGCCUUAAUUGGUUUUAAUACCAUGACUUUCUGCCCUAGACAGAAGCUUCUCCGCCGUGCCCCCCGGUCGUACCACACUUUGUCGCCCCUGGGCCGCCUGGAGGUUGGCCUGGACGGACUUAGCCAAUUGCUCCAUUCGGUCCCGGAGCUCCAGUACGUAGGGCACAAUGGGGACCCCGGCGUUCUCGGUCUCUCCCUCCCAGUGCUCACGGAUCAGGUUCAGGGGGCCCCGUACCUUGCGGCCGUAUAGCAGCUCAAAGGGAGAGAACCCGGUGGUUUCCUGGGGCACCUCCCGGUAAGCAAACAGGAGGUGCGGCAGAAAACGUUCCCAGUUCCUAUACUCCUGGGUGAAGGUUUUUAACAUCUGCUUGAGGGUUCCGUUGAACCGCUCACAUAACCCAUUGGUCUGGGGGUGGUACGGGGAGCUGAGAAGAGAUUUUAUUUUGCAAACGUGCCAUAGCUGCUGGGUCAGUUCGGCCGUGAACUGCGAUCCCCUGUCGGAUAGGAUCUCCCUAGGGAAUCCUACCCGAGAAAAUACCUGCACUAAUGCAUUAGCCACCGUGUCUGCCUGAAUAUUAGAUAAAGCCACAGCUUCUGGGUAGCGGGUAGCAUAGUCCACUAUGGUAAGAAUGUACCUCUUACCAGAGGGGCUAGGGGUGGCUAGUGGCCCAACUAAGUCGAUGGCUACCCGGCUAAAUGGUUCGUCGAUGAUGGGCAUGUUAACGAGGUGUGCCUUGGGGUGGUCUCCUCGCUUGCCUACCCGUUGGCAGACCUCGCACGUAUUACAAUAGGACCUCACAUCGGCAUGUACCCCUGGCCAGAACAAGGUAUGGGUAAUACGGUGCAGGGUACGGGUUACUGCCAAGUGCCCGGCUAAGGGAAUAUCAUGACCCACCCGGAGGAUAUCCCGCCUAUACUUGUGGGGUAUCACUAACUGUCUCCUCCGGUGGCCCCUCUUCUCUGUGUGUCGGUACAGUCGGCCCUGUUCCCAGGCAAAAGUCUCCUGGUCUGAUCCCCCAGUCCCUGUAUCAGCCCUUUCCCUAUAUUUUUGGAGCGUCGGAUCAGUUUUGGUCUCAGCCUCAAAGGCUGCAGGGGUGUCCCAGGGCAAAGGGGCAGGAGGGGUGGUCACAGUCGGGUUAAGUCUUAUCUGAGCCUCCCGCACUGGUGAAGGGUCCCGCACUUGUCCUGCUUGUGACCGGGUCGUCACGGGAUGUGCCUCAGCGUUGUAAGAAGGGGCAUAAGCCGAGGUCAUAGGUCCCAGGUCGUUUCCCAGCAAAACUUCGGCUGGCAAAUUAUCCAUAAUCCCCACCCUCACAAGUCCUUUCCCCGCACCCCAAUCCAAAUGUACCUUUGUACAAACCUAAGUUUGUAAAUGUCCCCUCCAGCUACCCGGACAGCUACUGUGUCAGGAGAGCGCUUGUUCUCUGGAACUAAUCGGCUUUGUACCAAGGUGAUCGUGGCUCCGGUGUCUCUUAACCCCUGUGUGGGACGACCCUCCAGCAGUACCUCUUGCCGGUGGUGUUGUCUAUUGUCGCUGGCGGCAUACACAGGGUUAGCUUCGUGCAGGGAUCCCAGGUACUCUUCCAGCGGACUGUCUUGUUCCAGGCAAAAGGCUCGAGCUGGUCGAUUGUUACCCGUUGAGGGAGCAUUAUAAUUCCGUUCGGGGUAGUUAUUGUUGAGGGGACAGCUGGCCAUCAGGUGCCCCGGCUGCUUGCAUUUGUAGCACGUAGGGCGGGAGCGCUCCUGAGGGUAAUUGCUGGGUGGUCCCGGAUACCGUGUAGGUCCUGCCGGUACCGGUGUGCGAAACUCCGUUCGUGGGGUUGGUCGGUAUAUCUCUAGGGUUUCGGGGCGCGUUAUCGUUCGGGUAUUGCCGAACUCCUGUACUUGUGCCUCCCGGUGUUCAUCUGCCAACCUGGCUGCUUCAUGUAAAUUAGCGGGACGCCUGUCUUUCAGCCACUCCGGGUCUUUUUGUUCCAGACCCUCGUAAAAAUGUUCUAGUAAAAAUAGUUCCAACACCUCCGCUGCGGUAACGGCCCGACACCCGGUAAUCCAAUGGUUAGCAGCUCUUCACAUACGGUGUGCCCAUUCGGCAUGCGUAUCGUUCGCCUUUUUCUUAGUGCCACAGAACUGCCUUCGGUAGGUGUCUGGGGUCACAGCGUACCGUUUCAGCAGAGUCUCCUUCACUGUGGGGUAUUGGGCUACCUCUUCGGCGCUGAGUGUCCUGAAAGCUUCCAUGGCCCGCCCAGUUAACUUUCCUGCCAAAAUACGUGGCCACGCUGAAACGGGAAUCUGAUGCAAGGCACAUUGUCUUUCAAAAUCGGCCAAAAAUUUAUCUAUCCCCAUCUCAUUCUCCGCAAACGGCUUGAAUGCCGCGAACGGAAUCUUUGGCUGUUCGGCAGUUUCUGGGGAGCCGUUGUGGCUAUUAGCGGCGGCUCCCUGUUGUGCGGCUACCAUGUUCAGCUCAUGAGUUCUUGCCCGCUGUAUGUCCGCCUCAGCUUCUGCCAUUAGUUGCUGUACCAACUCCACGGAUGGGUUCGGCCCGUAUAGAGGCAGCCGUUCUUGGACAAUCCUUGUCUUCUCAUCGCUGAAUGUUGCCGUCGGUUCUGCCAUCGUGAAACUUUGAUCCAACUCGUUCAGGUCGGCAAUUAAUUCUCUCCUUGGCCGGUUACUUGCGUUCCCCCCACGGCUCUCGAGUAAAUCCUUUAAGGUGGUACACUUCAGCUUAUCGUAGUUGCUCUCCAUCCGUCUUAUAUGUCUCUCUCAGGAAUUCCAGGAUGAUCCCGCCGCUGCCACCAAUUGUUACGAUUGCCCCCGGUCUAGCAGGAGGGUUGAUCGCUUGGAUGUCCUGGAUCCCGCUGCAGAGAGUCAAACGGAGGUCUUUCGGUGGUAAGCUGCAAAUGUAGAAUAUCCCCAAGCACGAUAUAAGCAUCAAUAUCCCGGAUCCCUACAACAUGAGUCGAGGCUGCAAGUUGAGGGUCAAAACGAACUGGCUUUACUGGCACAUAGCAUCGCAAUUUAUGUGAUUCCUCAGGUCCAAGGACAGCCCCCUGUGGACCUGAUGGAAUACAGGUACAGUACAGUGUAUCCUUUGAAUUAGUACCCACCCAGCUUGGAGAUAAUGAGGCCAACAGUUAUACAAUCUAAUAAUCUCCAAGUGCACAAACGACCACGUUUUAUUCUGUCCCCAAAAACUGUAUAAAAAUACAUAACUUUCACAUUAAUAACAGGAAACAGCUCAUUCUACCAUUCAUCUAAAGGCUCGCGUUCUUAUACAUUAAACAUGCGAAUGGCGCUUCAAUCCCACGAACAGAAUGAGCCAUUGCUGCCGUAUAAUGUCCGUUCGGCAUUUUGGGAUUGUAAGUCUCUGUUGGCUGCCAUGUUUUUAGACGGUGCAGCGGGACCUCGCUUCUAACAUGUGGAACUAAACUCGGUAUCAGUUCAUGCGAAGUCCCGCUGUCUGUCUGGUAGUGGAACUCGUUCGGUACGUGAACGAGGACCACCUGGUAGCAGGGUACUUGACCUGCGGUUAACCGCAGAAACCACAAGUUAAUGAUCGCCACGCGGCCCGCUGUAGGGGGUCGUCAUUCGGUUGGUAGUUCGGUAUAUCACGUUCGGUAUUUUCGAUGCGAACGUCGAUGCCCCAGGUCUAUCAAUUAAGUUGUGGUUAACCGCAAACCGCAGCCGCCUGGGUGGUUAAUGGCUGCCACACGCCGCUGGCUGGGUGGUCGAGCGUUCGGUAGUUUGCGGGGUGACGGGGUUAAGUGGCGGCACACGCCAAGUUCUGGGGGGUCCCCUGUUCGUACCACGAAUGGAGUCUUUAUAAUGGUUCGGGUAAUCCAUUCGUGCGUCUUUCGUUUUAAACUUAUACCGGGACAAACAGUAUCCAUUGAUUAGCAAACAGUAACAUAGUUAUUUCCAGACUUUUGUAACAGAACUCUGUUAUACACUCCAGCAAUAUGGAGCUCCUAGAAAAGAGGCAUUGGGAUUGAAAAGAGGGACAGAGGGAUUUUAGCCAAAAAUAGGGACUGUCUUUCCUAAUUAGGAACACAUUUGGGAGGUAUAUAACCCAGUUAAUAUGUAAUCCAAGCUACUGAUGAUUUAUUUAUUUUUCCCCACAAAAGAAUCAUAGUUGCAUAUAGUUACAUAGGCUGAAAAGAGACUUGCGUCCAUCAAGUUCAGCCUUCCUCACAUAUGUUUUUGCUGUUGAUCCAAAAGAAGGCAAAAAAAAAACCUAGUCUUAAGCGCUUCCAACUUUGCAACAAACCAGGAAAAAAAUCCUUCUUGACACCAAAAUAGCAGUCAGAUGUCUCCUUGGAUCAAACAGCUACUACCCCACUAAUUAGACAUUAUGUCCCUGUAUGUUAUGUUUUUUUGCAAGUAUUUAUCCAAUUGCAGUUUAAACAUAUCGAUGGACUCUGAUAAAACCACCUCUUCAGGCAGAGAAUUCCAUAUCCUUAUUGCUCUUGCUGUAAAAAAAACCUUUUCUUUGCAUUAGAUGAAAUCUCCUUUCUUCCAGCCUAAAUGCGUGACCUCGUGUCCUAUAGCCCUGUUUAUGAAUAGAUUUCCAGAUAAUGGUUUGUACUGUCCCCGAAUAUAUUUGUAUAAUAUCAUAUCUCCUCUGAGGUGCCGUUUUUUUUCCCCCUCAAACUAAAGAGAUUGAAAUUUUUUUUAAUCCCGAAGGCUUUGGUUGUCUCCAGGGGGUAAAGAAUGAAGCGGACGUCAUUGUUCUAGAACAGGUUACAUUGGACUUCUACCAGUUCCAUAGACGAUGUCCUCUUAAAGUGAGCCCAUCAUCAUGGACGUUCUCUUUAUUGCAGAACAGUCUUGAAUGAGGGCAGUCCUGCUGGGUCUAGAAUACUUGAGAGGCAGGCUAAUAACUUAACGAGUGAUUCAUAACCCCUUUCAUUUAAUUCCUUUAACUUUUACUAAUGCAUUAUUCAGUUUUCUUUUUGAUCAUUGAUGUAUCGUAUUUAAAAAGCACCAGUGGAAUCUGCAGUGCUUUUACAUUGCAUCCUUUUUAAAACUAAAGAUCUAAAGUAUGAAGAAGCAUGUUAAAUUUAGUUAGUUUACCAACAUUAUAGUACCUGCACUCACAACUGGAAUUUUAGGAAUUUAUGUCUUCAGUUCUUAUAUUUCUGCUUUUGAUAAAUUUUUAUUUAUUUUUUUUCUAUCUCUGGAAUCCUGAAAUUCUGCAGAACUACCCUUCCAACAUUUUUACGCUUUGUUUUAUUUAUUUUUUUUUUUAACCAAAAUAAUGGCUACAUUUUAAUGUUUUCUUGUGUUGUGCCUCUAUGAACAAAAAGUUCAGUUUUUAAAUUUUUAAUCAAAACAUAGAGCGUAAAAAAUAAAAUAAAACCGUUAUGUAUUUUUCACCUAAUCCUUUUAUAAGAUUGCAGUCUGAUGGCAGAUUUGUGGUUCCAGAAAAAAGACAGAAUUGUAAAAAUGCUGUCCUACAUAAGUGUGAACUGCGUUGGGACAAAGUGUAUAUAAUGCACUCAGUACAAACGUGUUUAAUAUGCCACAGAUAGACCAGUCUGCAUGAACGCUGUGUUUUCGAAAGAACUAUUAAUGCAAAUAAAAAUUUUUUGCUAGAAAAUGCAUUGUGAUGGCGUGUACUCUUCCGAUCAUGCUGCUGUUCUUGAUGGCCGAUAUGUUCUCGGUGUUUUUUUGGCUCGAACAGUCUGCAGCUUUCAGCAAGGAAUAACUGAUAUAUAUAUUUUUUUGGGUCCCUUGUGAGAGUAGAAUCCUCAGGGGUUUAGAAUAGUUAGAAACCUGUCGCCAUGGCAACCUUCGGGAUGUAGCUGAAAAUCAAAUCGCAAUUAUCACUCUCUGAGCUGCUAAACCCCAUCCUCGUUAAUAAAGAUAUGCCAAAAGCGUACCUCCCCUUUCCUCCUUAGCUAUUGUAUGCGAACCGCAGGAAAUAUGUCUAUAAAGCAGAGUGGCUUAAAUGGCUGUUCUGUCUCUCCCAGAAGACAAACUCUGAUCCAGUUACUGGCCGAGUGUUCCUUAAAAAUAAAUUAGAAAAAAGAAAAAGCCCAGCAAAGCUAAAUGCUAUUCACCUUCUUUAGACCCUGAAUUAUCAAAUUCAAUAUUAUUGGUAUAGGGACAAAGUUAGGAGAAGGAAUUGUAGCCGACAGGGGCGCAAGUGCCCUGCUGGCACCAUAACCACUAAAGCCAUUAACCAGGUUCCUUUAGUGAUUGUUUGUUUAAUCUAUGACUCCUGUGCCUUGUAAGUGGCACUGAUGCAGUCUGGGGCAAAUGAGGAUUAUUAAAAAUAAACUGAAAUACAGAAAUAAUGAAAACAUUGAAAUUGUAGGCUCCUCUUCCUAUUUACAUAUGUGCCAUGUAUUGAGUCUUUUUUGAAUUUCUUUUUUUUUUUAAAUCUUCAUGAUGUUUUGCUGCCAAAAUAUAGUGUUUUAUAUGUAGUAUCUGUAAGCUUUAGGUAACCAAUUCUAUAAUGUUAAAUGGUUACUCCAACCACGAUGACCACUUAAGUGUUUUGAAGUGGCCAUGGUGGUAAGAGUAUGUAUGCGCAUUGUUUCUGUUUUGAAACACUGCACUUACUGAGAUAUUUUGGUGUUGUGUGCUGGGGGCUAAAUACAUAGUCCAUUUAAAAGUUGGCUUUUCCUUAUUUAAAUACAAUAAAUACUUAGUAAUGUCUAUUCUUGUAGCUCUUAUACUUCGAUAUUUGUCCUAGUGUUUUACAUAAAUGUUCCAUUCGUUACCUAGUAGCGUUCCCAGAGUGCAAAGCAAGCCACACAGAGGUUAGCUGUGAAUAUGUUUCCACUUAAUGAAUGUAUAUACAAAAUUUUAAACGUGUGCGACAAAGGCCGUGUCCUAGAACUGAAUUAAAAUAUAUCCUUAAAGAUCAUUUAGGGGUGGUCAAAAACAAAUUUAAAAAAUCCGGUUAAUCUUGUGGUUUGGUUUUGAAAACAAAUGAUAAAUGUAUUGUUACGCCGUGUUUGUCAGUGUUGCCGCUUACAACUGAGCACCUAGUGGAGGCGUUGGUCGAGAUGUUGGGUUUCUGUAAAGUUAGGAGUUGGGGUGCAGUUCAACUUUGAGAAUGAGGGGAAAUAAAACGGUGUAUUUAGCUGAUUAACCAUGUGACCAUUAAAUAGCUAUAAAAUAAUAAUCUUGCCUUGUAUUUGACAAGAGAAACAUUUUAUUUACAUUAUUGAUUUAUUAAACCAGUUUUUUAUUUCUCGGUAAUCUGUCCUUGUUACCAGCCCUGCGCUGUGAUACUUUUUAGCUGUAGCAGCCGAGUCGCUCAGCCACUUCCUCUAGCAAGCAGGGUGGCAGAUCUCCAGGCUUGUGGCCCAGCACACGAUGAGUUAACCUGCUAUUGGCAGCGGGUGUUCGCUCUGCAGCUUCUGUGCUGCGUCUGAUUGGCUGCAGAGGGGUGAAAUUGAAACCACAGUAAACUUUUGACCCUGUAGCAUUUUCUUGGUAGACGCCUAUUGCUGGUGGAGCCUAGUUUUUAGAAUUUUUUUUUUUUUCCUUCCUCUCUGUUCUGCGUGUUUGUGUCUUUUUUGUUUUUUUCCUCCCUUUUUUGCUUUCUUGCCGUCUGACCAUAUGUAAUCUCUCCAGCGUAAACGGAGGCGCAGUGCUGCUGACUUUAACACUCUGCGAGUUUUGUGUGCGUCACCGCAGGUGCAUUCUUUCUUGUUGCCAUCGCAGAAGUUACAUUCUGUGUCUUAUUGUACUUUAAAACUGGGGCAGCCUGUGUGCCCUGCGAGCCCUGAUUCAGGAUUGGUUGGAGCAAACACUAGAGCUGUUCUAGAAAAUCAGGAUUGUAUAAACUAAUUACAUAAACAGAAUAUUAAGCGUUGACCCUGAUUCAAAUCCAAUGUGUACAUCAUAGGCUCCUUAACCUGUGUCACUCCUGUGUCCGCUUCAUUGUCUAGCCACCUGUCUUUUUUUAUUAAAUAUCAUAUUUUCACCCAUUUACGCUUACCACCUAGCCAUGUUCUACUUGGUGGCUACUUUUUAUAAAUAAAACAAUAUCUCGAUUUCUGUAAUAUAUAAACCCACGCAGCACACUCAACAUGGUAGAUAAAGUGAAUAUACACUACAUGGCCAAAUGUACGUGAUCUCCCGGCUGUUGAACAUCUCACUAUAAAAUCCCGGGGACUAGUGUAGGAGUGGUCCUCCCUUUGCUAUUUUGGGAAGACUUGGUGCUACCUUUUGAUGUAAUGCUUCAGGAUUUGAUUCUAUUCCAUCCAUUUCACACUGGUGAUAUGUUAUGGCUAGAUUUGAUUUCUUAACGUCUCAGUGGCGUUUUGUUGGUGAUGAAGUUGAGUCUGCCACACCGUUCUCUGCAAACAUUCUGUGUAGACCUAGGUCUGAUCAUGUAUCUCUGUUCUUUGUAAAACAAGGAUACUGUCUACAAACUCGUCAAAAUGUUCUACCUACAACAGCUGAAAUAUUAUUGCGUGUGGAAUAUUUAAAGGUCCCUUGAUGGUAACUACAAACUACCUUAUACCUCAACCAACUUUCUGUGGCAGUUUAGAAGAGUUACGGAUUAUUACAACCGAUAUUUACUAGUGAAUUAUAGGGAUGGUAUGGGCAAUUGGGGUUGUGGGGUUGGUUAGCUCCUUGGCAGGAGAUGGGCUGGGAUGAAGAUGCUGGGUCAACUCCAAAAUGGAUACAAACUGCACAGACGCAAAAAUUGUUGCUUUUUUUUUUUUUUAAGGUGCAGUGGUUAUGGUGCUUGGUAUCCCUUUAACCGUUACUUAAAGGACCACUAUAGGCACCCAGACCACUUUAGCUCAAUGAAGUGGUCUGGAUUGCAGGUCCAUCUAGGAUUAACCCCGCAGCUGUAAACACAGCAGUUUCAGUGAAACUGCUAUGUUUCACUGAGGGUUAAUCCAGCCUCUAGUUGCUCUCAUUGACAAACGCUAGAGGAGCUUCCGCGAUUCUUACUGUGAAAAUCACAGUGAGAAGUCGCCAGCAUUGAGAAAUGCUUUCCUAUGGACUUACUGCGCGCGCGUGUGAGAUUUCUGUAGGAAAAGCAAGUCUUAUAGCUUGACUUGUGUGUGUGUGUGUGUGUGUGUGUGUGUGUAUAUUUCUGCUGGCUUACCCCCACACAUUUUCUACUCUGUGCUGGUCUUUCUGUGUUUUUUUUUUACACUAUCCUGGAUGUCCAGCCCAUGGCACACUAGGAUCACAGCAUGGGUCCUCCAUAUGUUGUUUGGAUACAAUUAAUGCUGUUGCAUUGAGGACUUCUAUGUCUAUGCUCCUUAAUCUAUGCUGCAAAAAAUUCAGCUCACGUGUCCGUCUACAUGUGCAAUCAGUUUUGUACCUGUUGUUUUAAGUUUUACACCUUAUAACCUAUUAUGUUCUCUGUAUUGCUUUAUACAUGACCUAAACAAAAAUAAAUAUUAAAAAGUAUAUAUACAUUUUUUUUUUUUAAUGUAUUUUUUUUUUUUUAAAGAAACCGGUUGAGUACAGGAUUUUUUAUUUAUUUUUUUUGUUAAUUUUUCCUGUGCUGGAGGUAGCUACAUAAAAAAAAAUGUAAUGUAUACCCAUUACCCAAUUUAUUAUACAUAGAUUGGCAAGUUUAAAUUAUUAAACACAACUCCGUCAUUGGAUCGGCCUGCUCCUGCUGUGGCCUCAAUCAUCCUUAAUCAGGCAACGUGGGUCCGUUCCACGGCAUUACAGCUCCUAAGUUAAAAAUAGAAUCCGCUGCAAAGUACCGGGGGGGGGGGCGGGGGAGAAAGCAGAUUACCGACACAAAUCCUGCUUUUUUCCAACUGCCCUUUAAGCCCACGUGCUGUUAAAAUUUGUUCAUGGGUAGUGCUCAGAUGCAUUAUUUGCCACCUGGGCCCAGAAUGUGCCCCAACUGUUGCUCACACAUGGGUGUGUUUAAAGGUCAUGCCACCCUUUCUUUAUAAUUUGCCGUAUUGAAGGCAAAUUUUAUUACCUCCUAAAAUGGUUUGGAUUUGUAUGCAGACACCGCACAUUUCACCAUUCCUUUCUAAAUAACGUAAUACUAGGUGAGUGAUCAUUCUCUUUGACUGGCGCUCACAACAAAAUAAAAUGCCUUUCUAAGUAGCACUGACCUUAACGCAGCCCUGUAGAGUGCAUUUUUCCAUAACAAACCCCCUUCAUCACCCUAUAUAUUUUAUAGUUUUUAUUCUGUUUGGGUGCUUGUGACUUCAAAGGUUCUCUUAGAAAGGUGGGUGGCUUAAUUGCUCCCCUUCCAGUGUUAGGAUCAAAAUGACAAUUAUUGUGACCCCUAUUAUUAUUCUAAAAAAACCAAAAAAACCAAAAAAAAAACCUUUGCUUCAGCCCUUUGGGAAUAUCAGGCAUCUGGCAUAUACAGAAGGGGUGAUUAUAAUAUCAUACUGUGCGUAUGGCUCUGUGUGUGUUUUGUAUAUUCCAUUAGGAUGUCAACAGUUUGGUCUACCAGCUCGUUGGUUCUCUUGUAUAUAAAUGCAUGUUUAUGUGUGGUUGAUGGCAGGGUGUGUGUGUGUGUGUGUGUAUAUAUGUAUGUAUGUAUGUAUAUAAAUAAAAACUGGCUUACACUCAUGUUUUUUUUUUUUUUUAAGUUAAAACAAUAUCUUUAUUGCAAAUUCAUAAAAACUCUGAUCAACGUUUCAGCCCCGUACGUAUUGUAUGAUCCUGAGGAAAGCCACAGAGGGGGGCUGAAACGUUGAUCGGAGUUUUUAUGAAUUUGCAAUAAAGAUAUAGUUUUAACUUUAAAAAAAUAAAUAAAAAAAGUGCGUGCAAGCCAGUUUCCUUUUUUUUGGUAAAUAUCUUUUUAUUAAACCUUUUUGUUUUUGUCGAUUUUGCAACAUGUCAAAGAGAAACGUGGACUCGCAGGUCCCUCUGGUCAUUCACAGAAGCUUAUACAUCGGAAGGCAUGUGAUGACAUACGUGUCUGGGCGACUCGCAGGUCGCUUUCUUGAGUAAAUAGCAUGUGUAUUGUGGACUCGCAGGUCCGGUGUUACAUGGUGGUGCUUAGUACUCUGUUAUAUUUGAUAUGUACCAUUUCUACGUUGGGUGGUUCUGCAUGCCCCAACGUGGUUGUGUUUUGUUUGUCUAUUCCCCAUGCCUACCCUGUAGCCUCUAGGCAGUAGUGAGACAUGUGGCCAUCUGGUGUGUAGGGUCCCUUCGGGACGUGCAGCCCCCCAGUGACCUUGUGUCCAGGGUCCAACCUGGCCAUAUUGUGGGGUGUUGGCCCCCUGCCGUAGUAUAAUGUGGUUCUGCCCAGCGGCAUAGGUGGUGUUGGUGGGAAUAACCUAAGGGGCAUCCUGCGACUCCCUCCAAACUAAUGAGCUUUAUAGCUCACAAAACAGGCGCUCUUCCACCCCCUUUACUCUCGAGGCCGCAGUCCGCCCCGAGCCCCGCAAGUGGUUGCACUCUAGCGGGUGUCGUGGCCCUCCCCGCACGCCCCCCCGGGUCCCCCGAACCCGCGCUCCACCCCGCUCCGAUAGGGGGCGGGGGUGAGGUAUCGCGUUUUGGGCCAGGUGUGGAUCGUCCCGCUAGUCUCCCAGCGUCUCCUCCUGGGGAUUGUCGGUUCCCUCCCCCCUGGUCAAUUGCAUAGUCCGAAAUGCCUCUGUACCCACCCGUGCCAACCAAGGUGUCCAUGUGUCUAAGUAUGUCUGCGUUCGGUCUUGGGCUGAAUACCAGAUCUCCUCUGUGACUCGUAACUCCUCCAUUCUAGUAAACCACAGGGAGAGUGUUGGGGUCGUGUCUUUUUUCCAGUACAAAGGUAUUAGGUGUUUUGCGACGUUAAGGAUUCGGAUGGUCAGGGAGCGUUUGUAGCGUGAUGUGGGGGUUGUCGUGUGGUGUAGGAGGUACGGGGCGGGCCGGAAGGGUGGGACAUUGUCCGUGAACAUGGCCACCAUGGCAGCUAUUUGCUCCCAGAAUGGUACUAUAAGUGGGCAUUCCCACCAUAUGUGAAGAAAGGAUCCCACCCCUCUCUUGUGCAAGCCAGUUUCUAUAUAUCUUAUAUAUUUUUGGGCACCGGGUAAUAUUAAUUUUGGAGUGUGAGUGCAAGGACUAAUAAGUUUCUAUAUAUGUAUAUGUAUAUAUGUAUAUAUAUGUGUGUGUGUGUGUGGAAUGCCAUGAAGUAUGAACAAAAAGUAGUAUUUGUACCUCUUUACUUUUCUGUGCCAAUAAGCACUAGUCCCCCAAUACCGCUUGAAAGUGACAUGGAGGAGGGUAGUGACUGGUGACUGCAUAUUUGUCCCCCUUGCUCAAAACCUGGCAUCUAUUGCAAGCAGUGAGAGGUGUAAGGAGAGCUACCUGGCACCGUUACACAGCUGAGCACAUUGCAUUAGUACAUUAGAGUGUGAUCUACGUCUCUUCUACUACAGAGCAGCACAGCUCAUACUAGAACGUGAUGUAGUAAUCCGUGUGAGUCACCAUGUAACUGUGAUUAUUCUGUAAUAUAUCAAGCACGUUUUGUGUUACACUGUGCUUCAAACUCUGCCAGGGUCUCGUGGCAUGAAAUCCGGCAAGCCCAUCUGAUUAACCUCCUACCAAGUGGCCACACAAGGUACACAGGGUGAAUGGAAUUUUUUUAACGCUGUGUAUAUACAUGUAUGCAAAUAUAGCUGUAUAUAUUUGCCUGUGUGUGUAUAUAUAUAUAUAUAUACAUAUAUAUUGUAUAGAGUGUUUAUAUUGAUGGUGUUGCCUUCAUUUUCAUGGUUCGGGUACCUAGAUAAUUCCCAACCACUUUCAGUCCUGGAUUACUUUAUUCAGCUUGUCUGUGCCAACAUUUCUCUACUCUGAGAUAAUCUGUAUGUAAUAAAACAUGGCUACGUGGUAUUACUUCAUUUUUAAAAUUUUUUUAUUUUUGCUUGUUCCCUUGGUCAUCUGUAUCAUUUUUGUCUCUUGUUUGAUCUUGACUUGUGAAUAAGCCCCCCUUACCCUUUUAUUGUUUGCUGGUCACAGUCCCCCCCGUGCAGCUCCUGCCCCUUUAAUCUUUAGAUAGGAACUGAGCUGUGCUCUGCCUAGACCUCUGCAAACUGCCUUAAAUGAACAAUGACAUAUAAUAUGAUUAAUAGCAGAUUUUGUUGCCCCCUCUUUUGUGUUUGGAGGCCCCCUCCCCUCUGAACCUCCAGAAUAAAGAGCCCACCAUAAUGGCACUCUCUCUCUGCCUUGCUUGUAUUUCUGUUACCAUAAGGAGCAUAUUCCAUUUUGGGUUUUUAAAAACCUUUAUUUUUAAAAAUAUUGUGUAUCAAGUCUCAGGGGAUGGAAAGUCUCAGGGGAUGGAAAGACUAGGGGAUGGAAAGACUAGAAAGCAUCUUAAAUGUGUACGGAGAGAUGUCCGUCCUGUAGCAAAUCAACGAAUUUAAAAUAAAAUGCUCUAAUUUCUGUAACAGGAUAUUGAUGAUUUUGAAGAAACAAACAAAAAAAAACGUAUUGAUGACAAUGCUGUUUAAAAGUGUUUUUAAAUGAACCAGUUAGAAAAAGUCAUGUCUUUAUACUGAUGUGGAAUUGAAAACGAAUUACUAUUAAGCUGUUCUGACAUUCAAAAACAUCAUUUUCAAGUUACCCAAGUCUUCAGUAAUUUCUUCUCUGUACCUAGGCCUUUUCUACUUUCCUACAUAUAAUGCCCAUUCUUACUUAAUAAAUAUAUGAUGAUAAAACCCUAUUCUGAAAAAGGCACAGGCCAGGCAUUUUAUGCUAAUUACAUUUUUCCAUGUGUCUUUAAUACAAUGACAUUUUCAGUAAAGCCUUAUUGUUAAGAUGACCAAAAAAAGGCACCGAUUCAAAGACCUUAUAACCUUUUGUUUUUACGUUUUAUUUACUUCCGAGUGACUGAACGAAGAUACUCCGCUAUUGUAAAACUUUAACUCCCUAUGAUGCUUUGCUGUGCUUCGGGAUAGCAAAGAAUCAUGGGAGAUGUAGUUCAGUAUCUGGAGAUCUUUCUUGGACUACUACUGCAUCAAGUCAUUGUCUUCAUAUAGUGUUACAGGGACACUUUGCAGUUUCUCGAUGUAACCACUCCAUUAAACGAAAGUUGUUUUGGUGCUUAGAAUCUUCUGUUAAUCUACUAAAAGUAAACGUCGCUGCUCUUUAGGCCUCGGCUAGAGAUUUGGUAUUCUAGAAGUUGUGUAACACAGCAUGUACCUCUAAAGAAAGGAAUCUGUUUCACACCAAAUUAUUUUGAAGGGAAUGGUAACAUUUUAGCUCCACAGUAAAAUAGACCUAUACCAUAUUGUUUCCUGGGGCCUAUCUUAUAUUGCUUACUGGGGCAAAUGUAAUGCAAAAGUGUGGACUAUCUGCUGUUCUCCGACUCAAAAAGCCAGCUGACUUGUACAUAACGGAAAAAGAAAUUUAGCUAAAGAAUGACACUUGCAUAUCUGACAGAGGAAAUGUUACGUGUUCCCCCUUCCUGUAGCAAAAACAAAAUUCUAUUACAUUUUUUUCUUCUUUUUUUUUUUUUUUUAAAUAGAUAAAACAAUCUUUUGGUUUGACAGCCAUGUUCGCAAGCCAGGCAACCAAAUAUUAAAACUGGCAUUUAUUUUUUUAUAUUGCACUAACCUAUUGAGCAAUGCUUGAGAUACUAAGAAAAUAUCAUGCUAAAUCUAAUUUGGACAGUUGAACACCCUAAACUUUGAGACUUUUAGAUUCCUCACUGCAAAUUAUUGUUAUGUGGUGGUGAGGGGGGCAGCAGCGAGAUUGGGCCUCUGCACCCCAUCUUUAAAAAAAAAAAAAAAAUCAUUCCCCCCCCCAAUACUUUGAUGACCAGUAACCGUGGUUGGCCAAUUUGCAGAGUAUCGUUAGAUGCACACACUGGAUGCGGUUUUCAGAAUGCGUUGUGAGGGUAAAGCGUAUACUCCAAAGGAUUCUAAGCUGUGCAGAGGGGAGACCGUAACCCCAUGGCAGCCAUGUCCUCCUCCUAGUAGGCAUAGUUUUGUAUUCAUUACUCAUGCUUGUGUGGCAGAAAUUUGUGGCUUGGCGCUGUACCCAAAGAGUGAUAUCACUGCAUGUUUUGAAGUUAUUUUGCAUAUUAGAAUGACAUAAUAUUUGGCUUUUUUUAGGAGGGCAGUAUAAAGUCCAAGUAACAAAGUUUCUCCAAGUUGGUGAGAUGCACUGAAUUUUUCUUUUCUUCUUAAAGACUCUUAAAACCAUAACCACUACACAAAUUUAAAAGAGCUUAAGUUCAGUUUGAUAUGUAUGUAAACAGGUGGUUGAUCCAAAAAGAAAUGAAUCUGCCAUUAUGGAGUAAAGAAGGAUUUUUUUUUUAUUUUUUAUUUUUUUUCCUCCUUCUUUUGGGUCAAGAGCAUAAAAGUAUGAGGUUUAGGAUUGAACUUGAUGGACUUUAGUCUUUUUUUAUUCUUUCUAACAAACAUAAGGAACUGCACUCAAUCCCAUCAAUCUGAGCCAGGGUGUAACAAAACCAGGACCGAGCAUCAGGCUCCAACUGCAAUAGCAUAAAGUACAAAGAUGGUUCAGGCCCUCCAAGAUUCAGAAAUGGCAAAUUUAUUGAAGCCCAAAGUAACACAACGUUUUGACCUUGCAGCCUUGACAAAGACCGCAAGGUCGAAACGUUGUUACUUUGGUUGUCAAUAAAUUUGCCAUUUCUGAAUCUUGGAGUGCCUGAACCAUCUUUGUAUUUUAGUCUUUUAUUCAACCUACACAACAGUGUAACUAACAUAGACUCUUUGCACCAUAACUACUACAAUACACCAUAGUGCUUAUGGUGAUUAGUGUACCUUUUGAGCAGUGUUUAUACAUAUAAAUCUCUGCACACAGUUGUGUAUGGAUUUCUUACUUUUGCUAUUGAAGCUUGGGCCCCUUUUCCUCUUUAAGAAUUAUUUUGGGGAGGGGGGGGGACUCUCUAAACUUGUGACCCCUGAAACAUUUUACCAUAUAUAAUGCAUUACAUACGGCUGUCGGAAUUAAGAUUUUUUUUUCCUUUUCUUUCCCUUUCUUGCCUCAGCUGUGGUUUAUAAUAUAAAAAAAAAUGCUGUCUAUUUGGCUGCGUUGCAUGACAGCUGACAUCCAUCAACGAUAACAGCAUUUUUAGUCCCUUUUUUCACAAAUUUAAGCAGCUUUGUAUAUUCACACAUGUGCAGCAUAUGUCUGCGCGCUUUGAACACAUCAUUCGAGAAUUCCUAUAUCCUCAUUAACAUGGAGCCUCUACGUUUAAUGAGUUUCAUAUACUAGGACAUCAAGUGAAUCUGAACCUAAUGAACUCAGACUUGUCCUCUGUUUAAAGAGAGCGAAAAAAACAGCACUUUACUUUUUCUAUAUUAGAACAUUUUGUAACAGUCACAGAUAUGAUUGCAGACAUCUUACUUCAAAGCCUGGCGCUGGGGAAGUAAUUUUCUGACGUACCCUUACCGCAGGAAGUUUUUAAGAGAAUACCGCUUCCCCAGCCUUCUGAACACACAAACCUUCGGGUUCCCUGACUUCAUAUUAGUUAUGGAUAUUUUAAGACCGUUGUUCGGUGCGUUCCACACAACCUUUUCUUAUUAGUGGCAUGAUUGUGUGGAAAUUAGUAAUCCGUAAUACUAAAUUAGGUACAGUCCCCUCCUUUGUCUGUAACAGUUUCCGAACAAAAUGGAAGACGCGUGUAUAGUAGUGAUAUUCUAUGGUCGCCAGCCUACCCACCACAGCAUUAUUCACAAUAUUUAUUUGAGCAGCUGGCAACAAGUUGUGGUUUGGAUGUUCGGUUUAACCCCUUAUAUGGCUACUUAAGUUAGAGGAAGUUGUUUAUGAGAGAGAAACUACAAACGUUUGGCAAUAUCCUUAAUAAAUGUCUGUCUGGGAGUGUUGUCCUAAUGCAGGUUAUUUUGUUCCGACUAUUCAGUACGGUCUGUGGCUGAGCUGUAUGUGUACCUUUUGAUAAGGAAGUAUUUUUCUGGAGUGAGGGGGCGUGGCUAAAGGGGCAGGCUUACGGUGCAGCAUUCUGCAAAACUUUUUUUAUGCAAAACUAAAAAGAUUUAGGCAUCAAAUGCAUUAAAGUUGUAUUGGUGCCAGGUGUGUCCCAUUUUAAUUUCUUUUCUCGCUGAUGUGGGACUUAUUGGGUGGAAUGGUUCGAUAUGGGUCGCCCAAACAUCAUAUUAAAUGGUCUGUGUCUGUGUGAAAGAUUUAAAAUGUAUUUCAAGUAUUGGUUGCUAAUUUGUUUCUCUUCUUUCUUACAGGGCUGCUGAGGCAGGAAUUGCUCUUUGA